UAUAAAUACACCAUAGAAAAUAUGAAAAAAUCAUCUUUGGAAGAUUCUGUUUUUAUGGAGGAAAGUGAAGCUUUUGUCUUGAAUGCACAUGAUCGUUCUCGGCUUAGUGCUGCAGCCAGCCUCAAUUCUGUGUUCUUAAGGUAAGCAAUGUUUUAUUGCUUGUAGGUAAGCAAUGAAGUGUGAACACCUAGCUCAGAUUACCUUCCAGUAAAAAUCAAACAUGCAUGGAAUGACUAGUAUUUUACGAGUAAUACAGGUGAUUUUCUUUAACUUCAUAACAUUGAAAAAUUGAGAACUUUGAUAUACAGGGAAAGGGCCAUGGCAUCUUCAUUAAUAGUAUUGUUCCAACAUAUCUAAUAUUAUUAGCCGCUACUACAAAAGUGAUCAUGCUGACUAAAUGUUAAUUCCAUUUAAGUAGCAGUUUAUCUUUUGUACAGCCACAAUUUUUUUUUACUCAGCAUCUGAGUAUCAGGAUCACCCAUUACAUCGCAAUGUAUCCUUGGUGGUGUAUUAUAAGGAAAAAAGGACGACUGUGUCCUUGAGGUCAGCUAUCUUUUAUGAAGUACAGAAGAUAGAUCUGUGCAAUUCUCUGCUUUAACCCCUUAAGGACACAUGACAUGUAUGACAUGUCAUGAUUCCCUUUUAUUCUAGAAGUUUGGUCCUUAAGGGGUUAAAGGUUUAUCACCCUCCUACGUGUAUAAUUGUAUUAUUAGGAUGAUGAAUUUGGUCUUAACAAUCUUCUAGGGAAACACAAUGCUAAGAAAAGUGGCAAUCCGUAUUUUGUAUUUCUAACUGUGUUUUUUACGGUGAGGUUUUUCCUUACACGUGGUAGCUUAUGUUGAGGCUGGCUUAGAUUAAGGCCUGAUUUAUUUGUCAGUAAUUUUGAUUCAGCAGCAACAUUGAAAUCAAAACAUAAGAAGGUUUAUGUUUAUGAUGAUGACAAUGGUCAGGAUAGCAAUACAGCUAGGGCCGGGGCAAGCAGAUUUCAAUCAUCUGUCCUCAAAAUGAUUUUAACCUAGGGUUUUGCUUCUUGGUCUUCUAAGGGCAUGUAUGUUGGUCUACCCUUAGAACGAUUAGUGCAAUAUUAAUGGUGCUUCCGUACUGAAAACCCAGUGUACUGCUUCCUCCAUCUUCUUUUCUGCCUCGUUCUAUAAUAAGAUAACUGUUCAACUACUUAUACCAUGGUAUUCAUUUAAAUUCAUUCUGUUGAAAUGUUGACUACAAAGUGUCACCCAAUACAUCUAAGAAGUAAUUGCAUCCAAAUAUGUCACGGCAUUGUAAAAUGUUGUAGUCAUGUUGCACUCUAUACUCAUUGCUAUAGUCAAUGCAAUGUUGCCCCCACGUCAAUCUAGGACACCAACAUCAUACUUGCUUGGAGUUCGAGAUAGGAGGAUGGUAAGGGAUACGUUAAGCUCAUAGACAUGGUUUAGUUUAGGGUUAGGCUUAUAUAGAAUGCAGUUAUGCAUUCUAUAUAGUUAUGAAGUUAUACAUUAUUUAACUCCUAGAUUGCACAGAAUUGAGCAAUUAAACUUCAGGGGCAUAAUCUAUAGACAAAAACUGCUUCAUUAAAGGACCACUAUAGUGCCAGGAAAACAUACUCGUUUUCCUGGCACUAUAGUGCCCUGAGGGUGCCCCCUCCCGCCCGGCUCUGGAAAGGGGAAAAGGGGUUAAACUUACCUUUUUCCAGCACUGGGCGGAGAGCUCUCCUCCUCCGAUCCUCCUCCGUUCCGCCCCGUCGGCUGAAUGCGCAUGCGCGGCAAGAGCUGCGCGCGCAUUCAGCCAGUCACAUAGGAAAGCAUUCUCAAUGCUUUCCUAUGGACGCUGGCGUGCUCUCACUAUGAAAAGCACAGUGAGAAGCACGCAAGCGCCUCUAGUGGCUGUCAAUGAGACAGCCGCUAGAGGGAAUGGGGGAAGGCUUAACCCAUUCACAAACAUAGCAGUUUCUCUGAAACUGCUAUGUUUAUGAAAAAAUGGGUUAACCCUAGAAGGACCUGGCACCCAGACCACUUCAUUAAGCUGAAGUGGUCUGGGUGCCUAGAGUGGUCCUUUAAGCUAAAGUUGUUUUGGUGACUAUAGUUUUUUUUUUUUUUUUUUUAAAGAAACACAAUGACUUUGAAAUCCUGACCAUGUACCUAACACUAGCUGUAUAUAUGGAAGAGAUAAUAUGGCAUGAUGUAUUAUAUACACAUCCUACACUAUGCUACUCUGAUGAUGUACAGUGGAAUUUGUGGAUCACUGUUCUCUUCUAGUGCAUGAUGUCAUGAGAAUAUGUUUCCAUAAAAACAAGAGUGUGAGUUUGGAAUCGAUAAUGAUAAAAAAGUAAAAACAUUAUAAAUGGGAAAUAACGGUUUCUAAUAAGUAGGAUAAUCCUAGGAUAUUUGUUAAGGGAAAUAAAUAUUAGUUAAGAGAACAAAAAAAAAAAUGUGAUGGAGGUCUUGGGUCAGUAGAGUGGUGAGAAUGGUGUGUAAAGGGAGCAGACUAUAAUACGUUGCACUGGGAGCCAUGUAUUCUGAAGAUAUCUCUGGAUUUAUUUACACUGAAAAAUGUUUUGAAUUAAACACUGAAUAUCACAUUUACCCUCAAUUUGCUAAAUUCUAAAACUAGCUGAGCUGGUUAAUCUUUUCAAUCUAUCUAUUCUGGUUUAAAUGUUGUAUUAGUGUUUAUAUUUUAUUUCAAUUCACCAUUUAGAAAAUAAAACUGAAUUUUAUUAAGUUGUUUUUAAUUUUGACAAAAUCUUCUGAAAUAUUUCACUCCCAUGCAGAAGCUAUAAGACUCAUGACUUUAUAUACAAUGUAUCAGACACAAUAAAUAAUCUUGGGAUUUGUGUAAAUUCUAUGCCUAUGUGGAUAGCUGUUUCUGCAAUUAAAAUGUAGUAUAUAAGGUAUUGCCACCAAUAAUACUUUAUUACGGAAAUUAAUGAUUGUGGUCCAAAGUGUAGGAAGAGUAGGUUGCAAUUUCAGUCUCUGCCCAUUUUGGCAUUAUGUUUUAAUUUUCUAUCAAUUUUGUUGUAAAUUCAGCAGUAUUAUUUAAAUCUGACCAUAUUUCCUUUGUUUGAAAAUAACAUUCCAUGUUGUUGCUGAACUCCCUGUUUUAGUGAAGCAGGUUAUUAAGUGAUGAUAAUAUAAGUCAAACACUCCCCUAGAGCAUCUCAGUGCUCAUAAACUCUACCAUCAGCAUUAGAAUACCAGCACUAGGAUGUAUGUGUAGGAUGAUAUUGUAUAUGGAAUAUUAUUUAGCACCAUUGUAACACUUUAAAGGGAACCUGUUUCACUACAUUUACAUAUCUGUCUCUAUCUCUCCCUAUGGUGGAAAGAGGAUCCAGGCACUCCAAGUAUCUUCAAAUGUAUUUAUUGGGACAAGUGAGACACCUAAACGUUUCGACCCCUGAAAGGGUCUUUGUCAAACUUGACAAAGACCCUUUCAGAGGUCAAAACGUUGCUGUGUCUCACUUGUCCCAAUAAAUACAUUUGAAGAUACUUGGCGUGCCUUGAUCCUCUUUCUCCCACUGAUAUCUACUCCUUAGGGCUGGUGCUGGCCCUUGGUCCAGUUUAGCACCCGGAUCUUCACGUGAUUGGAGUGCAGUUAUUUUUUUUCUCUAUCUCUCAUUUUAUCAUGCGGGUGGUUCAAAGGGGGGUUGCAACCUCCAUACAUGCCACAUCCAUAUUUUAAAUUGUGAUUUUUCAUUUUGUCACUGCUGUUAUCUAUUCUAUACAAACGUGUUUAUUUAGUCUAUGCAAUGCUAUUGUUUGUCUUUAUUAUGUUUGCCUUAUCUGGCAUUUUUAUGGUAACCUGUAGGUUUUCAAAGGUAACUUGUGGAGGUAUCCACUGCAGAUGAUGAUAAAAUCAGUAAAUAUGUCACCUACACUAAAUAAAAAGUAGUUUUAUAGUGAGAAUAUUAGGUUGUUAUCAAUAAGAGGUAUAUGCCUUAAUGAGUUUAUAUUGAACAUUAUGUUACUAUCUAUGGUGGUAGAUUUAAUAGAUAUUUAUUCAUGGUUGAUCAAGUGUGUCAUUUAGUCAAUAUUAUUGAUAUUGCAUAAAUAAAUGGUCAUCGUAAGUAUAUUCUAAGAUAAUUUACUUCAGCUUACUCUUUCGUAUGAUAUUUGUACAGUGCUAGGAUUCUACGGAUUCUUCAUCCUAGGAGCCAACAGCAACCUGUGGGGCGGGGGGGGGGAGGGGCAGGGGGAGGGGCGCUUCAUAAAAAUCCCAGGCCCACUUGAAGAUCAUACAUUAAAUCAUGCAGUUUUUUAAUGGUAAAAGGAUAUAGUAUCACUAGUGAGAAUGGGAUAAGCAACUCUUAACAUAUGCUAUAUUUUUCAUAUCUGUCUUUUAUGAUCUUAAAAGAUAAACACAUUUUUUUUGAGAGGGGGGUGCAUUUGCCCAUUCCCAGUCCUCACAUUUCCUACACCAGGGGUAGGCAACCUUCAACACUCCCAGAUGUUGAGGACUACAUCGCCCAUAAUGCUUUUACAUCCAUAAUACUGGCAAAGCAUUAUGGGAGAUGAAGUCCAAAACAUCUGUAGUGCCGAAGGUUGACUACCCCUGCCCUACACCCAUGCUUAGAUGUGCUGAGUUUACCAUAAAUCCAAUCAACCAGGUAAUCUAUAAAUAUAUAUAUUUAUAUUAUUAGUUCCUGUACUACUAUCUAAGCCCUUAACAGCAUGCAUGUUUAUUUUAUCUGUGAUUUGCCAUAUGACACUCCUGCUGUGUCUGUUAAUCUGUAUCUAAAAUUAAAAAAGUGCAAACCUCUCAAAUACAUAUUAAAGAAUUUUUACAGAUGAUAUAACUACAUAUGACAAAAGAAGUGAAAACACGUCUUAUGCCUGCUGCAUAUAAACCCAACUAAGCUAACAUCACCUGUUGAAUCUCACGUCGUCACCAAUAGUUAGCACAUAGUGCUUAAAGAGUUUAAGAAGUGAAUUUAAACAGGAUUUGCUUGACCAAGUAGCAUGGUAGUAUUUUAUGGAAAGAAGACUCAAAGGUUCAUGUUAUUUCUAUAUAAUAAUGAGAGAGACUGUAAGGAGUGGGUCAGAUGAGGUCACACUCCAGAAGUAUAUUGAUCUGUGGAGGAUUGAGAAAGGCCUAUUGAAAAAGGUAAAAUUGCUGAAGUUUGAAGGAGGUGCCUGACUGAAUAUGAGAAGGAAGUUUGUUACAGUAUUACAGGUUAGGAAUGAGAAUGUGUAAGAUUAAGAAAGAACACAGAUGAAUAUGUGAGAUAAGAACUGUACAGGUGAGAGUUAGAAUGAGAAAUUAAGAACAUAAGUGAACAGGAAGAUAGUGGAGAAUCUACGGAAUGGGUAGACAAGAACAAACUUAGAAAUUCUGACAAUAAUUUUGAAAUUGUUGAAGUAGAAUGACAGACUAUUGCGUAAUUGCAGUCAAGUCUCAGAAGCAGUAGCGAACAGAGGGUUUUACACCAAAGAAUGGGUUGAACGCAUGUAAUUUUUCCAAUAUAUUGAGUUAAGAAUUGAAAAUUACAAAUAUGUGUCAUAAAGGAGAGAAAAAUCAAAGCUAAAAAGUAUGGUAGUGGCUGUGGUUCAAGGUGAAAUAACACACAGGGAAGGAAAUAGUUAGGGAAUAAAAGUACAGGAGAUAGUGCAACAAAUAAAAGCAAUCCAGAUGUACUUGAGGUUUUUUUUUGCAGGAAGCAGAAAAGCAUUCAGAAUGUGAUUUUGGAGAUGCAGGAGGAGAUAUAACCACAGUCACCUUAUGAUAAAUCUUGCUCUAGAUGAAACAGUGGAAGAAGGUGUGAAGGAGCAAGAAGAAGCACUUAGUACAAUCUGUAAAGAAAUGGAUAUUGAGGCCGUGAGAUUCAGUGGAGGUGGGCUCAAGAAGGAGCAAAGCAGUACAGCCAGUGAAUGGUGAAUAUUAUUAAAAGCAACCAUUUAAAAACAGUGAUAGCAAAUUGUGGCAGAAGCAGCCACAAGAGACUGUACCUGCAUUAUUAUUGCGUUGUAUUUGUCCUAAUAAUCGCUGAAUACCUGGUAUGCGAACCGCUGGAAAGUGCCGAAUGCACAACCACCCUGCUGUGGUCGUGUGCUUCCCCUGUAUAGAGGGAAACAAUGUUGCCAGAGAGGUAAUUGGGUUCGUGGGUGGCCGCCGUUCGCACAAAACCCACGUGGCGGCGGCCAUCUUAACUGCCGAACAGCGGUGUUUGGUCGUCGAGCGCCUGGAACUAAAACCGGGCGCUCGACUACCCAGACACCGCUCAGACCUCCAGGACCACGGAACUGCCCGAUUCAAACUGCCGAACGGCCCGCCGUUCGGUAGGAUGAAUCCCCCAGACUAGGGGAUUCAUCCGAACCUAAGAUUAGAGCCGGAUGGCUGAACAUUCGGUAUUUUCAGUUCAGUGUAAUAGACCGACCGCAGGGCCAGAAUCCAUGGAGCUGUUUUCGGCUACCAAAUCCCUGCGGUCGGUCAAAUCUUUGAAUGUCUGUAACUCCCGAACCCCUGGUCUGAUCUGGGUGAAAUUUGAGUAUGUUGCUCACCCAGAACAGACCAACCAGGGGACCCCUCAUUUGUCACCGUACCCCCUGUAUUUAGGGGACAUCCAGAAAUGGGGGAAAACUCUGUUCCCACUAAUGAGCUUAACUGUUAAUCUAAGGGGAGGAGAGGGAGAGGAGGUAACCACGAUGUGAUUGGAUAUGUUAAGUUACCUCCCUUGCAUGGGAAAAGGACAUAAAAGCAAAUGUGUGAAUAAACCUGGCAGUUGACCUCCAAGCUAUGUGUCGUCUAGUUCUUGGAGGGAAGGGAUUGUAACUACGCUACCUGUUUUGUACCUGUCUUGGAUUGCUGUUCCUGUCUACCAGUGGAGCUACCUUGGAUAAUACCUCUACUCCGCUACACAAAUGUUAGCCAAAGUAAAGGCAAGGGUAGUAUUAACAACUAUAUCAAAGAUAGUGUACAGAUUAUGACUGAAUAAUGUUCAGAUAAGGAACUUAGAGACCUUAAAUAUGCAGUUUUCUCAUAGAAGCAUUAGCAUCACAUUGGUCAGGAAAUCAUAAGUACCAGGCACAGUGGAGCUUUUAUAAAGUGACAAGGAGGGAAAACUCUGUUAACUGAAGUGUUUUAGAGAUUUGGAGUGUUCCUUUAAAAGACAGUCAAAUCCAACAAACAACCAUGAGAGUGAGCGUAGAGGCUGCAGUUUAAAAAGUUUCACUACCCUAGGCACAGGGCCAUCUUUAAUACUGAUUGGACCCUGGGCGGCAUUUGCUUGGGCCCCCUGGGCCUAGCAUGCAAUCACACACUCCACCCCAACACAAAAAGAAACAACACAAAAAAACAAACAAAUAAACACACAAAUAGCCGCACUCAUUUUUACUGAGACAAAAUACACACACUGACACACAUACAGAUGCAUACACUGACAUACAUAAAGAUACACACAUCCAAUAUGUUGCCAAAUCCUGUAGGUUCCAUCUUAAAAACACAGUCCGCAUCCGCCCCUUUCUUACGCAAGAUGCUACCAAGGGGCUUGUCCAUGCUCUAGUAAUUUCCUGCAUGGAUUAUUGUAACCCUCUCCUGAUUGGUAUUCCCAAAAGCCGUACUGCACCACUACAGUCCAUAAUGAACGCUGCUGCCAGACUGAUUUUGCUCUCUAGUCAGUUCUCUCACACCUGACCCCUCUGUCAGGCCUUACAUUGGCUUCCUGAAUGCUAUAGGAGUCAAUUCAAGGUACUAAUUCACACCUAUAAACCACUGAACAACUCUAGCCCCUCUUAUAUCUCUUCACAGAUCCAUAGGUAUGUCCCUUCUCGGUCUCUCCGCUCUGCCCGUGACCACCUCCUGUCCGUGGAAAACUUACGCUUGCAGGACUUCUCACGGGCGGCUCCCUUCCUAUGGAAUAGCCUGCCUACUACCAUCAGACUCUCCCCUAGUCUUGCAUCCUUUACGAAGUGCCUUAAAACCCAUCUCUUUAGGAAAGCAUAUGGCCUCCCAGAUUAACCUCUACCUCACAUACCUGUCUCUUGCUCUCUCCUAAAGAGCAACCCACCUUAUUUGACUGCAAAUUCCUGUCCUAUUGUGUUUUACACCCCACCUCCUAUAGAAUGUAAGCUCGUUUGAGCAGGGUCCUCUCCAACCUAUUGUUCCUGUAAGUUUUUUAUAAUUGUCCUAUUUAUAGUUAAACCCCCUCUCAUAACAUUGUAAAGCGCUACGGAAUCUGUUGGCACUAUAUAAAUGGCAAUAAUAAUAAUAAUAACAUACACAGGUAAACACAUACAAAGAUAGAUACACAUACACACACAAGUGCAUACACAGACACACAUGUAGAUACACAUUUACACACAUCAAGAUACACAGAUGCACAGAUACACUCACUGACAAACAUGCAGAUGAACAGGAACACUAGCACACAUACAGAUAAACAGACAAAUACAGUGACAAACAUGCAGAUACACACAAUAACAUGCAGAUACAUACACAGACACAGACACACACUGACACACAUACAGAUACACAGACACACACUGAAACAUAUGCAGAUACACAGACACACAGAAUAAUAUACAUUUAGAUACACACACUAACACAUAUACAAACAUUUGCACGCACAGAUACACAUACAAACAUACAGAUACACAUACAGACAAAUACACACACAGAUAAACAUACAGACAAAUAGAUACGCAUACACAUUUAGAUACACACACUAACACACAUAUAGACAAACAUUUACACACACAGAUACACAUACAAACACACAGAUACACAUACAGACAAAUACACAUACAGUUACACAUGUACAAACAGAUACAGAGACACAGAUAGGCAUACGGACACACAGAUACACACACAGAUACACAUACAGACACACAUAUGCAUACAGAUACACAUACAGACACAGAUACACAUACAGACAUACAGACACACAGAUAGGCAUACGGAUACACAGAUAGGCAUACAGACACACAGAAAGACAUACAGAUACACAAAUGGACACACAAACACAGACACACAGAUGCAGAUACACAUACAGACACACAUACAAACAGAUACACAGACACACAAAAACAGAUACACACACACAUGCAAAAUGUAGAUUUUUUAGUCAACCUCCUGUGUCCUACCUUUUAGGUGCUGGAGCGUGACUCCCCUGGGUCCAGUAGCUGCCUCAGGCUGAUGAGUGUAAGCUCUGUCUCCCUCCUCCGUCCUCUCCUUCUCUUCCCAUGCGGCUCUCGGUGAAUGCUGUGAGGCAGUGACCUCCUCCCAGCAUUGUGACAUCAUCACAGGAGGCCCGGUUGUGCUCUUAAAGCGCCACAGCGCUGACCGGGCCCCCAAAAAUACAUUGCCAUCGGGUGGCCCUUAGAUCAUGGGCCACCCAAUGGGCCCCCUCAUCAUGUGGCCCACGGUGGUAGUUCCACAUGGGCCACACACUCUAUGGCGGCCGGUGGGCUGAAGGGGCAGCUGUAUUGGGCCCCAUAAGAUGACAGAGCCCGGGGCAGCUGAUUUGGGCCCCUUAGGAUGACAGGGCCCGGGGCAGCUGCCCCUUUUGCCAUGCGUUAAAGAUGGCCCUGCCUAGGCAUAGUUAUGCAUCCCACUCCCAUAGAACUUAAACACCUGAAAAAUAUAUAAUAGAUACACAUUUACAUAUGAUUUGUGUAUAUAAUAUAUACACUUGUAUAUUCACACUCACACACAUACAUAAUGAGAAAUAAUCUAUUCAUAAACAGGGCUAUACAUAGGGCACAAGGUCACACAUUUAGGCUGGAAGAAAGGAGAUUUCAUCUAAGGCAAAGAAGAGGUUUUUUUUUACAGUAAGAGCAAUAAGGAUAUGGAAUGCUCUGCCUGAAGAGGUGAUUUUAUCAGAGUCCAUACAUAUGUUUAAACUGCAAUUGGAUAAAUACUUGCAAAAACAUAACAUACAGGGAUAUAAUUUCUAAUUAGUGGGAUAAUAGCUGCUUGAUCCAAGGAGACAUCUGACUGCUAUUUUGGGGUCAAGAAGGAAUUUUUUCCUAGUUUGUUGCAAAAUUGAAAGCGCUUCAGACUGGGUUUUUUGCCUUCUUUUGGAUCAACAGCAAAAACAUAUGUGAGGAAGGCUGGACUUGAUUGACACAAGUCUCUUUUCAGCUAUGUAACUAUGUAAAAAUGCAAUCAUUAACAUGGGUAGGUACUGCAAAAGCAGCUGCCAAAUGUUUGGGGGGGUUUAACCCCUUAAGGACACAUGACAUGUGUGACAUGUCAUGAUUCCCUUUUAUUCCAGAUGUUUGGUCCUUAAGGGGUUAAGAACAACAGACAAAAAUCUGCUUGUCAUUAUUAUACUACCUCCUCAAAUUUAUAUAACUCCAUAUAAAUUCAGCUAUUUCAGGAUUUUACGAUUGCAGUAAAAGCAAAUAUUGAAGGAUACCAAAACCAAGAAAAGGGGAUAAGCAAAUGAUCUUUGGUUGUGGAAGAUGCAGGUGGUCUUCUUGAUUAAAUAGCCCCCAUUCCUGAAUGAUAAAAGACGUUAAAUUUCAGUAGGUGAGGAGAUGAAUUAAGACCUGACAGGAUGAUAUUUACUAUCAUUCCUUCCCCUAGGGAGGAUAUUUAUUUAGAGAGUUUUAUGCCUAGGGAAAGGAAUGACAAUUAUAUCAAAGUGGAAUGUUUUACAGAAGAUGGUACAUGUGGUAGUUUGAUGACUAUACAAAUGUAAAGUUAAAAAAUAUGGUAUUUACAGAAUGUUUGCCUUCUCAGCACUAUGGCUUCAAUUUAAUAUUUUGGAUAAGCUUUUUAAUCAUAAUCCAGAAAAAAAAAUGUUUUUAAUGAUUUUUCUACAGAAGUCCCCAUGAAAAGCGUAUCCAAAGAUAAUAAGGGUGCAGCCUUACAUUGAUUUGGAUUGGAGCAGAGAGCUCUUGUGUAUAAAGGAAAGUGUAUAAAGUAAACACAUGCAUAGUAUCCUGGUGUACAUAAUCCAUAGUGGUAAGAUAACAAAUCUAUUAGUAAUGAAUAUCCAUCUAAUGCACAGGUAGGCAAUCUUCAGCACUCCAAAUGUUGUGGACUACACCCCCCUUGGCUGUAAGAGCAUUAUGGGAGAUGUAGUCCACAACAUCUGGAGUGCUGAAGAUUGCCUACCCCUUAUUAAUAGUUCAUAAGUGUGGAUUGCUGCUAGCAUAGUGAGAAGUGUAAUUCUAAUAUAUAAUGUACUAAUCAUUAUAAUAAGUAACUAAUACAGAAGGUGAGACAGGGUAUAGGCUGUUGUGUAGAAUUGUUUGUAAACAGUUUUGCUGUCAGCCAUCCCUUGUGAAUUUAUGAACUAUAUUGUGUUGGAUGCCUUCAGAUGCGUCUCUCCAGCAAAAGUGUUAUAGUCUUAGGGCAGAUGGGAGUUUAAAGGGUAGGUGAAUAGAAGAGCUCAAUGUUACAGACAGAACUAUAUAUAUAUAUAUAUACACACACAUAAAAAUGCAUCUACAUUAAUAUGCCCAACAAGAAAAGAAAGUUGAUGUGCUAUGUCACAUAUUUGUGUAUUGCUUCAAUUGGGUGUCUACUACUGCAUUUAUAGUGCAUCAGAUUUUGUACAAAUAAACCAUAAAACACAGCCAUAUCUAUUUAUCUUUCAGCUUUUAUUUGUCUUACACCCCCUUUAUCUUAAAAGCAGUGUAUCCUAAAAGCAGUGGCAAGGGAGGAAGUACAAUACCUAUCUGAAAGUUUAAUAUCCAUUUUAUGUAACCUUGAAGGGGCUAGGUGCCAUUGGUAUAAGAUUUUAUAAUAAUUCUCCUCAUACCUAAGAACCUUAUCUAAUUCCUUUGAGAGAUGCGAACAUCUCAUACUACUCUUUUAGGUCCUAUCGAAUGCCUAACUCCCUUUCCCUCGAUAACAUAACAUUUUGUGUAGUAUCAUUAGUUAAAAAAAAUAAUAAUAAUAACUUAAUUAAAGCUUCUGGUUGGGCUGAAAUAAAUACUUUUUUCCUACAUUCAAAUUGGCUCAAUAAUAUCAAAUUAUCAAUUUUUUCUCGCACUAUAACCAAAAUCAUAAAGUACUGGGGUGGGGGUCUAUAGCAUCAUCCAGAUCCAUUUUUUUUUUAUUACAUGAAAGAGAGAAGAAAUUAUCACUAUUAAAAAUAGAUUUUAAAUGCCAAUCUUUAAUUACAGGUGGGGCAGGUGAUGUUUUAAAAUAGAAAGCAGCAUAGCUCUAGCCAUUUUGGUUUGUUAUAAUCCAAAUUAAAUUUUAUGGCAGUCGCUGCAUUGGUUGCAUAAUAGUAUUUUUUGAAAUCUGGUACCCCCAGAACCCCACAACUCAUCAACAAUUGCCAGAUUGUUAAUUUAACUCUGUAUAUUUUAUUUUUCCAAAUAAAUUUUAGUAAGUCAGAAUGUACUUUCUUAAAAAAAGAUAACGAAACAGCUAGGGGAAUAGUCAUAAAGUAAUAUUAGAUUUUAAGGAGAAUAUUCAUUUUAAUCAAUGUUAUUCUACCCAGCUAUUAUAUUUCUAGGCCUGAAAUCUUUCCAUGUCAGUUUUAAGUUCAAGCCACAAGUUAAAAAGAUGCAUCUUUGAUAGGUUCUUUGUCAAAUUAAUAUCCAAGUAGGAUAUAUAAGAAUCCCUCCAAUCGAACUGGUAUCUUUCCUUCAAUUCAGCCAGCACAGGCUGUGGAAUGUUGAACGACAGCACUUGUGUUUUAUGUGAGUAGAUUUUAUAGUAAGAGAUAUUGUCAAGUUGAUGUAAUGGUCCAAUUGAGGAUUAGCGAGAGAAAGAAUAACACCAUCUGCAAAUAGACCAAUUUUAUGUUAAUUUUCACCAAUCCAGAGACUCUCAAUUUCUUCUGUCUUUCAUGUGGUCUCAGCCAGGGGCUCCAUGGCUAAUAUAAAUAACAAAGGCAAUAAUGGGCAAUCCUGUCUGGUACAAUUUGACAGUGAGAAUGUAUCUGAAAGGAAAACAGAGGCAAAAAUGUCUGUCCUAGGGUUGCAGUACAAUACAAUGAUGGCAGUAAUAAAAGAAAAAGGCAAGUUGAUCUUGACCAUCAUCUCUCUCAGAUUGCCCCGAUGGAUUUUAUCAAAUGGGGCGGAGUCUGGCCACCAUCUUAGAUGGCCACGUUCUAGAGGAGCUCCUGAGGCAAGGGGACAUAAAUGUUUCAUAAAAAAAAUAUUAAGCCUGGAUGACAGAGAAUUUUACACAGAAAGAGACACCUGAACAACUGGCAACAAUGCAGAAACAAAAAAAAAACGGAAAAAAACGUGCCUGUACUUCAAAAUCGAGAGGCUGGAGCUGCAGGGGUGAGUAAAGGCCUGCAGGCCCAUUCACCUGCCAACAAAACUGUCCCGUGGCAUAUUUCGCCACAGAAAUCCACGUUGGUGGGAGUGGUGAAAACUAUCCCACCCGCCCACCCGCCCAGUUACCCAGACCCGCUCUUAAGAGAGCGCAGCCGCGACCCGCUCGCAUUACUCUCAGAGCGGUGGGAUCGAGGCUGCAAGUGCUGCGGCAUUGGAGGGUGGCUCAGUGCACUCUGGGCACUCGACACUCUCGGAGUGCCGCGGACAAUCUCCCACAAACGGCUUAACAGAAGCUGACAGCCGCUCGCGCGCUGUAAUUAAAGCAGCCGGGUCGCUGGUAUACAAAAGCGGCCGAGAUACAGAGGAGGAUAUAGGGGGCAUGAGGUCCCCAUCGAGGUCCUCGGCCUCACGGCUGGGAACACUGGCGGGGGGUCUUUCCCUCCAUCUCCCUAAAAGACAAAGAAUUGAUAGUUGAUGGUGACAAUUUAAUAGACAGUAGUGAUUUACUGGAGGAAGAACUAGGCUCCAUUUAUUAUUCUUCUAUGCAACAAAACAUCAGGCAUGAAGCCUCUACCAAGAUGGCUACUAAUGAGACUUCUAUUAAUGAUUUUACCACAUCCAAGAUGUCUACCACUGUACAUGUAACCACUGCCACCACCAAGAUGGCCACUGCCACUUCUAACAUAGAAAUUUCAAGAUGGCUUCUUCAGGAUUCAAAACCAUGACCUACAAUCUAAUAUGCCGCUUGAAAUGGCAGAGGAUUUACCACCUUCUGCUGGUAUGAUUAUUCAACUUAUACAAAAUUUAAGAGUGGAUUUAAAGAAUGACUUUAGAAAAGAUUUUGACACUAUGUAGGGAGUUUUAGAAAACAUUGGUCAACGAACAGAAGAUGUUGAAUACAAAAUGCAGGUGCAAAAACAAUCACAUUUAGAUCUAGUUAACACUGUGAAGGAACUUCAGAAACAGGUCACCUUGCAAGCGGAAAAAAUGGAUUCUGAAGACAGGAGCAGGCGUAACAAAUCGAGGAUCAGGGGGAUACCUGAUAAUGUGGACACCUCAGACUUGAUACAUUAUUUCCAAAAAAUGGUUAAAACGAUUUUACCCAAAGCUACUGAUUUAGAUCUAAUAGUGGAUCGUAUCCACAGACUCCCUAAAUCUGGCAAUGCACCUGCAACAGCUCCAAAAGACACCAUAGUAAGACUACACUUUUUUCAUAUAAAACAGGAAAUCCUGAGCACUAUUUGCAAAUCAGGUCUCCCUGCGGAUUAUAAAUAUAUCAAAGUUUUCCAAGAUUUCUCAGCCUACACUAUGAGACGCCGCAGAGAAUUUCAACCCUUCAUGACAGAGCUGAGACAAAGAGAGAUUUGUUACAGAUGGGGAUUCCCUGUAAAACUACUCUUUCAUAUGGAUGGCAGCAAUUUCACAAUCACUUCUCCUGAGGAAGGGAUGGAUCUUCUUAAUGCCAUGAACAGACGUCAAACCCAACCUCACGUAACCUCACCUUCUACUCCAAGACACACCCACAAGAAAAGUAGGGCGGAUGUCACUUGAAGAUACUUUCUUUUAAUUUUUUGAAGGCACAAAAGCUCCAACAUACAUAUUGCUGGUUUGGAUUUAUUACUUUCUCCACGUUGUUUUAUCACAUCCAUUUUAUUACUUACAAAUUGUUUUUUCUCUUUCUCUUUCCCUUUUUUUUAUUUCCCCUCUCUCUCCCAUUUUUUGGUUCCACAUUCUUUAUGCUCUUUAUUGUGCAUCAACACUUGGUUAAAUGUCUAUAGGUCAGUGACGUUUUUGAAUGUAUAUUACUUGUGGCAAAACUAGCCACUUCAGACUAUAUGUGUAAAAAUGUGUUGCUGUAACUUUAAGAAUGUGAGAACCAAGCAUGUACCUAUUUUGUUCAUGUUAGGCGAACAAGAGCAUUCGUAUGCUGGCGGCAGGAAAGCCACCAGCAUUCAUACAGUAGUUUCCCGAACAGGGAUUUUCAACCCUAUUCGUGAAACGAAUAAACUACCGAAUGAGAGACCACACACAGGGGUCGUGUGGCUCUCAUUAAGCAUUGCAACAAUGUAUCCUUCGGUGAUUAUUGAGAUUCAGGGUGGCCGCCGUUCGGCUACCGACCACGCGGCGGUCGGCCAUCUUGGAUCCUUUGUUAGCCCAGCAGUAUUUGGUCGUUGAGCGCCUGGAACUGAAAUCGGCUACUCAACGGCACGAAUACCGCUGGACUUCCAGGCCGUUCAGGAGUGCUGUCAUAGUUUGUUCCCUAUAUGCAUUGAGUAUUUUGAGGUGAAUGUAAAAUAAUAUGUGUCUUCGUGCGGCGUUCGGUUAGUUAGACUGGGAGCUGAGCGGUACUUUCACAAAAGGUGCGCUCAGACCCCAGCUAUCUACCGAACGGUCAUUCGGUAAAAUAUCACGAAUAAUGUAGAAGUUAUGGAUUUUUGUGGGUAAAUGUUAGUUCUGCUGCACGGAGGGAUAAUCCACUUAACUGGGUAUUCUAGUGGGAGUUUCCCUCUCGAGCAGCAGUGCAUGAUGGGAGAAAUGUCCGGGUUGUUAAGUCCCCCAUGAAGUCCCCUACUGUACAACCCCUGCAAUGUCAGUAGGGAAACCCCUUGCAUGGGGAACUGCAUAUAUACUGUGACCUGUGAUUAAAAGCUCAGUUGACUCCCAGCCUAUGUGUCAUCUAGUUCUUGGAAAGGAAAGGAUUUAUACAACGCUACUGGGAUUAUUGCAUGUUGUACUUAUUUUGCCUGGAUUAUUGUAAGCUGUUCCUGUUACCAGCGGAGACCCUGUGGAUUAUACUACCUCUCCGCUACAUUACUGAUUUCUGAUAUAGGCCUGGAACAUUCUGAGCAUAUAUCGGACUUCAUUAGAGAUGUGAUCACAGAACUAGAAGGACUCCAUUCUUUAUUGAUCUUCUCUGCAUACCACUGUUCAUUUCUUUUUUUCUUUAAAGCUCUGAUUGUUUUCCCCUUGCUGCAGGCAGUUUUCGCUACUCCCAAACUGGGCCUAAUACCCUGAGAUGGAGAAUUAUUUUUUAUUCUCCCUCGUGGCCCUUUUUCUAAACAUAGUUUUUUUUUCUCUCCUCGUAUAGGGGAAUUUAUCCAAGUUUAUCAUUCCCAAUUUUUUAUUUUUCCUUUUUAUCCCAUCCAUUUACUAAUGCACUGUAAGCAAUUCAAGAAGCUAACAGGUUAUGCUUCAAAUGUUUUAGCAUGCUCACUCUUGUCUAAACAAAUGUAUUUGUUAUUACGAUUGUUUGAUUUCAUAACUCUCCUCUUCGGACACGAGCCUUUGGGCUCCCACAUUUCUAUACAAUCUCUUUUUUAUGGCUGUGUACUCUGAUUUGAGUCAUGGUCAUUAAACUCAUGUCAUUUAAUGUGAGGGGCCUGAACACCGCUCACAAGAGGCGACUAUUGUUCAAAGAAGUCAAAUCCAACAAAAGAUAUUGUCUGUAUUCAAGGGACUCAUCUUAAGGAAGGAAAAGAGUACAAAUUUAUGACACGGUUAUUCCCUUCCCAAUUUCAUUGCACUUACAAAACUAAGUCUAGAGGUACUUCCAUUUUUUUUUAGCAGGAAUGUGGCUAAUUCUACAGAAAAGAUAAUAACAGAUGAUGACGGAAGGUACAUAGUGUGGAUUGGUAAGGUUAACAACGUUAUGUAUGCAAUUGUCAAUGUGUACUUUCCUAACAGCUUACUUUCUUUAGGAAAAUUAUGGAUUUGGUGAAUGAGAACAUGAAAGGGACUUUGGUGAUGUGUGGAGAUAUCUACUUUGUAAUGGAUGGUGACUUAGAUAAUGCAAGGGAUAAUUUGGAUAAACUCCAUAGGAGAGAUAGUGAUAGAUUAGCUGUGAAAUGCUCAAAUAUAUGGUUGAAUGUGGACUGUAUGAUCCAUGGAGAUUAAUGCAUGAGAAUGAAAGAGACUUUACUUUUUACUCAGUAUCCAAGAACAUGUAUUCCAGGCUGGACAGGUUUCUGAUACAGGGUGCUCUCAUACCGCACAUCUCAAGAUCUGAUAUUUUAGAUAUCAAUUGGUCUGACCAUGCUCCCAUAACUUUGCAUAUAGACGAAAUGGUUUCUUUCUCCCCCAAUAGGCACUGGAAACUGAGUGAUUACUUAUUAGAUGAUCCUGAAAAUAGAUCGCUAGCUGAAGGGAUACUGAAUGACUAUUUUUUGGAAAAUGUUUCGCAUGAGGUUCCUGACGAGGUGACAUGGCAUGUGCACAAGGCUAUGUUGAGAGGCCAUUUCAUUUCUAGGGCGACUCACUUGAAGAGGAAAAUUAACGGCAACUUAAGAAAUUUGGAAAAAGAAUUGUACAACCUAAAUCAGGCAAAUAAAUUCGGCCCUCCCUGGCAUCUUCUUCCCUGUCAGCAAUGAUAGGGGAGAUUAAAUAAAAAAUUCACAAAAUAAAUUUGGAUCGAACUACUCUCAUGGUGAGACGCCUCAAGAAAGUGUUUUAUUUAAAGGGUAACAAGGCCUCAACUCUACUGGCGUCCAAACUCCGGCAGGUGAAUGCCCAUUCUAAAACUGCGUACUUAAUAGAUGACCAGGGACAAAAAAUAUUCACCCGAAUAAGAUUAGUGACCAAUUUGCCAAAUAUUAUAGUGUACUUUAUAAUUUGGAAUCUGAUGUAAAUCUCACCCAGCCGUCUGAGGCGACUAUUAUAAUUUUUUAGACAGGGUUUCGUUGCCUCGGCUGUCUUCUGAUAAUUUGGAAAAAUUAGAGCGUGAUAUAUCUGAAGCAGAGAUAGCCGAGGCGAUUAAGCUCAUGCCAUCUAGAAAGGCCUCUGGUCCUGAUGGAUUCACCAUUUUAUACUAUAAGACCUUUGCAGAAACUUUAAUUCCUCAUAUGUCCAAACUAUUCAACUUUUAUAAGUCCGGGGGGAAGAUGUCAGGAGAGUCUUUGUCCGCACAGAUUGUCACCUUGCCAAAACCGGGUAAAACUCCCGACAGAUGCUCUAAUUUUAGGCCCAUAUCCCUUAUUAAUAACGACACAAAAAUGUAUUCUAAGAUACUAGCGAACCGAUUAACUAAUCUAAUACCUUUAUUGAUCAAUAAUGACCAGGUGGAAUUCGUGAAAGGUAGACAUGCAUCUGAUGGAACGAGAUGGUUCAUUAACUUAAUUCAGCAUAUCAAUUAAACAAGAACUCCUUCUCUGCUCCUUUCAUUGGACAGGGUACAUUGGGGAUAUCUAUGGAAGACACUGAGCAGAUUUGAUAUUCCACAAUCUUUUAUUACUGUGAUAAAGGCACUAUACAGUGCACCCACAGCUCAUGUAUGGGCCUCAGGUUUCCAAUCCAGAACGUUUUCUCUAACUAAUAGGACGCAUCAAGACUGCCCCUUAUCUCCAAUUCUUUUUGUCCUGGCGAUGGAACCCCUGGUCGAACUGAUUAGGACGACCCCAGAAAUCGCAGGUAUUAAUAUCAAGGGAUCCACUCAUAAAAUAGGGUUAUUUGCAGAUUACAUCAUUCUAGCACUCAAAAACCCAAAAUACUCUCUAAAAUCUCUCAAUACUAUUCUACUCCAGUUUGGAGAAGUAUCUCAUUAUACAUUAAAUGUAUCCAAGACCCAGGUCCUACCUUUCCACUUGCAUAAAUCUGAUGGAUGAAUUAAGACUAUCAUAUCUGUUCGAUUGGAGGAGGGAUUACCUGGAAUAUUCAGGAAUUAAUUUAUGCAAACAUUUACCCAAUAUGCAUAUUCAUAACUUGAAGAGAGCAUGGCCAGACCUACAAUAGGAGAUGGAGAGAUGGGGUGGUAUGGAGUUAUGGUGGUUAGGAAGAAUUGCCUUCAAAAAAAUGUCAAUCCUCCCAAAAAUCUUGUACUAUUUUAGAACUAUCCCCUUAUCUUUUCCAAUGUCCUUCUUUAACAAAGUAUAUUCAAUAAUGCUAAAAUUUAUUUGAAACAACAAACCCAGAAUUAAGCUUACAUCCCUGCAGCACCAAAAACUUCAUGGGGGCAUUGGUGUCCCUAAUUUCAGAAAGUACUACUUUGCAACUAAUGCUGCAGCGGUUGUAAGCUUUAAUAAUCAAAAAAAAACGCGAGAUGGAUGGAGAUGGAGGAAUCUAGCAUUCUCCCCUUUCAACUUGGGGAAUUACCCUGGCUAAGCCCUGUAAGGAGACCUGGAGUAACUAAAAUGUUUAUGACCACUAAGACCACACUUAAAGCCUGGGAUAUAGUACUUAAAAACAACUGUCACUUGACAAAACUAUAAAGAGUCAUGCCAAUUGAAUCUUUAAAAUCCCGACCUUAAACUCAUCAUUACUUAAAGGACCACUCUAGGCACCCAGACCACUUCAGCUUAAUGAAGUGGUCUGGGUGCCAGGUCCUUCUAGGGUUAACCCAUUUUUUUAUAAACAUAGCAGUUUCAGAUGACUGUUAUGUUUAUGAAUGGGUUAAGCCUUCCCCCUAAUCCUCUAGUGGCUGUCUCAUUGACAGCCACUAGAGGCGCUUGCGUGCUUCUCACUGUGAUUUUCACAGUGAGAGCACGCCAGCGUCCAUAGGAAAGCAUUGUAAAUUGUACAUUGUAAAUGCUUUCCUAUGCGACGGGCUGAAUGCGCGCGCAGCUCUUGCCGCGCGUGCGCAUUCAGCCCAGGAAGAGGAACGGAGGAGGAGAGAAGGAGGAGAGCUCUCCGCCCAGCGCUGGAAAAAGGUAAGUUUUUAACCCUUUCCCCCUUCCAGAGCCAGGUGGGAGGGGGUCCCUGAGGGUGGGGGCACCCUCAGGGCACUAUAGUGCCAGGAAAACGAGUAUGUUUUCCUGGCACUAUAGUGGUCCUUUAAAGAACAACGACUGUAUCAUAUAGAUGACUUUUUCCAUGGAAACUUUAUUUUGUCUUAUCAAAGAUUACAAUUUAAGCAUAGACUGGCGACCGAAUGUAAGGAUGAAUGUGAGUUGGUGAUUGAGAAAUUAAAAGAAAUAUACAACAUACCGGAAACCGACAAAAAUUCUAAAGCACUAGAAAUAUCACAACUAGAAAAGCAAUUUUUGCAUGACCCAAUUAGGAAGGGCAUUAUAUCUAUCUGUUAUAUGUUACAUAACGAUAAACCAUCAAUUAAACUGAAGCAUAUGUUAUCCUGGGAGACAGAGCUGGGUUCCCAAUAUAAGUUGGAGGAUCGGUUCAGUUUUUUUUCAGAUCUGAAGAGCCUAUCUUUCUGCUCCAACCAUCACGAAAACCACUUUAAAAUUCUUUAUCGAUGGUAUCUGGCCCUGUCUAAAUUGCAUAAUAUGAAUAAUAAGUACAGCGAUAGGUGUUGGAGAGACUGCGGAGGACUGGGCAACAUGGCCCACAUAUGGUGGUUUUGCCCAAGACUGACUAGAUAUUGGAAAAUGAUACAUGACUUAAUUAUUAAGGUGAACAGUAACAUAGGUAGCUUCACAUCUGAACUGGCUCUAUUUAAAAAAUUCCCUGAAUCCAUCAGUAAAAUAGAUAGAAUUAUAGUAGGCCACAUUCUGAUAGCUGCAACCACAUGCCUACCUAGAUAUUGGAAAUCUAAAAAGACACCCUGAGUUAAAGAAGUACUAAAACUAACACAAAUCAUACGAAUUAUCACAUAGAAAUAACACACAUAUAUUUGCAUAAUUGAAAUACCACUAGGAUCAAUGGGAAACCAAUGUCAAAAAACAUAUAACCUUUAAUAACUUGUUAUGGAAUGUUUUUCAACUUAAGUGCCUUGUACAUUAACAUACUUACCAUUAUAAUGGAUGGAUACCCCCCUUUUCCCACUUCCAAGUUUUCCCUUCCUUUCCCCUCCCCUAAUAUAUUGUUUUUCUAUUACUUGUAAAAUCUGUAAAAUCUUUCAAUAAAAAAGGAUUAUAUAAAAUGCCUUCUCUAUGUCGAAUGAUAAAAGCAGGGAAGGCAUCUGGGUAUGCUUUAUGUGAUGUAUUAGAUUAAUAAACCUGAACACACUACUCUCUUGAUCUCUUCCGAGCAAACUACUCUCUCUUCACUAUGCAAUAGUUGAGUUUGAGGUUGUUUUCCAACAGCUUUCUUUGUAACAAAUGCCACAAGCCUGUGCUUGCGAACAUUUCUGGUGUCCAGAUAAUAUACUAGAUAAGAAUGGCUGUUCCUGUCAUGUCCAACAUAAAUUCCUCUCUCACACUUUGAAUAGAUCUUCUUCCUAUCUUACUUAUUUGUAAAACAUUCUGACCCUCAAAAAUUAAUUUAAGGAUGGUUUUGUUUUAAUAGUCUUUUGUCCUGUAACAGAUAAUAUUAAGUUUCUACUGGGCAGUUGUUAAAGUACCUGUUUUGGAUCAGUCAUUACUGCUUUUGUCCAUAAUUCCUUUGGCAAUUUAAUUUUGAUUAACAGACAUCUUGUCAUUUUAAAUAGUGUUCCAAUAAGAUCUCAAACUGAUUUAGCUCAUCUUGUGCCAUUACAAAUAGAACCAGGCCGUUUGCAUAUCAAAGUGAUUCCACCCAAAAGGGCAGUCCAGAUCAAAAAGCAGGUCAGUUCUCUCUGCACGAGAGAUACAGCAACUCCAGACAAUUGUUUCCACCUUGUUAGGCCUUGUUGGUACUUUUCCAUUGCAAUCGUUAUCAGCAAUUCGUCACUUUUAAAGCUGUAAUUGCUCAUUCUCACACACAUUGUCAUGUAUACCUUUUUGAAGGGUCCUUAGCUCUCUGAAUUAACUAUUCUGGGUUUUCCCUUGUCUGCAUAAUAGUCUCUCAAUAUCUGAAGCUCUUUUCUUCCACCACCAGCUGCCUCUCGUAUGAUUAAAGCCAGACUAUUAUCAUCUAAGAACUGAAUUAACUUAGCAUAUGCUUGCUCAUUCUUAAAUUUAUCUUAAUUCUCAUCAUUAGUAUCAUCCGGAUCAGAAUGGUUUCAUUGAGAUCUAUCAACCACAGAUGUCCCAAGAACUUUCUCUCCCAUAACUCAUAGUUUUCUCAUUUCCGUCAAAGCAAAGUCUGCUCCAUUGAUUUUCUGCAAUCCUUCUUGGCCCAUAACCUGUUGUUAGCUGCAUAAUGAGACUAGGAUAACUGAGCAAGUGCAUCUAAUUAUGGAGGAACAACACCAGACACGUGUUUAGCUCUUUACUGCUACAUACUCAAAAGGUGAAGAUGCAGGGCAAAAACUUUAUUAUACCAUGCACAAAGAAUACCAUUGAUAGCCCUUAGGAUUAUAUUCCCAAAAGUAUUAGGAUUAGUUUUAGGGUUAGUUAUUGCCAAUUUAAUAAAAUGUGAACAGUUAUAGUUAGGGUUAGUGAAGGUUAGGUUUAGUGAGAGUUUGCUUGGGCCAAACUACUAAACAGUGACCUGUUAGUGUCAGGGUUAUGGUUAGCUAGGUGUAUAUAGAAUUAGGGUUAAGAGAGCAUUAGAAAUAGUAUCAAAAUUUGAUGCUCGUCAGUAUGAUGACACAGAUUCUAUACCAAAGAGCCCCUCUGGGAAUUAAGCAGAGAGGUAUGUCAAAACUAGAGCAUGUCUCUAAAUUGAGCCUAUAUAUUUUCACAAAACUUGGAAAAGGUUACAUGUGGGGUAUCGGGGUACUUGGCUAAUAAAGCAGAAUAUAAAUCUGGGGUUUUCAAACUAGUAGAAAGCUCACAACAUGUGGAAUUCACUGUUAAAAUUUCUGAUAAAUUAACCUGUUUUGAGUUCAUUUUUUUUGUCACACUGAUUGUAUACACAUCACAUAAUGGGCAAAACUAAAUAAAUGUGGGUUUAUUUUUAUUUUUUAAAUUUUUGAUAAUUAGUAUUAUUUUUUAUGCAUACAUAAAUGAUAUAUAUAUAUAGUAUAAAUUAAAACACCAUAUGCUUGAGAUCUAGACUGCCAAACACGCCUGCCAAUUAAAUGCAAUAAUUUGAACCACUAAUGCAACAUAUGGAAUCACUCAAGUCUGGUUAUAAUCCUUGCUAGGAUUUUACUAUUUUAAUUAUUAAUGUCAAAUUUGUGGGAGUUGUAAAAUAAUAGCUGGGAAUCCACAUGCAGCAUCCCUUGAUCUGCUCAAUCAAUGAUGCAUAGUUCUGCAUCCACUUUAAGGACCGUCGCUCGGUCGCUGUUGUUCAAUCAGCGGUGAUUGGCGUUGCUCCCGGUGUGGAGAGACUGCCUGCAGCCCAGUCUCUCCACGGCGAAUUAGGACCACGUGUCCAUGUGAUCGCUCUAACAGAGCAGUCACAUGGCCACAAUAGGUGUCCCUCUAUCUGACUGCCCAGGGACUGUCUGUGCUGACAGGCAGUCUCCCUGCAUGAGUAAAAUAAAAAAAUUAAAAAUGUAAAAAGUAAUCAGUGUAAAAAACAAAUAUAUAUAUAUAUAUAUAUAUAUAUAUAUAUAUAUAUUUAUAUGUAUAUAUAUAUAUAUAAGAGAUAUAUAUAUAUAUAUACAUGUAUUAUAUUUAUAUAUAAUAUGUAUAUAUAUCUUAUAGACACAAUGUCAAACUAAGUGUAAGUAAAUGUCAAACUAAGUUAUAUUUAAAUUACACAUGUAUAUAUAUAUAUAUACAUAUAUAUAUAUAUAAUAACUAUAUAUAUUGUAUAUAUAUAUAUAUAUUAUUAUAAAAUAUAAAUAUUAAGUAAAUAAAAAUAAACAAACCUUUUUUUAAAUAAUUUUAAAAAGUUUUUUAAUUAUAUAUAUAUAUAUGAAAUGUUAUUCUAACUGUAUUUUGAUAUAAAUAUAUAUAUAUACACUUAGAAUGAAAUUUUAUAUAUAUAUAUAUAUAUAUAUAUAUAUAUAUAUAUAUAUAUAAAUAAAUAAAAAUAAUACGAAAUAUAUAUAUAUAUAUAUCCAUAUACAAAAUGACAUAAAUAAUUUAAUAAAUAUACACGUAGACUUUAAAAUAUAUAAAUAUGUAUAUAUAUUUAAAUGCUACGUGCAUAUUUAUGUAAUAUUGUUACAUAAUUAAGUAAUUUUAUUGAUUGCAAUUUGAGGGACCUGCCUGACAUCCCAGGCCGAAAGUCCAGAGAAUUUCAUUUGCUAGCACUGUAUUUAACCCUGUAACUUUACAUGACACCCUAAAACCUGUACAUGGGGGGUACUGUUUUACUCGGAAGACAAACAUACAUAAAACAUAUUACAGCGAUGACAUUGUCAGUGAAAGUGCCACUUUUUGCAUUUUUCACACACAAACUGCACUUUCACUGAUGAUAUCAUUGUUAUGAUACGUUUUACUGUUUUGAAACACUAAUAUUUGUGUUCAGCGAAGUCUCCCGGGUAUAACAGUACCCCCCAUUUACAGGUUUUAUAGUGUUUUUGAAAGUUACUGGGUCAAAUAUAAGGCUUGAUUUAACUUUUUUUAUUUACAUUGAAAUUUGCCUGGUUGGUUUUGAGAGCGUAUGGUAGCCCAGGAAUGAGAAUUACCCCAAUGAUGGCAUACCAUUUGCAAAAGAAGACAACCCAAGGUAUCGCAAAUGGGGUAUAUCCAUCCUUUUUUAGUAGCCACUUAGUCACAAAAACACUGGCCAAAGUUAGCGUUCAUAAUUGUGUUUUGCAUUUUUUACACACAAACAAAUAUAAAUGCUAAAUUUGGCCAGUUUUUGGUACUAAGUGGCUACUAAAAAAGACUGGACAUAUCCCAUUUUGAAUAUCCUGGGUUGUCUGCUUUAAAAAAAAAUAUAUGUACAUGUGAGGUGAGAUUCAGAGAUUUAUUACAGAUAACAGUGUUACAAUGUCACUAUUGAUAAAUUUAAACAAUAUAUUUCUUAUAGCCCUAAAACUUGCACGUAAACACUGGGUGUUUUUAAACUCAGGACAAACUUUUGAAUCUAUUUAGAAGUUUUUUUCAUUAGCUUUUGUAGAUAAGUAAAAUAUUUUUCAAGUAAAAGUCAAAAAACAUGUUUGUUUUUUUAAAUUUUCACCAUAUUUUAUUUUAUUUUUUGACGUAAAUGAUAUGACAUGAUACAAAUAAUGGUAUGUAAAGAAAGCCCUUCUUGUCCUGAAAAAAAAAAACAAUAUAUAAUUUGUAUGGGAACAGUAAAUGAGAGAGAAGAAAAUUACAGCUAAACACAAACACCACAAAAAUGUUAAUACAGGCCUGGUCCUUAACGUACAACAUGGUCAAAACAGUCUGGUCCUUAAGAGGUUAAACCAAGCGUAAGAAAGCUACUAUGGUUACCGUAUAUUCUCCUUCGGGCUAACAUUAAAUUAAAUAUUCUCCUUUAACCCCUUAAGGACACAACUUCUGGAAUAAAAGGGAAUCAUGACGGAAUAUUUCCGUCAUGUGUCCUUAAGGGGUUUAAAAAAAACAUGUAAAUGUGGCCUGAAUUGUUUUGUUUCUCUGAGAACAAGACCAGAUAAAUAAAAAGAGAAUAUUAAUCUAGACUUGAGAGUUAAAAGAUAAAACUGCCACAAAAGACACAGAUUUAUAACAUAAUUUCUGCUUUUGCAUGCUUUAUGAACUUUGCCUACAGGACUUUGUUAUGCGUUUCUUUUUCCCUGCUUACUUUACUCUGUUUAUCUUUCAGGGUUGGCCUUUCAGAUUAAGUGAAAGUUAAAUUAGGUAAAUGCAUUGGAAAGAUAUUUGUAUUUAUAUAGUCUUUAACCAACUGAUAGCAGGCUGUGUUAAAACUGUGUAUAAUUUUCCAGUAUAAGUUUCCAGUAAGUGUAAGACAGCGAUGAAUAAAAACACACUACAACACAUGCGUAAGAAGUAUAUGGGUAAGGUUAAUAAGAUGAUAGGGAUCACGUUAUACACUUGAGGACAAUUCUGGACAGUUCACUAAUUCGAGUGACCACUUACCUUUGAAACUUAAAAGCUUAUCAAAAUAUGCCUCUAUCAACAAAAGUAUAGUUGACCCCUUAAGGACCAAACUUCUGGAAUAAAAGGGAAUCAUGACAUGUCACACAUGUCAUGUGUCCUUAAGGGGUUAAACUGUCACAGCUGAAAAUAAAAGAGAAAGAAAGAACAAAAAAAGAAACAAUGAAAGAAAAUUACAUCCUUGUAGCCAAAUUUGUGUAUAAAAUCAAAACAAAUGGAAAGCUUAAAUAGACACUACAAGUACCAUAGAAUUGUAGGCUCUGCACAAAAGCUAAUGCAUAAGGAGGAAGGAGGUCGAUAAAUAGAAAUGUUGGAUCGGAUUGUGACUCCCAUCAGCAUUAGGCAUCAAAAAUAAGUAUGAUUGAAUAUUGCUGCCAUAUAUUGCAGUAGAGAGGGAAUAUAUCACAUUAUGUAGAGGACAUACAACAUGAUAAUGUAUUACGGAAAAAUAAUGCCAUUAAGAAGUUCUGAAAACCAACCAACUUUACCUCUAUCCUUAAACUUAUCCGCACCUCUCACUAAAACCAAUGUUAGCCUAACUUUCACCUUAACUCUAAUCUCAUCCUAUUGACAUUGUAAUAAAUUGCACCUUGAUUACCAGAGAUAUAAUGCAAUCAACAACAAACAAAAUCAGGAUUUAAUAGAGAAGAGUUGAAUUAAAGUGGUUACAAAUACACUUCAGCAUUCGGGUUUGGACAAACCACGAUUUAGAUGAAAAUUGGGUAUUUUGGAAAUUUGGCCGAAUAAUAAACAACCAAAUUGUUAAAUGACCAAAUCAAACAAGUCCUGAAUCAUAUGAUGGAUACAAAUCUUCAAUGCAGUUUGGUUAUUCGUUUAUUUGGAAUGGGCAAGGCAAUACACGAUUGAGAAUGUGAAUGAUGUGAAUUUCGUUUGCAACUUAAUUUGGUAACUUUACAUAAGCCAAUCCCACAAAGGGUACCAUUUUUCAUGUUGAUUUACCAUUUAUCCUUAUGUGGGACUGCCAUACUCAAACCAGUGAGCAAGUUUUUUCAUUGGCAAUGCCCCCAGAGCCUAUCCACCCAAAUCCCGAAUCCAUUAAAAAAAUCACUUAAAGGGAUAUUUUAAUGUUAUUAACACAUAUGUGCACUGAUAACAUUAGGUAUUACAGUUGUUUAGACUUGGGCCCACUGUAAUAAGAAAAGCACAGAGCUCCCCUUUAAACCAGCUGCAUCUUAAUCCAUACCACAGUAUGGCCAAUAAGGGUUUAGUUACAGUAUAUGGUCAUAAAUGACAUAAGCCUGCCACAAAGCAUAUCCUAUCCUGGCAACCUGAUACCUUCAUAUAUUGGGUAUUGAUAAGGGACUAAGGAAUGACCACAGGCAAAUCUCUCCUUAUACUACUGAGAUUCUACCACUAAGUGGGUGGGAGUACUAAUUAUAUAUAGGCAAUAAGGCUGUUUAGGUGCUCUGCCACUUAACGAUGUUAAUCAAUUAGUGGGGGCGAGUUAUUGCAGGCUUUUUGAUGACAGACGGUUAAAACGUAGUUAGGGAUGUUGUGUGAGUCAUAAUCUCUCAGCAGAAUGGCUGUGCUGAAAUCAGCUUUUCAAUGAGGAGCAUUUGUCUAUAACUAAUUAAUUCAUUUUAUGUACAUCUCUCUUUCUUAUCUGAGUGUUCCAUUACUCUCCAGUUUUUCCAUUGUAUUAAAUGCAAGCACAGUUCAUGUUUGUACUUCUAUUUUCACCAGCUCUUCCUACAAUAUCUGAAAGUGAUAACAAGGUACAAGUUGCACACAUUCAAUAAAAAUUAUUGGUUAGGUUAGGAAAAUAUGUGUCACAUUUAGCUGUCUGGAAAAAGGAAAAGAAAAAACUGUGUUAUUUGCCUUGUUUUGUAAUGAAACACUGUAACAUGACUGCCCAUGUAUGCUACUAACCUCAUCCUCAAGACCUUUAACCCCAGACCCACACCCAAUAAUGCACGACACCUUGUGUAGAGGAAAAUGGCUUGGCCACAACAUUUAUUAAAAUUCAACAUUUUUAAUCACAUUAACAUAAAUGAUUAUAAACUGCCAGCUGGAGGGAAAUGGUGCUUUAGGGCUCUAGACAUAUUUGCUAUAAAUAAGUGAAAAAGAUUUGCAAAUAGCACAAAGGCAGAGACAUGAUUGGCAAAGCAUGCCUGAAAAACAAAUUCGACCCCAUAUAAGGUACAAGACACAUUAGGUAAAGAGCUUGGCCACAGCGUUUAUUUAGAAAUGACAAAUUAUUAACACAAUUAAUGAUCGGGGCCGGACUGGGGAUUCCAAAGCAGCCCUGGAAAAAAAAAUCUAUGCCAGCCCCAUAAGUCAUUGCGCCAUAUAUUGUUGCAUGUAAUAUGUAAGGCUAUGUCUUGCCACCCUAGAUGAUAUAUAUAUAUUUAGCUGUUUCCAAUAUAAAAUAUUGGUCCUUUCAGUGUAUAAUUUUUAAUUAUACAGUAAGCAUACUCACAUGCAGACACAGACAAUCUCACUGACACAAGCUGAUUGAUACACAGCCUCACAGACAAACAAUCUCACUGAUAUAAAUAAGGUCAUUGACAUAAACACAAGCUCACUCAUAAAAACACAAGCUAUUCCGGCCCCGGUCUCAUUAAGCUGCACGCUGGGGCAGGGGAGCAGAGACAGAACAGACUGCUCCCCCUUGAGCCGCCAAAAGAGCUCCCUCUGCGGCCGCCAGAAGAGCCAGCUGCCUGCCCGGCCCCAGGUGCCGACGGCCCACCGGGAAAUUUCCCGGAAUCCCGGUGGGCCAGUCCAGCCCUGUUAAUGAUCAUAAGCUGCCGGCGAGUAUCUUACUUCCAUCCAACCCCGCGUGAGCAGGAACCCUCUCUCCCAAUUUUCUAACAUUGAGCAACCAACUCCUCAGGUCUUUGACCAGAGAAAACUCAGCCGAUGUGACAAUAAACUGAAAAAACAAAGCAGAACAAAAACCACCCAAAAAAAGAUGGAAAGAAAAGAAAGAGAAAACAAGUAGAAAGACAGAUGAAAAAAGAAGAGAAAACAAAAGAGGGGGGUGGGGGGGAAUAGGAAAGGAAUGGAGAGAGAAGAUUGCUGCCCAUGAACCAAGAGGAAGGAUGGGAGCUGAUUGGAAAUGUUUUUAACCUGUUCCAUACAUAUUGAUACAUUCAGACAUCAAUCCAUAACUGCCUUGAAUGACUACUCACCACAUAGGCAUGCAGGGCUGUCAUGGCUCAUAUUACAUAUACAGUGCCAUGAGCUUUCCAAACUAUAAUGCUUUAUGUUUGAAGACUAUUAUAGCCGAGUAUGCAUAAAUCAAAGAGACUUGGGGAAUACGAAUAUAGAGAAACCUAGUUAUAAGGACAUGUCAUAAAACAAAGUGUACCCCAUGUUGUUACAGCAUUGAGGUACAGUUGUGAAUCCACUAACCCCCAGGCACACUGAGUAUUCUACAAAUGAUAACUCUCAUCACUCUUAAACAGAAACUGGCUGGUCGUUGUGGGAAACACAGCUCAAGUAAAUGUGGCUUGAUAAAGCUGAUGACCAAAACAUUGCCAUGUGAAAUAUGGUGAUAUGCUAUAUUAAACCGUUUUCACACUUGAAAAAAGUUAAAUGCCUUUACCCCUUCCUUUUCUUUGGAUACAGUGGUCAGAGGUAUAGGCUUAUCUCAAGCCCAGGACACCACAUCUUUAGAGCAAAAAAAAAGGGAAACACAACAGGAAGGAAAAAUAAAAAAAGUCCAUAACAAACAUCACCCCCAAAAAAAUGAUUUAAAAAAUAGCCAGAGUGCCAAAAGAAAGUGAGAGUCACCUGCUUUUAUCUUGAUCGGCCACUUAAAGACUUAAUGAAGAGCGUGGCUCGGCCAGUUGCCUGGUCCAAUUCAUCCAUCCAUCCUGAGUGGUUUAUGCUACUACAGUCCUUGUUAUUAACAAUGCCCCAGAUUAAUCAAACAGUUGUACUUGCCAUAUCUACCAUUCUAUUUUGAAAUUUCAUAAAAAGACUUCCGUUUUCCUUUGCCAACCUGACUCUUAACAAUUUACUCAAGUAAGGUCAAGCAAAAAAAAAAGUCUCAAUAAGAAGCAUUCACAUCAGAUUGCAAGACAAAAAAAAAAUCAAUCUACAUUCCGAAGCUGAAUCACACAAGCAACUGACAAGUUAACAAAUGACAUAAUCACAAACAUAUAAUUAACGUUUGUUUAGCUUCUGGGAUUAUGUAAUAGCUUGUUUGUGUCAAGCUUCUCCUCUUCUAACCUUUUUUAUUUGUUUUAUACUGGAUUCUUAAACAUGAUGACAGUAUCUCAAAAAUGAAUAAUGAUUAUCAGUAAACAAAACAGAAUCUUAGAUACGUAUUGACGUAACACGUAUUUAUUUUGUGUAAUGAAAUUAGAUAUGCACAUUACUGCACCUUAGAGCAUAAUGCCCUACAAGGUACUUAUUAAACAUAACAUACGCUAAGAUAUGAGUUAUAGGGAAGUUAUUCCCUCGUGAACCUGCCUAUUGCAUUAGAGCUGGGACAAAAUGAUUGUGACCUGUUUUAAUUUAACAAAAUAUUGCUGUGUUUAUGUCCGUCACAUGCCGGGAAUGUGGCACACAAGCUCUAGAACAGGGGUAGGCAUCUUUCGGCUCACCGGAUGUUGCAAACAACGUUCCAUAAUGCUCUUGUAGCCAUAAUGCUGGCAUAGCUUCAGGGGACAUGUAGUCCAGAGCAUCUGGAGUGCUGAAGGUUGUCUAAAACUGCUCUAAAACAAUCAAUAGCAUUUCAUUUUCUCACCCUGUAGAACAAUGCAUUAGUGCUGAAAUUUUAUUAUGAGCUCAUAUUAUAUUAUGUGAAAUUAUGUUGAAAGCUGUUAUUCAAGACCUUUUGAAAAUAUAUCCUGUGGACGGAUUUUUGAUGCAUAAUUUUAUUACACACAAAAAAAAAUAUAUAACAAUGUGCAUGAAAUUAUUUUCUUUCCAUUUUUAGUAGAAGCAAUAGUGCAGGUUGGAACAUAUAUAGCCAUUGGUGAGGUGCAAUGGAUUGGGAACAAACUGGACAGAUUCAUUCUCUGAUACCUAUUGCAUAACUUCAAAGCAUUUCUCAAAUAAAGUGCCAGCGCUUAGUGACUAAUCCCCUUAGACAAAUACUCUAGGGUACCAAGAAUUAUAUAAAUUCAACCUUAUAUGUAUAGAGUCCCAGUUUGUAUUCAAUACAUUGAAGUAUAGAUCUGUCCUGUUUGCUCCACAAAGUAUCCAAAUGGUAAUUAUUCCAGAUAUAUCAUUACCUUUAAAGGAUACAAAAUGCACACAAAGUAUAAUAUUGCACACUUUAUUUUAAAGCCCCCAAAUGGAAUGGAACCCUUAUAUAAAAUCGAUGUGGUACUGUUGCCAAUAACCACACAAACAGCGAUGUAAUACUAUUAUGGAGAUGUUACCACUCCGAUGGACGGAUGAUUUUAUAUAAGGGUUCCAUUAGGGGGCUUUUAAAUAAAGUGUGCAAUACUAUACUAUGUGGGCUUUUUGUAUCCUUUAACCCCUUAAGGACACAUGACAUGUGUAACAUGUGUAACAUGUCAUGAUUCCCUUUUAUUCCAGAAGUUUGGUCCUUAAGGGGUUAAAGGUACUGAUAUAUCUGGAAUAAUUACCAUUUGGAUACUUUGUGCAGCAACCAGGACAGAUAUCCCCAUCCUCCUAGCUCUAUACUUCAAUGUAUUGAAUACAAACUGGGACUCUAUACAUAUAAGGUCGAAUUUAUAUAAUUCUUGGUACCCUAGAUUAUUUACUAAGUGCUGGAACUUUUUUUGUAUAAAUUUUAACCACAAGAAUUUUGGGAUAUUCUUUGUGUGCUCAGUUGCUAUUGCAUGAGACUAUAAUUUUAACCAUUGAUUGAGAAUAUUGUUAUUGAAUGUUUGCGCUCUUUUGAUUUAUAAUACUUUUGUUUAUUUCUCAACUAAGCUUCCAAAGGUAGUUAAAAAAAAUGCCUGCCUCAUGUUCAAAAUAUGGGAAUUUAGCCGCACCAUAUGGCCACAUUGGUUUUAAGCCCACCACUGCUUUCAAUGUACCCCAAUAUGGAUGGGUCCAUACUACACUUUGAAUAUUAAACAUGGUAGAAAUAUAAGCUCACUGCCUGUCUGCUCCAAAUCAAAGCAAAUCUGUUACACUAUAAGAAUUCUUCAGAAUUUAUAUAAUCUAACAUAAGUGUGUGGGGUGGUGGGGCUCAUCCAAAGCUUAAUCAUGAUUAGUUUAUAUAGAAAAAGCAUUGUUUGGGUGAAAAAAGCAAUGAUUUUUCUAUAAUCCUUUGUACCUGCCCGGUUUGUUACACCACCCUCCCCAUAUUUUCCUACCAAAUGCUCAGAUUAUGACUAUACAUGCAUUUAAGCUACUACCGUUUUUGCAAGGUGCCUGUUCAUUAAAAACACAUUACUAAAAUACCCAAAUUUUUGCUAAUACCAUUCCACUGAUACUGGAUAUGGCCAUUGCAAACUAUAAACCCCCUUGAUUACACAUGUCUAUGUGUGAACUAAAGCUUGUUUGCGUGUAAGGCUUUUGCCAGGUGUUUCAUGAUCUAAAUCGACAUUUAAGUCACAUGUGAAAGCACAUGAUUAUAAAAAGGUUAUUGUUCUACAAAGCUGUAUGUUUGCGACAGGUGCUAGACCUACACAUUGACCAUUGUGCAAACACAAGACCUUGUUAACUUUUUUACUAAAUGAUAGUGUCAAUCAUUAUAUUGCAGUCACAAGACUCAAUUUUCCAUAUGAAGACACAUGCUUAAAGCAUCGCAAAUUAAUGGAAAGCAUGCCGAACCUUUUUGUGAAUUUCUUUAAAAUCUUGAUAUGAUCAUAGAAACAUAGAAACAUAGAAUGUGACGGCAGAUAAGAACCAUUCGGCCCAUCUAGUCUGCCCAAUUUUCUAAAUACUUUCAUUAGUCCCUGGCCUUAUCUUAUAGUUAGGAUAGCCUAAUGCCUAUCCCACGCAUGCUUAAACUCCUUUACUGUGUUAACCUCUACCACUUCAGCUGGAAGGCUAUUCCAUGCAUCCACUACCCUCUCAGUAAAGUAAUAUACUUAAUGAAUUCAACUCAAAACUAAAACAGAAUUAUAAGGUGAUAUUUGGCUCACAAUAUCUAUUGCUUAUAGAGAGGAUUUCAUGUACAUGUUUCAGAUGGGUUAAUAUGUUAAAUAACCACCAGGCAGCAUUUGGUACAGUUAGAACAACCACAAUAUAGCCCAAAACACCACUUGGAAGGUUCAAAUCAAUGUAAUGCCUUCUGGAGCAGAGAAGCCUAUGAUAUGUACUGGCAGACCUGGCUUUUGUAACUAAGGGCAUGAGGUAAAACAUGUUUUAAAAGGCUCGGCUAUUCAUUUAGAUUAUCUUUAUGCAGUACGAUGGAUGAUGGCUGUAUGAUAGAAACUACGUACAUAGAAAACCUUCAUGAAGUGUCUUUCCUGUGAAAUUUAUAAAUCAUAUUACAAUUAAAAUGUUGCGUCAUAAUAAUUUGUGGGGGAAAAAAACAUUAUAGACUGCAUUUUGUUUUGGACAUUGCGAUCCUGGACGUGACAUUGAUAUUAAUUGCUUUACAAAACAAUGGGCCCUUUUUAAGCAUUCUUAGUAUAAAGUCAUAUGCUUCCUUGCUCAAUAAGAUUUCAAAUCUCUCUGCCAAAUAUGAAACAAUCAACAUGCUUCUUGCUAAUGUAAAGAGAAACUGGAGAUGUUAUGAAAGCACAAACAGUGGGGGAGCUAAUGUAGGACUCUGUGCAAAGAAAAUGUUUAGGUCGCCUCUAGCACAAGGGUGACAAGAAUUUAGAUCCUCAACUGCUAUAUAUCUCCUAAGGUGCUUUGACAGCUAGGGAUCUACACUUUAGCCGUCCAUGUAGGGUUGCAUGUGUGAGCAGUGUCUGCGUGUUUGAAUAUGUGCAGUGUCAAUAUUCAGGGGUGUGUUUGUGUGUGCACUCACCAUGAUAAAAAAAAAGAGUUUACUGACAUAAUCAGUAACCCAGGCAUUAUAACAACCUAAUCAGUGAUAAAAAUCACUCUGGUGCUUCUCUCUGGACCAGUGCUCAAAUAGCACAGGCCCAGAAAACUGGCCGUGUUUGUCCAAUAUUCAUUUAUAAUGUAAUUCAAAAUUCACAUAUAAUAUGUGCUACAGUUGUCUAAAGUUCAAUAUUUAUAAGCAGAAAAAAAUUGAAUGUAAAACGUAUGACACCUUGAAUAAAAAUAAAUAAAUAAAUUUUGAUCCAUCCCAUGAAUCAUGAGGAAACAUUACUGAUAUCACAUGAUGGGCAUAUCUGAGAGAGACAUGCACAUCAAAAUAAAAUAACUUCUGUAAAUGCUGUUAGUGCUGUUUAUUCCAUUAGAAGGCUAACAUAAGCAAAAGGGAGAAAAAAAUUAAAAACUGUCUUGACACAUUCCAGUACUUCUCUGGACAUGACUCCAUUGAAUAAAACAUUGAAAUCCACAACCACUACAGCCCAAGCACUCUGGAUGCACCCAGUUACUGGACAAAUUGGUAUAAAUGUUUACAUUUUAUUUAAAUUUUCACAUCUCAUAAAUUUAUAUUUGUAAUAUAUAGGAAAUAGGUAAAUAUAAAGUUCGAAAUUCAGUAAAAGUUCUCCUUUAACCCAAAAAAAAAAAAAUUCAUAGUUUUGUGUAAGUUUAUAAAAAAUAUACAUACAUGACAUUAUAUUACAUUAUUAUUAUAAUGUCACACUGCAGAUGUGUUGCAGAGAUGUUAUCAAAUAACUGGAUCUCAGGAAGAUAGCAUAAACAAACAUGAAACGUUAAAAAUAAAUAAAGAAGACUUUUUAAAAUAUAUCAGAUGCCUUCUGAUCAUUUGCAUCAGGUCAUAACAGCAAUAGGUUGUUCUAUGAAGUGCUAACGAUACCAUGAAGUGGUUGAAUAAUUUUGAGACUGGAGAAUCCAUUAUAAGUUGCAUUUUCAGUUAAAUUUGGGGAAAUCACUUGAAGUAUUUGUUAUGUUAAGUUAUUCCAGUUGCUUUGGGCCUGAUGUGUUUAACAGCUGAAAGUCUGAAAAGGAGAGAGAGAGAGAGAGAGAGAGAGAGAGAGAGAGAGAGAGAGAGAGAGAGAGAGAGAGAGAGAGAGAGAGAGAGAGAGAGAGAGACACAAACACACACUUGGCAUUGCUGUCCCCUUAACAAAGAAUGUUAUAAAGCUAUAUCACUAGGUGGAGCUAAGUGAGCCAAGUUCAGCUAUCACUUAAACCUACUGUGCUAGUGAACUAGUAAAAGAAUUGUUUGAAGGGUGUGAACUGAACACUGGCAAUUGUCAGUCAUGUGAAAAUGUAUAAUUAUUUUUAUAAAGACAAGAAAAUCAUCUAACAAUAUUUUUUCACAAUGAUAGGUGAAAAGUUCUUGCUCUGCCAUUGAUGGUUUUUGUGUGUCAGGGACAGGUCUCUCUGCUGUCUGUCACUGUCUUUUCUCUGUGCUUCAUUUGGGGUGAGAGAGGUGCUUAGUAAACUAUUGGGAUCUGAUGUCACAUACCUUUUCACUCUCAUUAAAAACAAAAUCUAUCAGUGUUUCAAUAUUAAAACCACCAGUGGCAACAAGCAUUAUUGUAGGUGGUAUCCUCACUCAACACUGCCUGCAUUGCAACUGCUGUUGAUUAAAAAUAUGAAGCAGUUUGGGGAGGGGAAAGAUACAACAAGGGGCAUGAAAUGAGGGAAGAUGGAAUGAAGAAGAGAGGGGGAACAGGAAAUGGAGGUUAAAAAUAAAAGAGACAGGAUGUAAGGUGCUACAUAAAAAGGAUGUGGAUUUAGAAUGUAAAAUUAAAUACUUUUUGUCUCCCAUUUUUCUUAAGUAUUGGAGCUAUUCCUAAAGUACCCCAAAAGGUCCAGGUUUUACAAUAUCCCCAUUGCAACUGAACUGGCAAAUCUCUAAACCUUGACCUUUAGGUAGUUUGUUGGGAUCUAUUCAUGUAUUUGGGUUCUAUUAGUAUACAGGACUCAUCAAGACAUAUGAGAAAUUAAUGAAUAAAUCAGCAAUAAUGUGGGGUUGCGAAAUUGGAUCCAUGUUGUUUAAAUGUGAUUAUUUAUUUUACUUUAUGACACCCUACAAAAUUAUGUUACUCCACAAUUAUAUAAAAAAAUAAAUACUUGUUUAUUUCAAACUUCUUUAAAAUAUUUUUAAACUUAUUUUCAUUUGGGAGUUCUUGGACAUUAAUGUGUGAGAAAUAAACCAGAAAUACUAGGAUGAACACAGGAGACAAUUGUCAUAACAUGGCAAGUCAUUUUGAUAUAUGAAAAUACUCAAACAUGUCACACUGUGGUGCGUUGCCUAACAACCCCAACAGUAGCAUAUAGAGUGUUUUCUUCCUACACUGACUCAGAGUUAUUCACUAAAUUGUCAGUGAACUGUCAGUAUUCGACCAGUGAAUUACAAGUUUUAAGCUGAAAUAGUCAAGAUGGAAACACAACUGAAGAGGAAAAUGUUUCCAUCAUAAUUUUAUGUCAGAGCUGAAACUCCCAUUAAAGUUAGAAGAUGACCUCCGGUUGUUGUUCUAAAGAGUAAAGGGGCUAAACAAUAUAACCACAACAGCUCAGUGUGGUGGUGAUGGUGAAGAGAGUCUAGGGGAAUGUAAGUAGCGAAUUAUCAGGUCAGCUGAAGAUGGGGCAUUAUAUAGGGUCUGGGUUCUCUGGUUUUUGUGAAACCUCUCCCAAACUGUUUGGCCAACGGGGUACUGUACAUAUAGAAUAUAGGCAUCAUAACCACCACAUUGAGCUGUGGUGUUAUGUUUUAGAGUGUUUUGUUUUUAGAGUGGUUUGAAGUGAUCAUGUGAUUGGUGUCUGUAUGUGCAAUGUUUCUCUAUGAAAAACUAUGCAUACAGAGAUAUAGCCCUUUGCUGUUGGAGGUGUAACCCCAACUCUCUUAUUGUGUCAUUAGGCAUCCUGGAACUAGACUGGGUUGUCCAUUCUGUGUAUAUUUGACAUACAUCAUCAGAUUACACUGGAUGUUGGUGGUGGCAUGGAACAAAGGCGACAAUAUACUCUAACAAGGUCCAAAACAAAGUGGGUUGUUAUUCCCUUGAUUACUAAAUCUAGUGGCAUCUAUUUUUUUUUGUUUUAUUUUUAUUUUCUGUGCCCCAUUCAAACUGCCAUUUUGCUUACUUCACUACUCAUUCUACCUGCCUCAUUUCAACCCUCAAUCUCAUACCAUCUGCCAUUCGUAUUGUCUUCUCCAUUCUUGUUCUUAUUAUUUUAAAUAUAACCUCCUCACUCAUUUUCCCUUUUAAUUCACCCUUACGCUAUCUCAUCUGUCCCAUUAUUUUACCCUCCUCAUUCCACUACCCUUUUCAUUCUAUCCCUUCCAUCCCGAGAAAAUGUAUAAGUGCUCAUUUCUAUUGAAAUUCAUACUUUUCUAAUCUAAUUGUCCCACUCUUCAAACAUAAAGCAGUUCGGCAAGCUAAAGUACUUUAUGUGUUUAGAUUGUUCCAUUAAACAAUCACGUGCAGAUUUACACUUGUAACCAACCGACAGCGGAGAAAACAACGUAGAACAAGUUGGGCGUUGGAAACUUCAGCUUCCACCAAAGCCAAUAAUCAGUGUCUACCUGCGAAGAGUUGAUUGAGUAGGGAAUUUUUUUAAUGGUCAAUGUUUUUCUCAUUGCUAUGAAAUCAGUACAAAUGACCAAAUUAAUAUUCCCUGUUGAAAUUCUAUUUUAAAGCAAAUCAUCCACUUCAGAUUGUGGUGAGUGGCUGUUCAGGACAAAGUCGCGUAAAGUCCCUUAAAAAUAAAAAAAAUGUCAAGACUCUUCAGAAGUACAUGUCGUUUUAUUGUGCAAUAUUUUAACAAUUUUUUUCUAAUAAAUUAAGGGUAAAGAAAAUGUAGUUCCUUUCUGGUAAGGGUGUGGGUGAGGAUAAUAUUUGAGACGAUGAUACAUGAAUAAAACACUUUAAUUCAUGCUUUGGUCUGUAGACAUGGCAAAGCAAAAUAACAAAACCAGGGGUUUACGCUGAAAAACAAGGAUUAAAAGUGUUUCCUGGCUAGAAUUAACCUAUUAAUAUUUAAAGAACUCUUAAUCAUCCAUUUAAAAAAUGCAAGAACAAUCAAUCCAAAAUAAAGUUUAAAAAAAAUAAAAAAUUUACAAGGGAAGAAGGGAAACCGUGGGCUUGUGAAAAUAACUAUUUAUAAAAAAAAUAAGAUAAUUACAUUGAAAAAACAGGUACCAUAACUAACUGUAAGCUAGAAUUGCACCCAAUGUGCCUGGGUUGCUCCUCUAUCUCUUUGUGCAAUGAAGGGAUGGAGGAAUGGAAGAGAGACAGUCAGAUGUGCUAAUACGUUAUAAUUACUAUCUGUGUGGCUGAGCAUUCUCUUACUGUAAUAGUGCCUUCUUGCUGUUGAGCUCUGGUGACAGUUUGCGCUGUAUGUGCCUAAGCUAUGACAGUGCAUUCUGCAGUACAAUAACCAGCAAGAAGUAUCUAUUUUAGAAUGGGGAGGUGGGACACAGAAGACAAGGUUAAGGUGCUAUCAAAAAAAAAAUUGAAACUAUGCAAAAUUGUGUAUGCAAAAAGUUACAGUUAAGUAUUAAAAUAAAGAUUUACAAAAUACAUAGAACGUGCAUUGAUUGCCUGAGUACCCUUUGAAUUGAGUUAAAGUUAUUACUCACUCCUUCUAUUGAUCCAGAAUGUCGCAUAAUUAGGUUAUUAUUUCCCUUAGGUUUCUCAAAAUUUCAGAAAUUAGUCCAUCAAGACAUUUCAUUUUUUGGAACUAACAAGCAUUUUUAUUAAUAAUGUUUACUGUAAUCAUUAUUAUUACACUGUUUUGAUCAAAAUGUGUUUAGCAGUAAACUGAGUUUAACAAUAAUAGGUUUGCAUAUUUCUCAAGAGGAAAUAAAUGGAAUUUAAUCAGAUGAGUCAAUACCUCUUUUUAUGCAUCAUAAUAAUUCACUGGGCUGUGCCUGCUGAAUGACAUUGUUUGCUGUUUCUUUAUCUGUUGUUAACUAUUCUCCAUACUAUUAACCUAAUCUUUCUACUUUACAGAUUCAUGUAAUAUGUGCAUUGUAUUUCCAAAAUGUGUUGGUUUUUUUUUUUUUUAAAUAUACUGAUUUUCAUAUGUCAAGCAAGACCAGUGCAAGGGGGGACCAGUGCAUCUUCCCCUGUUUGUCUCUCCCCCUCCCCCCCACCUUUAUUUUAUCCCCUUUUUGUUUCUUUUUUAUGCCUUCUUUUCAGCCUGUGUAUGUCCCCCACUUAGUGUCUCUUACAACUCCCCAUCGAAUGAUUUUUACUCCCCCCCAUUGUGUGUUUUUUACUCCUACCUCACCCCUCGAAAGUGAGCCUCCUUCUGUGGCUCUUACCUGCUGUUGUAGCAUGGUAUAGGGUCUUUUUACCCUCUAUGUGGUCAGACCGGAAGCUGCUUCCAGCAAGCAGCAUUCUUUCAGACUGGGUGCAGGUUAAAUAAGAAUAUAGUGUUUCAGACAUUCCAAGGGUCAUGUUUAAGAAAGCUUCCAACCUUAAGAAUAUAUUAGCCCCCUUGAAAUUUAAGUCUGGCGCUGUUAAGAAGACAUCUAUUAUUGGAAAUUUCCACUUUGGACCUAGCAUUUGCCUAACAUGCAGUUCUUUUGUGUCAUAAUGUCUCUGUUUUGAGAUCCUACAAUAGCAAUGAGGUCUUUAAUAUAACCCACUUGAUUAACUUAAAUUCCUUGUUUGUUGUGUAUAUGUUGACCUGCACCUGUGGAUGGCAGUAUGUGGGCCAGACCACCAGACCUCUAAAAUCUAGAUUAGAGAACAUAGAUUAGCCAUCCUACAUAAAGAUAGGCGAUCUCCUGUCGCCUGCCACUUUGAAAUCUUCCACAACAGUGAUCAAUUGUCUGUCACAUUGGUGGGAUUAGAGCUAAUCGCGGCUAAAAGAGAUCUAGCCAAAUACAAAAGAGAUCUAUUAAGGGUAGAAUCCAAAUGGAUCUGUAAGCUCAACUCUAUGGCUCCCAAUGGUCUCAAUAAGGAACUGGAUCAGUGCUAGCUGGUACUCUGAUUUUCAGUUACUCUAUUCUACCUGCUUUGCUUUUUGAACUUCUAGCAUCAUAUACUUCUGGGGUAUUUAGGCUAAUCCUUAGUAGCUCCAGAUGCCUGUAUUGAAUUCUAUACUUUCCUUAUCUGUAUUCUGUUUGAUCCUUGAUGUAUAUACAUGAUGCAUUUGAAGAUCUGCUUCUUCCACUAAGUUUCAUACCUUCCCUAUUUUCUAUUUGAUCAAAUUUUUCUUAAUCAAAAUUUUUUUCAAAACAUAUUACAGAUUUAUAUAAAUCAUAAUGACCACAACUUGGCGUUAAGUUCAUGUGUGCCUAUGACGAAACUGGUAUUUCUAUAUCCAGUUAUAGUGAACAGUGAGGUCAUUAUAUAUUUUGGUUAGACCCUAACAAUGAUCACUUAAACAGAUCUAUGAUAUUGUCUUUAGUUGCACCAGCUACUGUACUGCAUGUGCUUAGCAUUCUGUCCAUUUGUUUUAGAUUUUAUAUAUAUAUAUAUAUAUAUUUGGUUAACAUCAAUUAUGAUUACAUGAAUUAAUUAAUGACACUAUAGAUGCAGCACUCUUUGAGCCAAGCAUUUAGCCAUUUGCUUCAUCCUUUUAUCUUUAUAUAUAUUUUUAUAUUCAUUUUGCAUUAUCAUUUAAUAAAUUUUUCUAUACAGAACUCUUUUAUCACUAUUUCCUAUCUAUGUAAUGUCAGAUUUAUUAUCAUUAUUUCUAACAUCAUUAUUAAUUAAUUAACAUAUAAUUAUUCCUUUGCUAAGGAUAAAUCUUGGAUUAUGAUUAUAUCUAGGGAUUAGUUUGUCUUGUCCCUUUUUUUUAACAAAUAAGCACACACAUUCUUUUGGAUCAACAGCAAAAAAAUAUGUGAGGAAGGCUGAACUUGAUGGACGCAAGUCUCUUUUCAGCUAUGUAACUAUGUAACUAUGUAACAUUAUUUUUUGUUUUUUCUUGUAGUAUUCAGGGUUAAUCCCUUUAAGCUAUCUAGUGGUUGAUUAGGCUAGUUUAAAAAAAAACAAAAAAAAAACAUAUGAUUCACACCAGAUUUUGACAAGAAUGCUUCACCACCUGACUGUGAGGGUUUAUAAGGCAAUAGCCCCCACCUGCACGUUGUCUUGAGAAAGACCUGCAGCAAGGACAAAAUGUGUAGUAGCUGUGCCUUCUUUUGCCGCUAAUUUGUUCUCGUUGUUUGGUGUGCCGAGCAUUAAUGCAGUAAGAAGCUGCAGUCUUUUGAGAAGUUUCCGACCGCUGUAUCAUUUCCACAGAUAACCCACUUCGUGAUCACCUAGGUUCAACGCAAGUCCACCAACCAUCUAUCUGCAUGCUACACAGUGCACAGUGAGACUUGGACCUCAGAGCUGUCACCCAUAAAUAUUUUUUUCAUCUUCUGGAUCUUUCUGAUUUGGUGUAUCAGCGGUGUGCUUUUGAUAUUAACCCUUUAUGUUCGGUGCCCAUUUUUUAUGGUUUUUUUUUAAAGUAUUUUUUUUUUUUGUACAUUUAAUUUGAAUAUAUUUUUCACUCUGAGAUGGGUACACAUACAGUGUUUGUCAUUGUUUACUAUUAUUGUUACAUACCAUCAACUUUUUACCAGAAGAUUGCACAGAGAUUUGCAACAUUUAGUUGUUCGACCCUUUCUGUGUUCUCAUUAAACUUUCCAUUUUGCUUCUGUAUUAAUUGAAACUGUUGCAGUUUUUUUCCAUUUUGGGAAGUUUAUGUUACUAUUUUUGUAGAGACAUUAGUGUGUUUUAUACCCCAGCUUAGAGGUUAUAUUGAUAUUUUAGGGAAAAGUAUUUAUUCAUUGUUUUAGUUGUUAUAUUCCAUUAAAGGUAUAUCUACUUUUUAUCUAUAGGAACAUUAUCUGUUUAGUUUAUUUAUAUAUAUUUUUGGAGAGCACAUGCUUUACUUAGAAUCUCACAGGUUAACCCCUUAAAACCGGAGGACGUACUAGUACACCAUAUUCUAAGUGGCUCUAAACGCCGCAGUGCGUAAUAGUACGUCCUCACGGUUUUUGUUACUUACCCGGUCGCCGGCGAGUCCCCUGCGGCGGAUCCUGCCUCCUCUGGCUCCCCCCGGCCAUGUGAGAGUGAGGUCCUUGCGAGGGGUUAGCUGGCUGCUGCAUUGCCAGCAGGGGGACUGCCUGUAAUGACAGUUAGUCCCCUUGCUGGCUGGAAAUAAAAUAAAGUUAAAAUCAGUGUAAAAAAAAAAUUAUAUACUUAGAUCAUAUAUAUAUAUAUAUGAUCUAAGUAUAUAUAUACACAUAUACAUACACACACAUACACUGUCUAGGUGUAUUUUACUAUUAAUAUAUAAAUAAUUAUAUAUAUAUAUUAAUAUCAAAUUACAAGUAGACUGAUACUGAUUUUAUAUAUGUAUAUAUAAUUAUUGUUAUAUAUAUAUAUAUAUAUAUAUAAUAUAAAAAAUAAAUAUGUAAAUAUGUUAAAAAAUUUAAUAAAAAAAAUUCUAAAAAAAAUAAUUAAAAAAUAUAUAGAUGUGUGUUAUUUCGUUCUAACUAUAUUGUAAUAUUAAUAUAUAUAUAUAUAUAUAUUUAUAUCAAAAUACACGUAGAAAGAAAUAAUAUAUAUAUAUAUCUAUAUACAUAAAUAUAUACGUAUACAUCACUAUAUAUAUACCUAUAUAUAAAUAAAAAUAUUUUUUUAAAUGAUAUAUAUAUAUAUAUAUAUAUAUACAUGUAUAUAGACAUAAGUAUAUAUAUAUAUAUAUAUACAUAUAUUAAUUCUACAUAUAUAUUUAUGUAAUAUUUUUACAUAAUUAGGUAUUUUAAUUAAUUACUAUUAGCGGGAUCUGCCUGACAACCCAUGCCGAAAGUAUAGGGAAUUUAAUUUGCUAGCACUAUAUUUAACCCUAUAACUUUCCAAGACACCAUAAAACCUGUACAUGGUGGGUACUGUUUUACUCUGGAGACUUCGCUGAACACAAAUAUUAGUGUUAAAACAGUAAAAUGUAUUACAACGAUGAUAUCGCCAGUAAAAGUGACGUUUUUUUGCAUUUUUAACACACAAACAGCACUUAUGCAGACGAUAUUAUUGCUGUGAUACUUUUUACUGUUUUGAAACACAAAUAUUUGUGUUCAGCGAAGUCUCCCGAGUACAACAGUACUCCUCAUGUACAGGUUUUAUGAUGUUUUCAAAAGUUACAGCGUCAAAUAUAAGGCUUUUGUUUCAUUUUUUUCACAUUAAAAUUUGCCAGAUUGGUUACGUUGCCUUUGAGACCCUAUGGUAGCCCAAGAAUGAAAAUUACCCCUAUGAUGGCAUACCAUUUCCAAUAGUAGACAACCCAAGGUAUUGCAAAUUGGGUAUGUCCAGUCUUUUUUAGUAGCCACUUAGUCACAAACACUGGCCAAAAUUGGUGUUUUCUGCAUUUUUCACACAAACAAAUAUUAACGCUAACUUUGGCCAGUGUUUGUGACCAAAUGGCUACUAAUAAAGACUAGACAUGGGGUAUGUAUUUGCAAUACCUUGGGUUGUCUACUAUUGCAAAUGGUAUGACAUUAUGGGUGUAAAUUUCAUUCCUGGGCUACUAUACAGUCUUAAAGGCAACGUAACCAAUCUGGCGAAUUUCAAUUUCAAAUGUAACGUGCUAUAUUUGACCUUGUAACUUCCCAAAACACCAUAAAACCUGUACAUAGGGGGUACUGUUUUACACCUGAGACUUUGCUGAAUACAAAUAUGUGUAUUGUAUUGCAGUAAUAGCAAACAGUAUUAUGACAUUGACAGUUAAAAUGUCAUGUAAAACUAAAAAAAUAAAAUUUAUUUUCUCCAAUUUUUUCAUAUUAAAUUAUGUUUCAUAGCUACAUAUUUGAUAGUAAAUGAAUGCCCUGUUUCCCCUGAAUAAAAUUAUAUAUAAUAAGGGUGGGUGCAUUUAAUAUGAAAGAGGUGAAUUACGGUUGGACAGACAUGUAGCGCAAAUGCCAGGUUUUGUUUACGUUUUGUUUUGUUCACAACGUGUACAUUUGGCUCAGUCCUUAAGGGGUUAAAUAAGACCCUUUACUGUGGACUGCGAGACCAUGCUACAUGGGCCCACUGACAUGGAGCAUUGUGCUCCCUUCUCCCACUGGUCACCCAAACAUCACAUACACGCUAAGGCAUAAAGCUGCACCAGCCCUGCUGCCAAGUCCCUGAUUUUGACUAAAUCCUCGUCAGAGGUUUUACAUUUUUUCAGACUGUUUUACCUUACCUAAUUGUAUUCUUAUCUACAAAGAAAGAGAUAUGUCAUUCAAAGAUGGAUGAUCAUAUACACAUUAAAGAUAAAAAGACCUAGUUCAGAACCCUGACAAUUCACAUAUUACCUUUGUAUAAUUUGGAAAUAACAAAUGUAUACUUUCAAAGUUAUUCCAGUUAUAAAUGUAAUGUAUCUAGACAUAAUGUCAUAUCCAUCCCCUGACCAUAUAUGGCCCACAUAUACAAUAUUUCCCUUAUUUAUUUAGCAUUUCUAAGUCAUGAUAAGAAAAAAGAAAGAAGGAGAUAAUAAGAUAAUAAGAAGACAGUGAAGCAGUGAUUGGUUGUGGGUCUGUGUUAUGUCAGAAACUCACAUUACACUGAUCUCUCAAUGGCUGCAUUGAGUACAUAUCCAUGCUGGUUUCAUAGUGAUUGCACAUCGAACACCAACUGUGCACUCAAGCCUUCAAGUUUAUUUACUAAAGUGAGAAUUAAAAGUGGAAUCAAAGUGAAUUUCAAAUUUAAGGCCAAAGUUGGACAACUGAAAGUAUAGCUGACUUAGACAUCUUCCAGUUUGGCAAUGUUGGCCUAAAAUUUUAAAUUCACUGUGAAUUCAAUUUGAACUUCCACUUUAAUGAACAACCCUCUUACAGUCAAAGUGCCAAGCUGGGAAAAUUUCUGUAAAGCGCUUCCAGUUUGGCCACUCUGGCCAUAAAAUUGAAAUCACUUUGAAUCCUCAAUUUAGUAAAUAACCCUGCAUAAGUGAAUGUUCUGUCUCAUUCUCUCUCCUGAGGAAGUUGACCAUAAAUAGAACCUUUUUUGAACCAUGCUUUUCAGAUGCUAUCUAAACAUCUUGCUAUCUAAACACUUCUGAAAAACGCAGCUCAGGAUCUUGAACUGAGAACUAUUACCCUGUUCACAGGGAAUGUUCUGCCACCAGAAGAUCAAUAGCAAACAGGAAAGAGGCACACAAGGUGUUCAAACCAUAGGCAAAUUUAUAAGGUCAAAAAAGUGACUGAUCAGCAAUGUUUCGCCCUGCUAUGAGGUCUUUAUCAAGCUUGAGCUACUCUCUUUAUCCUUAUUACACCACAAGGGCUACAGACAUAUUUUAGAAUGAUACUCUAUCCAUUAUCUUCUAAAUUACUAUGACUAUAAGACAUCACCUCAAUAGAAAUGUAAUAACGUAUUGGAUCUAGAUGGGAGAUUUACCAAGGCGUUGUGUUAUAUAAAUAAUGCAAAGAAUUAGGGCACUCACCAUGGACACCAGUUAAAAUAGUGGGCACAUUACAUUGGUGACUCCUCACCUUUUACAUAUUUGCAUCACUUUUUUACUUAAAAAUCUUCCCCCAUUUUCUCACAGAAUUCGCAGGAUCCCCUGUUGUAAUAUUGCAAUUACCUACCUGAACAGAAAACAUGACACUCUGGUAACUUCACUCUCUUUCCUUUCUUAUUUACCCAGAAUGUCUACAUGUUCUACUCCCUCACUUAAUACAGAUAAGAUGGCUCACGUUUUAUGUCAUAUUUGUUAAUGAUUGUUAUGACAAAUGUGCCUAUGCCACAAGCUCCUGGAGGAGCCUGAUAGCUUAGCCUCCUGCCCAAGGACUAUGGGACAUAUCCAAAGACCCAUUCGGGAGUUAACCUACCCAGCCUUCACAAGAGACUUUUCCUCGGUUUCCCUGUUUCAGUACCUUCCCUGUCCCAAAUUUAGCCAAACGCUCGCUCCCUGGUGGUCAUUCGCACGAACUAACCCGCAAACAGACUUCAGCGGUACUUAACCGCGACCACUCUGGAACUGUUUUAGGCUAUGGACCUCGCGGUGCCCAGUCAUCUUUGUCCGGUGUUUUGACCCGCUUGCCGACCUGCCUGGAGAGCUCUUUUUGGAGGGAAGGUGCCCAUGACUGUGAGGAACAAUCGCUCCCUGAGAGCCAGGAGGAGCACCCUGUAUUUUGUCCGCAGGAACUCCCGAAAUUUGACCAGCAAAAGCACCAAACACUCUGGAACUAUUUUGAGCAGGGACCCCGUGUGUGGCUGGUCAGAACUUUACCCCAGUGGCGAUUCCACUACACUGCAUGGUUCCGAGCGCUAUUUUGACAACUUGGGCGCUCAGAUCAGGUGUAUUCAGGGAUAUAGGACAUGUGGGGGUAUUUUAUUGUAUAGAGUAUGUUUUGGGGGGAGAGGUUUGUGUGUUGUACCCUCUGUGUCCUGGAGGUAAUUAGUUUACCGGUUACCAACUGAAUUAUCUCCUGGACACAGAGAUGCCUGGGCAGGGUUAUGGGGAAUACAAUGGAAACCCCAUGCUGGGGUUCUGUGUAUAAUUUCUGUGUGACUUGCCUGAAUAAACCAGUUAGUUUUCACACUUCACUCAGUCUCCACUAAUGUUUGAGUGGACCAGCUUUACAGCUAUAUUCUCUGCAGGAGAUCAUAAUCACUCGGAGCUGUAGCCAGGACCCUGUUCCAGGGCGGGAAGCUACGGAGAGACCCCAGUUAAGCUGAGUUGGCUAGGGGCUGAAGUGCUACUGGUGUCCCGGUGGAGAGCUAGGAAGUAAUCUCGGCGAAGGUAUCCAGUCGGUGUAGAGGGAGAUCCGUCACAAUCGUUUUGUAUGUCCUACAGCAGUGGUUUCCUAACCAGUCCUCAUGACCCACCAAUAAUCCAGGUUUUAUGUAUUUCCCUGGUUUACUCCAGUGGAGAUACUGAUAAAACUUGGACUGUUGGUGGGUCUAGAGAAUUGGUCUGGAAAACACGGUUUUACACUAUGCCAAGCAUUGCAUGUGCUUCUUGCUUUGCACUCCUAAAGUUAUAAAAUAAACAAACGACAUUAAAAUAUUAUUUGUUAAAUUUCUAUAGAUACAGAUCUAGUUCAUGUUGCCAUAAAUAAAUACAAAAUAAUCAGUGAUCUGCAUCAGUUUGGGUAUAUGGACAUUGGUUUUUGGCUGCACCCUUGAUCAUACAAUAUUUACACAUAGAACAUGUUUACUCAGCUAUUUCCAGCACUGAGCGUUUACUGUAUGUAACUUGUCCUUGAAAGUAGAAAAUGCAAUAACUUGCACUGCCGAUGGAUUUCAGUUAUCUAUUAUCAAGGCCGGUGAUGUUCUGCUUAUGUGAGGUUUUACAGAUGUAGGUGUUUGUUAUCAGUUUAUGGCAUAAUUUCCAUAUUUGCUUUUUGCUGAUAGCUGUCACAUGCCCAUUAUUAUCAAGUCAUCUGUCAUCAUAACUGCUCAUUGUAUGUAGGUCAUUAUCCUUCCCACUUUUGCUCACUUGUGACAGUGUAAUUGCUUUUGGAGAUCCUCAGCAAGUCACGUGAUCAUUAUGUCAGCCAUUGUUCGACUAAUACUAUGCUUUAGCACAAAAGUAAGGUCAGGCGUCUGAUGCCCAACUGUAAGUUUGCACAUAAAAUAUUUAUAUAAGGUUUGUAAAGUAAAAUUACUUUCCUAUUAAGUAGUAAAGGGAACAUGCUGAGCAACAUAACCACUUUAUAUUGCCACAAGUGGUUAUAGUGCCUUAAUACUGACCCUGCAGUCUGUAUUUUGAAUUCCAUUUUGGUUGCUUUCUUCAAGGCUUUAAAUAGGAGCUUGUUCGGCCCUGUUAAUUGGUGAGCUGGGAAUUAUUUUUCUCAAAACUCAUCUCAUGCCAAUGAGCUGACCUCAUUCAAAUCAUAGUGUGGGUCCUUAGAUGUGCAUGUAACAAUUAAUAAAGUUAAUUGGGGAUCAGCCAGAUUGAAUGAAUCUGUAUGCCAGAACAUUACACACAGUCUCUGUGAUUGGUUAAAUCACGAAUGGGAGGACCAAUCAGAGGAGGAACAUUAGUUUACAUUGGAUGGUGGACUUGAACAGACUAUAACGACUGAAAAACUGCAAGUCACUGAAAAGCGUCUCGGGAGGACCACCAAUGGACUUUUUAUUGGAUUUGGUUUUAUAUUUGUUUUUAACAUUUGUAUUUAAAUAAAUUGUGUUUGCACCUUACCAAUUGGUCCUGUGGAUUCCAUAUACCAAUCGCUCCAACACUAAAGAAGUGUUUGUCAAACAGGUUUUACCACCUAGAGCCAGGUAAAAAAAAAAGGCUCUUUGCAAGGUGAGCAGUUAAAAGCUUAUUUAGUUUAUAUCAAUAUAACUGAAAAUACUAAAUUAGGAAUACCUGCCUCAGUUUUUUGUUCUCUCCUUGAGCUUACCAAUUGGUGGACAGAAAAGGGACAGUGUAAUAAUGAUAGACAUCCGCCUGUGAGAUCUGAGCACGUCACUUAUAGGUGCUGCUCAAUGUGAGGGUAUCCAUUAAUAGCCAUUAAUUCACCUAACAAACUAAUUAUAUUACACAAUAAUUUGUUUAUUUUCAAUGCACUGUGAGACAGGCACUUAAUAUAUGUUGGGAUAACUGUGUGUUAUUUAUUUAUUCCCAGCAACCUACCAUACUUACUGGUGUGGGCUUUUUUGCCACUCAGCUUGUUUUCUCUUUUUUUUGAAUAUGGGAAUAAUCUGUACAUUUGAUAUCCAAUUGCCAAGCAAACUGUAUAGAUAAGAGUUCAUUGUUAAUAACAAAGGUAGCACAGAAUUUUAGUGUAGUUGAUACACUUUAAGUGUAAUGGCAAAUGCUAAUAUAAAAGUCUUUGCCGUCACUAACUACAAACAACAUUAGCAAGUGUCCUUCCUUAAAUUGUAAGCUCUUAAAGGCAGUCUGUUGAGUUCCCUGGGUACACCAGCUAAGACAUGAUUUUCCCUAGAAUUACUUUUAUUAUUAUGGUAGUUAAAGAAUGCUGUAAUUUAAGGUAAUGAUUAAAAAAGAUACCUAUAGUAUAAGGGUCACGUACGCUACCUUUGAUGUCAGGUGGGAAGGUGUAAAAUCUCGUGACAGACCUUAAUAACCGCACUCACAUUCUCCAAACAUUUCCCCUCUCCUAUGAAUCCCUUUCUUCUCUUGUCCCAGGAUGAUUCUCAUAUUUUCCUCCUUUUUUUCACCCCUCUGCAUACAUUGCUUUGCAGGAAAAAUAAAAAAAAUGAAAAAAGUAUCUUAAUAUUGAAUAACAUUAAUUAAUAUAAAUUAAUUUUGAUAUUUUAAGGACUGAUAGAAUAAACCUAAAUCAUUAUGCUUCCUUGUGAACUGUCUAUGCAAUACUAAAGUCUCAGAUUAUUGAUCUAAAUGUUUUAUGAGAAGAACAUAGGGAUCGUACAAUGAAAUAGAGCACGGUCUGUGAGAUGAUGCACUGAUCUUCGGUUCCUUAUCACUCCUUAUGGAGAGAAAGCACUGGGAAGCUAAAGUUCAGGAACUCUUACUACUGUGCUCAUGGCAUCAUCAAUAAUUUUCCUGAUAGUCAUGUUAUUUCAUCAUUGCAAUUGUGAAAGUUAAGCUUUGGUCACUAACAUAAUUGGCUAGCUGAAUGAAAAAGCAAUUUCUACUCUUAUUCUAUAAAAUCAUAUUAGAACCACAUGGCAACAUGAACCCUUUCCCAUUUCUUUAAUAUAAUGCUAGAACAUAAAAAGUUAUAUACAUUUGUAAUCAACCAGGAAACAUUGUAACUUUCUUUAUUUAGGGUGUAGCAGUGAAUGCAUUAUGUCUUUUCUUUUCAGAUCUGUAAAAGCAAUUAGUUAAAACUGCAAAUCAUGUGCAUGUCAAUGGUAGCAAUUUUAAAAGCACCCUUGGAAUUUGCCUCACCCCUCUCCCAACCCACAGUGCCUAUUCAUUAUAUGUUUUGAACACAAAAUAUAUAGAUAUACAUAGAUAUAUCAAAAUUCAUACACUAAACCCGUGUAGUAGAGACAGGUGGUCAGGUCUCAAGCUUGGAACUCAGCCCUGCACCACCUAGCUUUUGUCCCUUCUACUAAGGGACAAUGUAGCAGAGAGACAGUCUUUCCUUCCAGGAUAACCCAACUAGUAGUGUCAAAGAUCCUGCAAAGAGAGAGCUUCCGCAGAAGUUCCCCCACUAAUAUCAGCCAGACAUGUCGUACAGUAGGGAACAGCAAUGUUCACUUUAUUUACACCAUUUCUUUUUCUGUACAGUCAGCACGCGUCAAUCAAUACCAUGAUGGACAUGGGAUAGCAACCAAUCACACUACAAAGCUUAAUUAAAUUACAACCAGUGUGAAUGGAGUAUCGUGUUUACAAUAAAGGGUGGGAAUGUGCACUGUUUGUUCUUUGCAAGUAAAAGCAACUUUUAUUCCAAGUAAUAAAAACAGUUGAAUUAAAAUCACAAAUACUGCUGGACUCCCUCAUAAUCAACACGUUUCAUAUUGUAAGACUGGGACAACACAAUCCCUCUUGCAGUUUUGUUUAUUAAGCUACCCAUUAAUCAGGUUUAAGUUUACUACCUUUAUAUUAUUUUUUUCCUCACUUUAUAUUAUAAAAAUUUAACUUUUUAAAUUAAAUUUCAAGUAGCAAAUGUUGCUUUGAAUAAAUAAUGAACCAGUGGUUUUAUGCCAAAUGGAGCAAUUAUUCUACAGUCUGGACUGUAUUACCUCCAGGUUUUAUUUGUUUUUAUUCUGUUUUUGUACUUCUUUCGCUGCAUCUGACUACCAAUCCACUUCGUUUUGAUGGAUAUACCACCUUGUUCCACUUGCUAGUGGAGACAUGCUAGCUGAUUUCAGCAUUGAUGUAAGUGCAAUCAGCGUAUUAAAUUUUGUUACUUUUUAACAGUACUACUCUUUCUGCUAUUUUCUUUAUCCCCCUGAGGAUUUAUCAUAUAAGGAGGAGACUGCACCACCUCUUACAUACCCCAGAGGGGAGAUAAGCGCAGAACAUCUUUGUUCUUUUGUAAGUUUUCUACCUCCUGGAUUUAGUCACCUUAAAGGACCACUAUAGGCAGCCAGACCACUUCAGCUUAAUGAAGUGGUCUGGGUGCCUGGUCCAGCUAAGAUUAACCCUUUUUUUUAAUAAACAUAGCAGUUUCAGAGAAACUGCUAUGUUUACACUGAGGGUUAAUCCAGCCUCUAAAGCCUUUAGUGGCUGUCUCAUUGACAGCCGCUAAAGGCGCUUGCGUGCUUCUCACUGUGAAAAUCACCGCGCAUUCAGCCGAUGACGUCGCUAGGAAGAAGGAGAGGAGGAGGAAAGCUCCCCGCCCGGCGCUGGAGAAAGGUAAGAUUUUAACCCCUUCCUCUCCCCAGAGCCCGGCGGGAGGGGGACCCUGAGGGUGGGGGCACCCUCAGGGCACUAUAGUGCCAGGAAAACUAUAGUGGUCCUUUAACUCUACAUACUUCACUAUUUGUGAUUUUAUAUUUGUAGAUCUUCCAUAGAUCAGCUCCUGUUGCACAGGUUGUAUCCUCAAUAUCGUUUUGUGCUUUCCCAUUGUUUAGUUUAUACUUCACUACGGAGUCGUAUAAAUUAUAUUUUGCCUGUUGUUAUAGCAAUUAUUCUAGUUUCCAGUUUUCUUUCUUUGAAAAUAAUGAUCACUUUCACUACACUGAAUUAAUUUAUUUUUAAUGUUAGAUUCAGGAUAUCUCUAUAUACAUGUCAUUUGUAUUUCAACUAGAAACCUGCUGGAGUUUGUCAAACUUUUAUGUUACUCCUAAUUUAAUACUGUUCUGUAAUUAUGGAAGGAUUUUCAAAUUAAACUUUGUUGUGGGCAAAUUAAGGAGCUUUACAUUAAUUGUCAGAAAAAUAAAAAAAUUGACAUUAGGCUGGUUAACCUAUUCUUUAACAGUAAAUUAGCUCAGUUUAACAAUAUUUACAUUAAAAUAGUGGUGUGCAAAACAUGUUUUGAAAUAUAUUAAUGUAAUUUUAAUGUAAACUUAAAUAAUAGCAUAAAGGUUUUUCCAUUUCACUGGAGAAAGCAAUGGUGCGACAGUAAAUAAUGCAUUGCUCACAAAUUAAUCAGGCUGUUGCCUGUGUCUUUAUGAAUAUGAUGUGCUUGUUCAUACUAACAGGGAUCUACUAAACUGACUUGGGGAUGCAUUUUUCUCCUUACUCGUGAAUUAAGAAUCAGUGUUAUAAAUGCACUAUUGGACAGUAUUCUUAGAUCCCCCCUGUAAAAACUUGUAAAGAAAGGAUUUAACCUUGCCUUACUCAAGCACCGGGCGGAAGCUCCCCGCUCCAAUCACAUGCUUCUCUAUUAGGAUACAUUCGCUAUCUCAGAGCACAUGCGCACUCUCAGGCUCUGCAAGUGGACGGAGUUGGUAACAACUCAUCAAAUUUUCUCUUUCCGUUUUUAAAUAUUUGUUGCAUUUAGUGACACGUAAUGAUUUAUUUAAAAACAUGUAUAUUGAUUUUCUUGAGAAAAUGUCACAUUUUUAUCUGGUCUAAUUGAAGAGCUGAAUUAGAUUUUGAUUGAGAUUAUUAGCCUUCACUGAGUAUCCAGGUUUAGUAUGUAUAUGGUAAUUCAAUGUCAGAUUUUCUAUCUGUAUUCCAGAAGACAAGACCAGUCAAGUGCAAAUGUCCAGUGAUUUAGUAUAAAGAUAAACUACAUUUUAAACUUUAAAGGGACACUUUACACACAUAAAGCACUUCAGCUUUUUCUUUCCAUUUUACAAAAAGUACAGCUGCUGUCAAGCAGACAAUUGAUCCUGUUACUUCCUGGUAGUUUAGUUCAGUAUAGCUAAACUCAAGAGGCAGCAAUUACUUAGAACACAGACUUGUGAUUGGACAGCCACAGAAUGUCUUCGUUGGAGAAGAAGGGGGUGCUUUCAAAGGCUACAGACAAGAGAUAUGCUGCUUAGAUAUAACCCCAGUGAAAAUGCAUAAUUAAAAUGAUUAUAUGCAAAACAUAUCUUAAUUGGGAAUGUAUAUUGUAAAUAGUUUUGUUUCUUUUUUUUAUUUGACCAAACAUCACUAUGCUUUCAGGCACAGUUUACCAAUCCUACUGUUUUAGAUUCUUUAUGUCUGGCUUGCUACAUGUAUACCAUUUACUACAUUUUUCAUGCACGGCAGAUCUUGUUGGUUCCAAAAUGUUACUUUAUGAAUAGAAAUUGCACCCCUCAAACUCCAUUCUUAUGACAACCAAGUCCUGGGACAAUUUGACUUUAAUUUCAAUGCAUAAGCAGACAUGGAAAUUGUGGAGGGAAGGCCCAUGCUGGGGCCAAAUCAGGUCUGAUUUUACUUUGGGACAUUAGAAAAAAUACGUAUUUGCAGUAAUGAGUGUGUUUUUUCAGCGUUCAAAAAUGUACCUGAGAAAUGGCAACCAUUUUCAUGGAUACCCUGAAAUUAAGCUCUCUCUAUGUGGAGGUAUAUGGUUGUCAGUGUGGAGGCAUAUGGGUGUUUCAGAAGCCAAAUACAAUGCAUGGGAUAUAAAAAUAUUAAAAAGAUACUUUAAUGAUUUUCUAGACAUACUGUAAAUUAAUAUAAUAUAUUUGUUUAUUAUUUGUUUAUUAAGUACAGAUGCUGAGUUCAUUAUAACUCUGAAUGCUGUUCAUGCACAAAUUGAUUGUCUUUAGAGCUCUCACUGUUUCACACUGCUAAUAAAAGUGAACAUUAUCUUACUCCCUAGCAGUAAACAUAAUAUAUUCUCUUUGAUGAUACAUUGUGUAAAUAGGUCAGUCACCUCAACUCAGACUAGCUGACAUUUGCUGAAAGGAACAUUCCAAUUAAAGAAACACUCCCAUGGAAUUUUUUAAAAUUCACUUAUUUAACAAUUUAGUAGAUAUGCCCCAAUAAAAACAUGCAUGCAUUUAUUGCUGCAUUUGUUCUUCGUGAAAGCUGCAGAUUUCCUGUCUACCCCCUUUGCAAGGCUCCAUUCUCAUUCAGGCUCAAGCAGACACAAGUAUACAAUCCUGGCUUUCAGCCCAAGUUCUCCAGCCUAAAAAACAGUAAGUCUGCAGAGAGGGAUUCUGCAGAUACAGCUGCAUUAGGCUCAGUGGCUCCUUGUAUGCCAAUAGGCAUACUUGUGCUUGAGGGGGAAGGCUGGCGCACUCUUGCAGAGCACACUUGCCACUUCAAGCUGUAUGACAGCAAGGUGCUUCUGAUUUUCAAAUAGAAAAAUUUUAUUUUUAUACACUGCAAUUAAGAGGAGAUGCUCCUCACACAUAAAGGAAUUCAGCAAGAUGGUGUGCUUUAUGUGUGAAGUGUUUUAUGUGUGUGCAAUAUCCCUUUAGAAAAUAAAUAUAUAUAUAUUUCUCAUAAAAUAGCAUUGUGGAAGAAGCGCACAAUAUUUAAACCAGGGCGUCUCAUGCAGAAGUGGAUGUGCAAAGUGUUUCAUUUCAGCUUGCUUAACAUACUGAUGCCUGACCUAAAAUUGACUCAAUUAUUGAAUAUUUUAUUAUUUCAAACACCCUAGUGGUUGUCUGAAUGAGUACUCAAAGCAGACAUGGAAACUGAAUUUGUAAACAAGUACUGUAUCUCAGAGACAACACUGCUUUCAUUUGAAAGGCCGAAGGGGCAACUUUUAUGCCACAAGACCACAUCAUUAAGAACAAGUGUCCUGCAAAAUGAAAGUCAUAAAAUAAGAUUUGCUCUUCUUUUAACUGUCAUAAAUACAAGCAAUGCAUAACAUUUAAAUUCCUGUUGUGUUGCAUUUUUUGCCCACAUAAGACUCAGAUCUCAGUUACUGCUAUGUCCUGUAACCUUUGCUGUUAAAUCACGCUGUGCGUAAACCGUGUCUGGCAAAUGUCCCAGAUGUAGUUACUAUUCAGACUUUGGACCAAAGCCCUACAUUCCCAAGUUGUUUCUAAAUAUCCAGCUUAUGUGAGAGCACAUACAACAACACACAAUAGCUUCCAGAGAGUUUUAAAUGUGCAAGUGAGCAUAUACACAGAAUUGGCAGGCAGGAAAACAAAAUAUAUUGUGGGUACCACCAAGCACUCAGAGGUCUCAAGCUAUAUUCUGUUAUGUAAAUGAUUGCCUCCACCCAGAGAUUGGAUUCCCCUUUUUAGGGUUGCCCCCCAUUUGGUAAUUAGCACUUACUCUCUUCUCCUGUUGUACAGGUUCCGCACAAGGCCUUGCCGGUGGAGAGACCCUUACACACAUCUCGGCUUCUGUAGCUUCCACUACAAUCUCCCAAGAGCUGGAAGUUCCUCAGCAGAAGUUUCCAUAAUCUCUCCUGAGCUGUAAGAGAGCUAAUGGACGUUCCUGCUGAGGAGUAGCAGAAGGAGUGAGCUGUAGUCGUUAUGUUGCCAGGAGUGUUCCAUUAUUAUGCUAUUUUAAAUUCACUGAGGUUACCUGAAAACUAAUGCAUUACAAAAUGGUUAUCGUUCCUUUUAUAGUUCCUUUUAUUUGAUAUAUUCUUACUUCUAUGAGUAUUGAUAGCAACUAUACUAUAUGCUUUGUGUUAGAACCAAGUUUGGCAAUGAGUGCAUCUCAUGUUUGAAUUGUCGAACUACUCCUAUGCUGGGAAAUUAAUUUGAGUAGGGAAAGUUUUUGUUUUUUUUAUUAAUUACAUUCAUUAUCAUCUUCGGCCCCAAGCCCACAACAUCCUUUAACACAGUGCUCACUGUAAAUAGACAAGAAGUGAGGCAUCUUGAUAUUGGAAUGUGAAGUAUUAAUUAUUUUACAUGGUACAAAUUAAUGAAAGCUAAGCAGAGAUAACCAACAAGCACAUUUGUUAAAUAGGCACAUUACCAUACUCAGGGCUGGAUUCCAUUACCACUUGUAAUAGAAAAGAAGUUAUCCCAUGGACUUCUAUAUGAUAAAUGCUAUUCAAUUACAAGAGAUAAGUUUAUCUUGUCUAACAGAACCAAGCCCUCAAUAUGACUCUGGAAGUGCAUGCAUUAAUGACAGUAAAUAUGACUGAAAAUAAGUAUGCAUACAUCUCUCUAAGGAUGUAUGUAAAUUUAAAGUACAUAUUACUCAGUGUUCAGCUGUUAUGUAUGUUUUUCCAUAACAUAACACUCCUUACAUAGAUACAUAGUUGGUGAAAGGAGAUAUGCACCCAUCAUGUUCUCCUUUCUCUUUACUUUGCUUGCAGCCUUUAUGUUUACCAACCAGUUUUCCUUUUUCCAACAAUUGGCUUGUCUAUACUAAGUGUCACUUGAUUAUAUGAUUGCUUUGUUGGUUCAAUGUGUUUGUCUGUAUCCAGAACACUAGUGGUCAUGCAAGCCAUCAAACCAAACCCUAAAGUUGUCACCCUGCAUGACAAAACAUUAUGAGAUGCAACCAUCAAGUCAUUACAAGAUAUUACCACCAAAUAACAGAGCAAUAAUUACAUCAUGAUAUAUCUUCAUUAAGUAUAGUGGACCUUGUUCAUUGUUGUUAUAAUACCGCUAAAGAACAAUAUAUUUGUCAAGCAUCAAAGAAAUUAAAGGGACACUAUAGUCACCCAGACCACUUCAGCUCAAUGAAGUGGUCUGGGCGCCAGGUCCCUCUAGGGUUAACCCUUCUUGAUGUAAACAUAGCAGUUUCAGAGAAACUGCUAUGUGUACAUUUGGGGUUAAGCCAACCUCUAGUGGCUGUCUUCCGGACAGCCACUAGAGGCGCAUCCGCAAUGAUUGAGGCAUAUUAUUCCUCAAUCACGCAGAGCGUCUAUAGGAAAGCAUUAAAAAAUGCUUUCCUACGGACACUUUGAAUGCGCGCAUGGCAGUGCAGCGCAUACGGUUCCUGUGAUGUCGGACGAGGAUACUGACGUCGGCGGGGGAGGAGAGGUAAGGGAGCCUGGCGCUGGAAUUAGGUGAGCUACUGAAGGGGUUUUAACCCCUUCAGCACCAUGGGAGGGGGACCCUGAGGCUGGGGGCACCCUCAGGGUACUAUAGUGUCAGGGAAACCGAUUUGUUUUCCUGACACUAUAGUGUCCCUUUAAUAAAUUGUAACUUCUGACUGUUCCAUAUUUUGUACUUUUCCAAAUAACUCUUCAUCAAAAAAUAAGGCUGAGUGUUCCAUUAUAUAAUAGAUUAUUACAUUUUAACAAUAUAUAUUUAUCUGAUCCAAACUACAUCCAAACUACAUUGCUAACACAUCCCACAAGCAUGGAAAAGAAAUAAUCCAAGAGACAGGAUAAUUCCAGCCAUGAUCUACAAGUUUCUAAUGCAAAUGGCAUUAGACAAGGUUGCCGUUUUACAUUUCUAUUAAACAAUCUGCUCAAUCUACGAAUCUCUGUGUAUCCAAGAUUGUAAAUCAACAGGAGAGGUGUUUAAGUUAUCUGUGCAUGCAGACAUUUCAUUAUCUUCAAAGUACCCAGGACUUUUGAUCUAAUUUCUUCUCCAACUACUUUAGGUAUUUACUUUUUACAAGUAUCGGGUAAUAUAUUCACUUUGGUUAACUCUAGAGCCCGUCCUUUAGAACUUUCCCAGGAAAAUAAAGAUUAUUUAAAGCAGCUAACAGGCUUCUAGACCGCCUCCUCCCAAUUUAAAUAUUUUGCUAUAUACCCCACAGCUAUUUUCCCCAGACAGUGCGAUGUGAACUAUGGAGCUCUUUAAUAAUGGAAUUUGAGACCUGGGUGAGAUGAUAAUAUUUUCUCCUGCCUAUCACUUAUUCUUGUUCUAGAAGUUGUUAAUUCUGAUCUAGGUCUGGGACUUAACCUGUUCAACCUGAACAUUUUGGCUCGAUUCUCCACAAAUUUUGAAAAAUUGUGUGUUAUAUUUUAGCCACCUUCUAACUCUUUAACAAUAAUCCCUGUGUUCACGGACAAGGGUUUUUUUUCAACUUGUUCUUCAACUGUGUUUCUUUGAAUUGAAGAAUGCAGUGUUACAAAUAUAUUCCAACAUUUAUGUUGAUGGUCAAGUAGUCUGUGUUGAAGUACUACCAACUGUUACAUCAAGCAUCCAUGUAUGACUUCAGUGUCAUGAGUUACACUUGUUUUUGGCAAGAUGACAUCUUGGACACAGAGGUCCAGGUAUGACAUUGGAUUCAUUAAAGGAAACACUAUAGGGUCAGGAACACAAACAUGUAUUCCUGACUCUAUAGUGCAAAACCCACCAUUUCCCUGUGGGGAAAGCAUUGGAUUAGCUAAAAUCGGAAAGGGGGCGUGGGCCAAACACUGUUUUGGCCAAUCAGCAGCUCCUCAUAGAGAUACAUUGAAUCAACGCAUCUCUAUGAGGAAAGUUCAGUGUACCCACCAGAACAACUACAUUAAGCUAUUUUUUUUACUUUUUAGCAGCUCCUUCUGGCAGCUCCAUAGACUUCUAUUGUGGCGAAGUGACCAGGGGCUCCUAUUUGCCUUAAUGACCAUUUUUUGUCGGACGUACCUAGUAUGUCCAUGGUUGUUAAGGGGAUAUGUAUUUAUAACGUCAUCCUAAAUGUAUUUUGAUUUAAAUAUAUAUGUAUAUUAAUAUCAAAAUACAGUUAGAACAAAUUUAAACUGAUAUAUAAUUUAAAACGAAUUUUCUUUAUUUAUUGAUUAAUUUUAUUUUAUAUAUAUAUAAAUUAUAAUUUUAUAUAUAUAUAUAUAUAUGUAUAUAUAUAUAUAUAUAAUGAACAUUCUUCUAAGUGUAUUAUAUAUAUAUGUAUAUAUAUAUAUAUAUAUAUAUAUAUAUAUAUAUAUAUAUAUAUAUAUAUAUAUAUAUAUAUAUAUAUAUAUAUAUCAUUAGUGUUCAAGUAGAGAUCAUAGCCGUAUUAGUCCAGUGAUGUAGAUGUAAAAAACAGAUAAAAUUCGUAUCUUGUAAUACCUUUUUUAUUGGACUAACAGAAUUUUUUAAUGACAAGCUUUCGGGAGAACCUCCCUUUAGAAAUGCUGCAGACUUGAGAAAGGGAGGUUCUCCCGAAAGCUUGUCAUUAAAAAAAUUCUGUUAUUCCAAUAAAAAAGGUAUUACAAGAUACAAAUUUUAUAUGUUUUUUUGCAUAUAUAUCAUUAUAUAGAUAAUUAUUAAAAUACAGUUUUAAUAAUGAUUUAUGUAUGUGUAUGUGCAUAUAAAAGUACUUAGAUCAUGUAUAUAUAUAAAUAUUUACUUUUUUAAACUUUUUAAUAAAGUUUUGUACAGGCAUUAGGGGGUGUCACGAUUCUGGAACCUAACACGGUAACAGGUCACAGAGAGUAAGGAUGCUAUACCGGUCCUUAGAGUGGCCGGGCUAAGCACACCAAGAAUGGUCAGGAGACAAGCCAAGUAAAGGGAGCCAGAAAACAGAAGAACGAGAAACAAGCCGAGGUCAAGGAAGGAGAAGACAGGAUAAUCGGAAUAACGAGCCAAAUAAUUAGUAACCAGAGAGCAACAUGAGAAAACUGCAAUACAGCGAUCACAAGACCACAACAGGGCACUGAGAGACAGGAAAGGUAAGUAUAAAUACCCUUUGCUUAAUUCUGAUUGGAUAACUUCCAAUCAGAAUUAACAAUCACACGUGGGAGAUAUCUACGCCUCCCACUGUGAUUGUGGUACUGUUGCUUUAAAUUUGCGACCUCCCAGCGUGCAGCGUUACACAUGCUGCCGCUGGGAGGCAUGGAGGACGCGAGCGGCGAGCGGCGGAGAGGAGAUGCCGCUCGCCGACAGGUAGGAGGAGGGGAGACCGCUGCAAGUGGCGUGCAGCCUCCCCUCACAGCCGCCCGCGCACCCCUGACAGGGGGACUGCCUGAGAGCUCAGACAGGCCCUCUGCAGGCACCAGCUAUUCCGGCCAUGUGAUCGCAAGGACCCCGAGAUCACAUGGCCUGGGAGAGCCGGAUCAGGCAGAGGGGGUCUGGCUGAGCUCCCUGGCAGACCCCAGGAUCCCAAUCGCCGGGGGGAUCGCCAGCGUUCAGGUAAGUGGGGAUUUACUAAUGGACUUACCAGGUACGUCCGUGGUCGUUAAGGGACGAUUUUGUCAAACGUACCUAUUACAUCCAUGGUCGGGAAGGGGUUAAAGCUGAAAACAAAUUGAUUUUAAAAAACAACAACUCAUUAGCUGUUUGCAGAGCUUUGGUGAUGUGUGGAAUUUAAAGUACAGAACAACUUCAAUGGAUAUAUUAACUGCCAUGGUCUGCCACUCUACAAAGUUUGGGAGUCAUGAUUAUUGCACAGUUCUAACAGGUGAAUUUACUUAAGAGAAAGUUGUCAGGAAGAGAAUGACAUAGUUACAUAGUUACAUAGCUGAAAAAAUACUUGAGACCAUCAAGCUCAGCCUUCCUCACAUAUGUUUUUGCUGUUGAUACAAAUAGCAAAAAAAUCAGUCUGAAGUGCUUCCAAUUUUGCAACGAACUAGGAACAAAUUCCUUCUUGACCCCAAAAUGGCAGUCAGAUAACUCCUUGGAUCAAGCAGCUAUUACCCCACUAAUUAGAAUGUAUAACCCUGUAUUUUAUGUUUUUGCAAGUAUUUAUCCAAUUGGUGUUUAUUGUUUAAACAUCUGUAUGGACUCUGAUAUCCGCAUAGGUCUUACUGUAAAAAAACAUUGUCUCUGCUCUAGAUUAAAUCUACUUUCUUCCAGCCUAAAUGUGUGACCUCAUGUAUAACCCUGUUUAUGAAUACAUUUCCAGAUAAUGAUUUGUACUGGCCCUGAAUAUAUUUGUAUAAUGUUAUCUUUUGCCAUCUGAGGCGCCUUUUUUCCAAACUAAAGAGAUUUAUAUUUUUUUUAACCUUUCUUGAUAACUAAAAGGCGCCAUUCCUUUUAUCAAUUUUGUAGAUCGAUUCAAAUUGAUUCUCAAAUUUAAGGACAGAAUAGCCACAUUUGAAAAAAAUUCUAUGUAAUUUCUGUUUCCCGUUAGACUAUGUUGGUUUUAUAGGAUCGCCAUAGUGUCAGGAAAACAAACUUGUUUUCCUGACACUAUAUCAUCCUUAGGACCCCCCCUCUCACCCUUAGAGCCCGCAUCCCGCUGGGCUGAAAGGGUUAAAACCCCUUCAGCCACUUACCUUAAUCCAGCGGUGGGCUCCAUCGGCGCUGGUGACCUCUCAUCCCCCACCGUCAGCUCCUGAGUGGAGCAGAAUGCGCAUGCAAGAGCCACGCGCGCGUUCAAAUAGUCCAUGGGAAAGCAUUUCUCAAUGCUUUCCUAAGGACGUUCUGCACUUCGCAUCCAGCGUCACAGAAGCGCCUCUAGCGGUUAUCAGGAAGACACUAGAGGUCGGAUUAACCCCUAAUGUAAAUAUAGCAGUUUCUCUGAAACUGCUAUGUUUACAUCUGAAGGGUUAAAACCUGGGAGACCUGGCACCCAGACCACUUCAUUGAGCUGAAGUGGUCUGGGUGACUAUAGUGUACCUUUAUAUUUGAAAUUAACUUUGAAUUAUAGACAAAUCUCAAUUUAGCAAAUAACCCUGUUAGUGUAUGGGUCCUCGUGAGAUGCCUUGUUCUUUUACUUCAUCCUUAUCCUGUUGAUUCUUUUCUUACAUGGUUGUAAGAUUCAAUGGGUAAUGAAUAAGGUAUUUUAAUAUACUAAAUUUGAUAUUUGCUGUAUAUUAUAUGUGUUUUCCCUCCUUUUUCAAAAAUAAAGAAUAUUAAUAAAAUAAUGAACCCAAUUGGUUAAUUUUACAAUAAAUACAAUUUUAAAUUGAUUUUAGAGGCAGAUGCAAUCUUCAAACUAGUCGAAUAGAUGCAAUGGAAUCUAUAGGGACAGUUAGAUGUAAACUAGACUGACUGAGGAUGUUUAAUGAUUUAUUGCUAAGUAGGGAAUUGUUUCUUCUUUCUGCUUUGUUGUUCCUAGUGAUAUUCAGUUCUGAGAUAUGUGAGACCAGCAACCGAGAGUAGAUGCAGUUUAAAUUUUUCAAAGCUAUAGUUCCCACAACUAGGCUGUUAUAAACAAAUCAUUGCAGAAUCAAGAGAGAAUACAAAGACAAGUGGUUAAUGGAAAGUUAGAAACAUUUUGUAGUUAUCAUAAGUGGUACCAACAUGUGAAUUUAUAAUUACACACAUUUCUUGCACAACCUUGUCUUCCAUUCUUAAUAUCCUAGGAAUGCAUUCCUGGCAUCACAAGGGGCAAAAGGUUAUACCAGAACUUUUGUGUUCUUGAUUCUGCGUGUUCUAUCAGAAAUAUUUGUUGCUCACUUUGUAUAUACAAAUAAUCUUUUGGGGUUUUGUUCUCGUAGUAAUGAAACAAACGUUAUACAAAUACUGUGAGAUAAAAUGUGUUAACUACUUCAUGGUAUCUCUUGAUUCCACAGUUUAGACUGGUUAUAUAAUAUAACAAACAGUGUAUGCGACAAAAUUGUCCCUGUGUAUAGGUAUUUAUAAGAACCCCCAAAAAGAGUACACUUGGAUUGGAGAUUUAGUUUAGUUUUUUUCCAGUUUAGCUAUUUGACCUGAAAUUUACCUUGAAUUCACUUUGAUUUCCUAACAAUUCACACUUUAAUGGAUAACCCUUUCUAUGUCUGAGCCACCCAGCUGCCAUCAGAUUCCGGUAAAAUAUGAAGGGGCCACUUUUACAAUUCUUCUAUACCAGAUGAAGCCAAACGGCACACACUCCUGCACCCCAUUGGUCCACAUAGAUGAAUAACUCUCUUAAAUAGCUACACAGAAUAGUGUACUUGUUUAUGUCUCAGACGAAGGUGUUUUAGUAGCACCGAAACGCGCGUCAGGCUUUGCUUUAUCAUUUUAAAUUCACUGCACGCUGUAGUUUGCCACUUCUUUGUUAUGGUGUGAGGGUUUAUACAGCAAUCCAUGAGUGGAAACUCUCUUUUAUGGAGUUCAUUUAGGGCAUUUUUUGUAGAUAUCAUGGAAAGGACUCCAGUGGAAUGGUGCUUUAUUUUCUGUAGUCUACAGUCUUUAGUUUUCUGGCUUUCUCAGCUAGCGACCUACAAGACGAUUUACCUUUAUUUUUAGACAUAAUAGGUUAGCCUGGCUAGUUGCGACAUCUUUUUUAUGACAGCGUUAUAAGACAGACUGGGUGGGCACUACACCUUUUUAAGCCUUCCUUUUACUUUUAUAAUUUUUUUAGACAGCGACCUUGAAGUUGAUUCAUUCUCAGUUAGUUCAGGGAAGGCUUCUCUGGGUCUGCCAUUGUCUCUCUGUUAGCUUCCCAAGCAUUCUGCACAGCAACAGUGGGUAACAUUGUUUCAGUACUUUUUGUUACAGUAUCCCAAAACCUUAUCUGUGUUCAGUUUUAUAGGCUAGCUUCACUUUCUGAGAUAUAGCUCUCCACUCUCCCCUCCCAAUCUGGUUGUUGGUGAGGCUUAUGCUACAGAGGAUUCCACCUUAUAGCUACCUUCCAAUUAUAUGUGAAAUAUACCUCCUGUUAGGGAGGAAUGUGUGUCCAAUAAAGUGCUAAAGAUCAAGAGUAAAUUACAGCUGCUCAAAAACACUUGAGUGGAAAUACCCUCUUACCCACACUUAAAGUAGUCCAAACUCUAUAAGGCGGUAUAAGUGCAAAAACCUACACCUCUAAGUGGAGCGCUGAGCAAAAACCUACACCUCUAAGUGGAGCUCAGCGCUCCACUUAGAGGUGUAGGUUUUUGCACUUAUACCGCCUUAUACAUUUUGGACCUUCCAAUUAUAGUCUAGAAGCCUCCUUCAUUCUGCUAUCCUUCCUACCUAAUUAGGAUGGUUGAGCUCAUAGACUAGCUUUAGGGGAUUAUAUGUUGUGUGAUUUUCUUGUGUGUUAGUUAUGUUCUUUUUAUAUACUCUAAUAAAUUGUGGUUUUAAAUUUAAAAAAAAUUAUUGCAUACUUUAGGCACUUUACUGUGUCCUCUGGACUUUAUGUCCACUGGCCACCCCAGUGUACAUUUUUGUAAUUUUUAGGAUUACCUCCUUCCAAAGUUCCCUUGACAUACUACAGGUCUUACUAUGGGACAUUCUUUCUGCCUACCCCUGUUCUAUACCAUGCCUAGAUAAGAAAAUCCAUUUUAUGACGGGAGAAGGCUAUGACAUGAGCAAUACAAUCAUUGAGGAUUUGCUGAAAAUAUUUUGUUUAGUAUUAUUUUGAAAAUGAAAACAAAAUCUGGUCUAUGUGUAUAUGGUUUUGGGACAGGAGUGGUUAAAUAAGAAUGUUGUCAUUGUCCCAUAUAUGAGUCAUCAUUUGCCAAAUUACCAAAUCCAUAAAAUAUCAUGAAAACGUUCAACUUGCAUUUUAAAUUCUGAAUUCAUAUUGUAUCAGUGCCAGAAAGGUGCAAUCAUGUGGCCACACCCAAUUGGUGCUGUCACGAAAGUGGGAGCAAGGCAGGGGGACUAACCACAUCGUGGAUUCCAAUCUGGUCUGCUCGCAAUGCAACUCUUGGCCGAUAUGGUGCAGCCACUGCAAUAUCUGCUUCCAAGCAUGAAAUAAGUGACGCACAUGUAUCUGUCAUCACAUCCUACACGCAUUGCAUGCACAUAUUUUAGCGUCACAAGGUGAAUUCUAACCAAUCAUUGCCUUGCUAGCGCUAAUAAAACUCAAAAAAAAAUUUUGGCAGUGCCCUGCCGUAGUUUCCAUUUACUGGUAAUCAUAGAGUGCAUUUAUCUUGUGUUUCUAUUUGUUAUUUGGACCUUUGAUUGUUCUUGACUAUUCUUAUAUCUGGUAUCCUUGAUCUAUUGGCUUGCCUACUUGUUAUUGUCUCUUUCUUUGUGUGCUGCUUGUAUGUAGUGUGUGUUCUGGCUCAGAGGUGUAACUAGAAACCACAGGGCCCCAGUGCAAAAAUUGUCCUGCCCCCCCCCCCCGCCCUCUGCUCCUCCAGGUGUCUCAUCCUCCCCCCCCAUCCCCUCCAUGUGUAUCAUUCCCCCUUGGUCCCUCCAUGUGUCUCAUACCCCCAUGUGUAUUCUUUCCCCCCAGGAUCUCCAUGUGUCUCAUUCCCUUCCCAAACCCUUUCAUGCUUCUUCUUAUUCCUUUCCACCAGCCCCUCCAUGUGUAUCAUUCCUUCCCCCAAAUCCCUCCAUGUGCCUCAUCCACUCCCCCCUCAUCCCCUCCAUGUACCUCAUUCCCUACCCCGCUAAGCCCCUCCUCUCCAUGGGUGUCAUUACCUCCCUUCCAGACCCUCCAUGUAUCUCAUUCCCUCGCCCAACCCCUCCAUGUGUCUCCUUCACCCCAGCCCCUUCAAGUGUCUCAUUCCCUAUCCCCAGCCCCUCCGUAUGUGUCAUUACCUCCCUUCCAACCCCUCAGUGUGUAUCAUUCUCUCCCCCAGCCCCUCCUUGUGUCUCACUCCCUCCUCCAAACCUUCCUCUUUUCCAUUUCCUCCCUCUAGCCACUACAUGUGUAUCAAUUAUCCCAAGAACCUGCCACUUGCCCAUAGACACCAAAACAAACCCGUAGACACCAAAACCGCUGCUUGUCUGUAAACACCAAAACAAACUUCUUGCCCGGUGCCUGAAACUUCAUGUACUGCAUCUUGGGCGUUAAGAAUUUAACAUCCCUGCGUACCCCCUGCUUUUGGUGUGUGCACCACAGGUUGAGAAGCCAGGAUAGAGAGAGCACUGGUGAAGCAUUCUGGGUUUGAUUCAAUAGCCCAGCAUCCUCCUACAUUUUGAAAUCUGCCAUCAGGUCCCAGGACCUAUUUCUGCUGGGAUAAUCCCUUAAAAUGUGGGGUCACAGAUUUGGGACUGUUGGCACCCAUGUAAUAUAAAUCAGUUGUGCUGGUGUUAACUAAGAAGAGUUCAACCACAGAACCUGCAUGUAACAGGUAGAAAAAAAAAUCAAUAUUGUAAAUUAUCUAAACAUAUAACAUACAAUUUCAUUCUAUGGGUCAUACAUCUAGGUGGCAAUCCCUAAUGGAUCACAACAAGUAGCCGCAAUAAUGCUCUGUUGCACAAAUUGUGAGUUAUGGGUGUUUAUUCAAUGUCCAACCUAAGGCCCAUCACAUAUUGACACAACCAUGUACUGGUGUGUUCUCUGUUGUCAUGCUCGGGUUAGAAAUUUAUUUUUUCUUGCAACAGGUAAUACAGAAAAAACAAGUUCAACCUAGUUGAACACAUAUUUACUGACACACACUCACGCAAAGACACACACUCAUGCACAGACACACACACACUCACUGACAGACACAUUCACUGACACUCUCACACAAUCACAAAUUAUUUGUUUUAUUUUGAUUUAAGUCCACCCACCCUGUCUACCUUUGGGAGAGCUGAAGGGGAUUCUUUCCCAGGGGUCCAGUGGAGCUGCUAUGAUCCUGCAGUCUUCAAGCUCUUCUUGCUCUGCUCGCUGAUGCCGGGAGUCUGGUCAUGACCUCACUCUGGCUGUGCAAGGGAGCAGAGCAAAAAGAGCGGGCAGAUUACAGCUCCCUCGCCGCUGCCUCCAUUACACACAACACCCGCUUUGGGGGACCUUAAAGUGGACAGCCAGACAGCUCUUGAGCCCCCCAUGACAAGGGGCUAGCAAGGCGUUUGGUAACGUUGCAGAGACAUCCAAGCAGGUGUUUGGGAAUAGGUUGUUUUGCUGACCCCCUGGAAAGUGUUACCUAAGAGGGUCAGCAAAACAACCAACUAUGUCUUGUUAGCCUCACAAUUGAUACAGUGAUGGAUAUGUAUGCAAAUAUACUUUGCAUAUUAUUUAAACCAUCAAACCCCUGUUAUUUUUUUUGCAUUCAAAGUUUUUUUUUAAGUGAGAAUUGUUAGGAAGUCAAAGUGAAUUUUUCCAUUUUAGCUACUUUGGCUUUAAAUUUUAAAUUCCUUUUGAGUUCCCACUAAAUAAUCCUGAUAUAUGCUAUGUACUGGAUGAGCACAUUCGGUGCACUUCCACACAUUCACUCCUAAAUUGUGUCUAUAUUAAAUUGCAAUUCAGGGGAAAAUUACGAAAUGUUUAAGUUUUGCAAAUCCAGCGACUAUCAGAGUUAAGUGAAUAACACUACAUGUUACAUAUCUGAUCACAAAUAAUACCAAUCAGAAUUAUUAAACCUUCGGGUUAUCCACUAAACUAGAUACUGGCAAGUGUUGUUCCAGAAAGUUAAUAGUUCAUGAUAAAAUUGCCAAAUUGGAGUCAAAUAUACAAGACCCUUGUCAAUUCCAUAAAAGUAAAAGUUUAUUGGAUAAUGUAACAAUUCCUUUUUUUCAUCCUGGGUAAUGGUUUAUUCAGAACAAUGUCCUCAUAUAGUAUAUAAUGUGCAAAUAAUUAACUUCAUACCAAUAUCAGCAAUCAAUAAUUUCUCCUAAUGAAGCAGUGUCUUAACUCGAUAACAACCUAUAUCAAAGAACGAAUAGACAAUUUGAUUUUACUGGGUUUUAAUAAUGUAAAUCAGCAGCAAACAUCCACCAGCUUAUUUUGGAGCAAUUAUCUAUCUCAGUUCCCACCAGCUAAAAAUAGGAUAGUGUAACUGGUACAAUGAUUAUCUCAAUCAUCUGCUCUUGAAACAUUUAAACAGAUCUAUUGUUAAGUAACAAGGAGGUGGAUCCCUUUAAAUGCUACAUCCUCAUUAAAUAAUUUAAAAGAAUUGCCUUAGCAUUGAACUCAAACCAGAUCUUCCUGCAUUUAGGAUUUUGUUUUGCAAACAAGCCAAAAAUCAGCUGGUUUGCAUUAAAAGAAAAAAAAAAUAGCAAUGUUUGCAGCUGGCUGAGUGAUUAGCUUUCCCCAGACUGGUAGAACAGGUUCUCAUUAGUGGUGCAUUUUGGGUUGUUGUGUAGUUGUCUCUUGCUCAGCUCCUUGUUUUCAGUGAAUUGCAAGUAGUGAGGAGAUGUGUGCAGCCUGUGGGUAGCAUUCGUUUAGACUGAGGGGGUUUGGGUAAGUUUGCAGCGAGAGAGGUUAUUGCCAGUGUUUGCGUUAGGACCUAGCAGAUCAAAGAAUUCAGGGGAAAUGGUGAUUGGGACAGAAGUGCCUUGUGAGUCUGAAGAUGUGAAGCGUCUCCUCAAAAAAGAACACAGAGGUCGCAUCUCAAUGUGAGUAGUGAAAGUUUAUCAGAUGUUCUAUUUUGUUACGAGUCGUUUUAGUUUAGAAUGCAGCUAUUUACUAACGUUGAAACUCCAGUAGUUCUGCUAAAACCCCUUCAAGGCAUUAACCUGCGCUGUUAACCCUUCCCCCUGCAUUCCUUUCUGCAAAAAUACAUUACCUGAUGUUAGUCUGUGCUUUUGUGUUUUCAACUCGUUUCAUGUCUGUUACUCAUCAGCCACAUGUUUGAUACUGCACUGUUUUUAAACCCUGUGCUGACUAUUCAUCCACUUACAUGUGCUGUCCCAUACUGAGUUUAACCCUGGCCCCCACAUAAACCCUACCCAUGGAUUCAAGUAAACAAAAAAACCCCACAAAGUACACUUAUAGGGCUACAUAACACCCACAGAAAAUGCAGAAUUAAAAUAUUUCGUGUUGGGAGCUACUUAACUCCAAGGUACUCCUAUCACUGGGAGUUCUUUCACAUCACAUUUUUAACCCCAUCCCUAUAUCAAAUACUACUAAAAACUAUUAUUCACUUUGUGCAGCGUACCUUCUAGUGACAUUUUUAGAUUUCUGCAGCAGCAGGACUUGCAUAACAUUAGUCAUAAUUGCAGCAUCAUUUUUGCACCACCCUGUUUGUUUGAACUUUUACAACAAACUUUUAAAUACAACUUUUUUUUUUUUUUUUUUUAUAUGCUUUGAAUUGAUUACCGUAUUUAUCGGCGUAUAACACACACCUCAUUUUAAGAAGGAAAUUUCAGGGAAAAAAAACUUAAAGGACCACUAUAGUGCCCUGAGGGUGCCCCCACCCUCAGGGACCCCCUCCCGCCGGGCUCUGGAGAGAGGAAGGGGUUAAACACUUACCUUUCUCCAGCGCCGGGCGGGGAGCUGUACUCCUCCUCUCCUCCUUGCUCGUGACGUCAUCGGCUGAAUGCGCACGCGCAUUCAGCCGUCGCAUAGGAAAGCAUUUACAAUGCUUUCCUAUGGAUGCUUGCGUGCUCUCACUGUGAUUUUCACAGUGAGAAGCGCAAGCGCCUCUAGCGGCUGUCAAUGAGACAGCCACUAGAGGCUCUGGAGGCUGGAUUAACCCUCAGUAUAAACAUAGCAGUUUCUCUGAAACUGCUAUGUUUAUAUAUUAAAAAAAAAAAAAAAAAGUUAAUCCUAGAGGGACCUGGCACCCAGACCAAUUCAUAAAGCUGAAGUGGUCUGGGUGCCUAGAGUGGUCCUUUUAAAUUUCAAAUAAAGAACUUCUUACUUCCCCUUCCCCCUCUUACCCCUUCUUACUCCCCCUCCCCCUCUUCUUACUUCCCCCUCUUACCCCUUUCUUACCCCCCUCCCCUGUAGCGUGGCCGAGCCGCUCUGCUGUCCGCGGUGGCCGGCCGGAGUGAUAGGAUGGUGCAGGCUCAGUGUGCACCUUCCUGUCAGUCCGACCAGGUACAGGAAACAGAAACUCCUGUUCCGCGCGGAACAGGAGUUUCUGUUUCCUGUACCCGGUCGGACUGACAGGAAGGUGCACACUGAGCGUGCACCAUCCUAUCACUCCGGCCGGCCACCGCGGACAGCAGAGCGGCUCGGCCACGCUACAGGGGAGGUGAGUACCAACUGCAGCCGCCUGAGCUCAGGCGGCUGCAGUAUUUAAAGGGCCGGCGUAUAACACGCACCCACAAUUUCUCCCCUAUUUUCAGGGAGAAAAAGUGCGUGUUAUACGCUGAUAAAUACAGUAUUUCAUAUCUCUUAUGAAUUUCCAUAAAAGAACACUCCAGUGGCUUAGCGUGGGUUUCCAGUGUCUGGGGCAAGGCUAGUAUUGCACCCCCUUAACUUGUGGACUGUUCACACUCCCUGGGUCGCUUAACUGGCACCUCCUUUCCCUACCAGCCUUGUCUCUGUGAUGUGUGUCUCUGUCACUGGCUGCAUUGUGUAACUUUUAGAAAACCACCUCACGUCUAAAGUAGUUUGUAUAGACUAUACACAUUACUUUCGGCAUGUAGUGAAGUUUUAAAACUACGCAAUAAAAGGAAAAAAAUCUCACCACGACAAUGAGCUGGGUAUGGAAGGAGCAGCAAGGCUAAGCGUCCGUCGCCGGCGUACCGGUAUUCUACAAUUUAAUAGGUAUUUACAUAAUGCCAAUUAAUAGCGUGAUUUCCCAUCAAACGUCACUAUCUUCAAAUGGAAAAAUCACACCUUUUAAUGGGCAUUAUGUAAUUCACCGAUAAGGAUUACAUAAGGAAAGUAUUGGCAAGAAAAAUACUGUGAAAUGUUACGUGGCAAUGUUUAUUUGCCCCUUCAUUAUAAAAGUAAUGUUUUAACAUUGAGAGAUCGUCUGUGUGAAGGGGAGAAUGCACUAUUUUAUUUGUAAAAAAAUAAAUUAAAAAAAAUUUACUUUUUUUUUUUUUUUUUAUUUCACACCCCUAAAAACUUUGUGCCCAGGGCAACCGCCUCUGUGUCCUUCUCCCGCUACGCCACUGCUCCAAUCAUCAUAACCCCUACACCACUAGAACAAACUGUAUUGGUUAUGGUGCCAGAAGAAACCUGCUCCCAUUAACUUUCUGAACUGCUUUAGGGAUUAACUGCCCAUGCAUGCUUAUUUUAUAAAAACUGUUUUGAAGAGAAAUUACAUGAUUUGGGUAUUUCAUGACGAAAAGGCAUGAUUUUAUGAAAGACAAGGAGGCGAGUAUUGCUUAACCCUUUCUUUACUGUCCACCAAUAGCAGCAAAGAAUACAAUAGUAAGGAAAAAAAAAAUGGUAACCAUAGUGAUAGGCCACACCCAUACCAAGUCCCAGUAUAAUAGUCAGCACAUCACCACACAUUUCCUCUUUCUUUGGAGAUGCGAGACAAUAACAAAACAGUAACGAUGAAACAGUCCAAACCAAAUAGAACAGGCGAUCUGAAAUCCAGCCAGACUCUGAUCAGGAACCAUAACGUAACUGGGACCAAUCCAUCAGUAAACAAGAUUCCAACAGCGAGGGGCCCAUCACAGCAUUGUCCAUAAACUUCCUGGCCACUUGGUGAAGCCAAAAGAGAAGUGCUGAAGACCCUUGAUCAACAAGGAAUCAAUCUGUGAAAACACAAGACAGGAGACGAACAGUUAAAUUGGUACUUGAACCAAAGUGCGCAUGCCAAGACAUAAUUUUAUAACUAGACAGAAGCAACACAGUGUGUAUAAUUCAUCAUAGGCAUUUCGAAUAAUCACGUAACAUGAACAGGUUAAUAAACUGAAACUAGACAAAACCCAGAGCGCAUAAUGAAUACCUACGAACCCUGGAAAACCUGCAUGAGAGAAUAAACAACUGGGUGGGGUAAAUCAGUAAAAUAACUAUGAAGGGUGGGACAAUACUUGCCUCUGUGUCUUUCAUAAAAUCAUGACUUUUCGUCAUGAAAUAGCAAAAUCAUGUAAUUUUAUGUCAAGACACGGAGGCUCAUAUUGCAAGUUUAAAGCUGAUCAAUAACUGGAGAAAAAAAGUGAGGCAAAGGUCGAAAGUAAAACUCACGAAAAGUGGAUUCGCGGGACCAGUUGUCCAUUCUCAUCAGGUCUUCCAGACGUGCACCUGAAUUCACCAUGGACGUGGUCGAUGCCCCUCAGGCUGAGGAGGAGAACAGCGACAACGCAGGAGACGUCCCAUGUAGAUGAGUAACGAGGUCUAAGGGGGCGCAACAAGUGUAAGCGGCACACUAACGGAUGUUGGCCUGCUGGGCAGCCGUCAAAGACGGCAGCAGUCUGGGUACAUCUACCGCCAGUUCCAGGAGUUGUGGGAACCAGGAUUGGGUCCCCCAGAAUGGGGUUAGUAGGAUCAGGUCGGCCAUUUGGCGGAGAACUUGGAGCAGGACCCGAGGUAUCAUAACAAACGGCGUGGAAGGCGUAGAGGAGUGAGCCAGUCCAGUCUUGUAGGAAGGCGUCCACUGCCUACGCGGCUGGACCCGGGAUAGUUGGGUAUUGAGCCUGGACGCGAAGAGGUCGAUGGCAAAAGGACCCCAUAUGGACGAUAUAGCGGCGAUUACUCCCACAUCUAAUCUCCAAUCGCUGUUGUCCGACAGCGUGAACUCCAGUCCGCGUGAGUGUUGUGGAGCCCGGGAGGGUAUUCGGCCUGGACCACCAGGUUCUUGUCCAAGCAAUAGGCCCAGAAGUCCUUUUGCCAAGCAGGCCAGGAGUGCAGAUUGAGUGCCACCCAUGUGGUUGACAUAGACCGCUGAGAUCAGGUGGAUGCAUGAGCUGGCAGUCCCGUUCGCGAAACUCCGGAUCGCGAAUGAAGCUGCAAGGAGUUCCAGAGCAUUGAUGUGGAGGUAGGAUUUGUCUGCUGACCAGCGACCCCCGGUAGUCACCCCGUUGCAAUGGGCACCCUAGCCGUGGAGACUGGCAUCUGAGUCCACCGUGAACUCUGGUUGGGAGCCGAAGAUGGCCUUGCCAUUCCAAGCCGAGAGGUUGUGGAUCCACCAGGUCAAUUCGUCUCGAGUCUGAGUCCAGGGAGAUCAUGUCCGCAAAGGUGUGCGAUCUUCAGGCGCUGGAGGGCACGGUAAUGAAGUGGGGCUGGGAACACCGCUUGGAUUGAUGCUGCCAGAAGGCCAAUGAUCUGUGCCAGUUGGUAUAGAGAUAGCUGGGUGCACGUUAAAGUGCGGCGCAGCUCCUUGCAGAUUGUCCGUAUCUUGGAGGCAGGGAGGCUGUGACUCUGCUUCGGAAUCUACCGUGAAGCCUAGGAACUCCAUGCGAUGUGAAGGAGACAGGCAGGAUUUUUCACAGUUGAGGAGAAAACCCAGGCGGGAGAGGAGGUCCAUUGUCCAUUGAAGAUGUUUCCGAAGGACUGAACGAUCCUGAGCCAUGAUGAGGAUGUCAUCCAAAUAGACUAUUAGCCACACUUCCCGACUGCGCAGCCAAGCCAUGGGGGGGCACAUCAGUUUCGUGAAGCACCAAGGGGCUGACGAUAGUCUGAAGGGGAGGCACGUGAAGCGCCAGGUGUCUCCUUUCCAGAGGAAACGUAACAGGUCCCUGGAAGACUAGGCCACUGGGACAGUCAGGUAGGCAUCCUUCAAGUCCAACUCUGCCAUCCAGUCUCCGUGAAGGAGUAAAUCUCACAGGAGAUGGAUGUCCUCCAUUUCGAAGUGAUGAUGGCGCACCAGGGUGUUUAGGGCACAGAGGUUGAUAACAGGGCGCAUUUGUCUGUCUUUCUUUUCCACUAGGAAAAUAUUGCUGAUCACCCCUGUGGAGGACACCGGGGCCAGCUCUAUCGCCCCUUUUGUGUGGAGGGCCGUUAGUUCUGCGUCUUACUGACUUUUCAGAGAAUGCACACUGUCUGCAGCACUGGCAUUGGCUCAUAUGGCAGAUUAUAUGGGGGGGCUGCAAAAUUUUUGUUUGCCUAGGGCGGCGAAAAUCCUUGCACCAGCCCUGAAUAUACCAUGUAUGUAAAGGAGUCCUGAGCGAGCUGGAACGCUAUACCGACUUAUGCUGUGUGGGGAUCUCUAUAUUGCUGCUGUGUGAUUAAUCACAAUGAUCCUGGCUGUGUGAAAAUAGUUACGAGUAUUUCCUUAUCUCUCUCAUAGUGCCCACUUCUGUGUUCUCUCUCUUUUAGCUAUAGUUGUUGUGUGGGUAUCUCUGUAGCCUAACCAGCUCUGUGUAUUGUAUCGGUAUCUUUGUAUUGUGCCCAGCGCUGUGUACUACCCAUUUUAUUUUUUUUUUUUUUUCCUUCUCAGUUCGGUUUGUGGUAAGGGUAUUUCUUUAUUGCAUUUGGCUCUAUGAAUUUUAUAAAAGUCUUCAUAUUGUGGCCAGCAUCUCUCUAUUAUGCUAUGUACUGUAUUAUUGUAUUCCUCCCCAUAUUACUGUAAUUGAGAUAUAGAUAAAAAUCAAAUUUGAAUACUUUUGGUCUCCUCUCCUCUUGUAUUUCAGAGCUCAAUGUAUUAUUGUAUUCCUCCCCAUAUUACUGUAAUUAUUAUUUUUUUUUUUUUAUAUAUCUUUUUUUUUUCUUCGAGGUGAUCACAGAAAAAAUGGCAUUGGUAAAAUAGUUGACUAACAUGUGGGUACCUAUUGUAGAGGCUGGUGAUAUGGUGCACAAAAGCAUGAUGGAGAAAAAAGCUGUGGGAAAGUGGUUAUAUUUGAAAUGAUUUUGUUAGGAAAAUAUUCCAAAGUUGUAGAGCUUAUUAUAAGUGGGGUUUUUUAUAUUUAUAUUUUUUUUAUUUAUUUCUUCCUCCUUGUGUGGAUAUACACAUGCAAGAUCUUUGGGGGGUUGGGGGGGAAAGCUGCCUGUGAACUAGGCAGAUGAAGAGUAUCCAUUGAAAUGCCUCAGUUGUAAGUAGUGUAUUGACCUUACAGGACCAAAACAGCAGAGGUGCUUGUAUGCAUGUGGCUUAAUAGAUCAAAAUGGGUAACGAAACUUGGGACCAGUCAGUGUUGCAUCUAAAUCUGCUUCCUUUUUUUUUAAUGAAUGUUUCAUAAAGGAAUUAAAAUGGUUUCAUUAAUUUAAUUCUAUUAAAUGCAAAACAUCAAACUAUCAGUUUGUAUACGUCUACAGGAGCUUACAUGUACAUACAGUAAGUAGGACAGUACAGUCUUAUAAACAAUUUAUAAAUGUUGUCUGCAUAAAGUGCUUAGUAACGUAUUAUAUUGUAGUUCAGCGAUCUCCAUCUGUCACUGUCCUCUGCCAAUGGUGAUUAUGCAAGUGUUUUCCAUGUGUGUACUGUAUUUUACAUGAGUCAUGAUUAUUACAUUUAGCACAAUUACAAAACAUAUGUAAAUGUGUUAUGUUCAAGAAUGUAUCAAGACACUUACUAAGACUGGUCUACUACACUGGAUUUGUUCAUUGUGCUAUUCAUCAGUAGGACAUAAUGUCCACAGAGAAUAAUUCUUCUUGUCAGGGUUCUUACCUGAGGUGGGAAUCUGUAGCGCAGAUAUGUAUGCUCACCCUGGCAGAUACAUUCCAAGGUGACCAGGUAAGAAGAGACUGGAACACAGGAAGUGAACACACACAACAGGAUCAAAGACUUGAUAAAGUUCUCAUGGCGAGGCUGUUUAUAUACCCUGCUGAUGACUGAUGAGUCAGAUGAAGCACUUGCAAUGACCACAGACAAAGUCCAGCCCCCAGUGCUGCAGACCUAGCCAGGAAUAAUAGGGCUAGAACAGCUCAAAAUAAACAGUACCUCUGUGGCUUAAAGGCAGAUAGCAGCCCAGGACAGUAAAGUACCCAGGUUCAAAUCCCCUGUUGGGCACUUCUUCACGCCUGGAUGUCAUGGUGAGAACCCUGACACCUCAGGAGGGCUCACAAUGUCUUUCCCAAAACUUUAAGAGCAGAACCUAAUCUUUUUUUAAAAACGUACAUUUCUUCUGUUUUUUUAAAUAUGGGAUAUACAAAAUAUUUAUAUUAAGGAGAACUAUAUGAACCCCAAUAACUCUCAAAGUAUAUAGUGUAGAAGAGGUAUUCAUGUACAAAAACCUUCUCUCCUAGCAAUGGGAAGUAUAGAUCGGGGGACUGAGUGGUAGACCAGCCACCAGGGGCAGGGACGAGAGGUAAGGGUUUGGGAGUAAGCUAUCAGGGGAGCACAGCCUAGGAGUUGUCUUUCCAGUAAUGGGAAUGCAAAGGCCACUCCCAGUCAGGGCAUGCCACACUCAGAACGCCCCUGAAGUACUGUGAGCAUGCACAAAGUACCUUGCUUUCUUUCUACGUAGCGCAUGUAUGUUUAUCACUAAAUUCCUGCCACUCUGACAGUGGAAAAGUUGAUACAACUGGACAGGGCCCUGAAUAUGUAUACAGCAACAGGACCAGUUUUACAACACUUCUUUAUACUUCACUAAGUAGAUGGAAUGUGGUGAUUGUAUCUGAUACUUAUGAAAAAGGUAGCUUACAGGAUAUUUUGUUGCUUUUGAUGAGCUAAGUUUUCAUCCUUUUUAAUAUGUGUCCUCUGAGAUCCGGUAGCACUCUUGUGCUGUCCUUUUACUGAUGUAGUCAGAGCAGGAUUAACCAUAAGAGGGCCCUAGUAAGCUGCAUAGGAUCCAGGGGUUAGACAGGGGUCCGGAACUAUGAAUUUUCCUGGCCCAUUAACUAUCUCUAUGUGAAGAAUGAAGGGGCCCCAAUCUGGUAACCUGUCUAGGGCACCGGGGGAUCUUAAUUCUCCUUUUGGUGUUGGCCUAAAACCCUAAAGGCAGCUGUCAUAAACUCCAUCUGGUGUGAGGGGUUCACUCAUGGGGACUUUAGCUAGGUUCUGGUUCUUACAUUUUUGCAGAUUUUAUUUCAUUACCGGUUACAUUCUGUCUUUCCAUUGCCUCCUUUUGUACAAAGUGCAGAGCAAGAUGGCUUGUGAGCUUACAAUAAAGUCUUGUGUAUGCUUGCCCAAAGGUUUUACAAGUGUUUCUCCUUUCAUACUAGUCUUCAGUCUUUCUUUCAGUUAAUUAAUGUAUGUGUUGCACAGCACUGUAGGAUGUGUUGACUUUUUUUUUUUUUUUUGAAAUAGGAGCAAACUCUACUUACACUCUCAUUGAAAUUGUCAAGUCAUGUUGAGAGCUCCCUCUACGAUUAGUACUAUACUGAGCACCCCUAGUAUAUAUCUCUAUUGUUUAGGAUAUAGGGGACUAGCUAGACAUUUGUGAUAGAAAAUCCGCACACACACACUAUGCUACAAUUCUAAACCGUCUAAGGUCUGUAAUACUGUAGAUCAAUUAAGACCUAUCUGAAUUCAUUUUGUCGACUUUACAUAGCACGUGCUACUUAUUCUGCAAGGGCAACAAAGUUUAUAUCAUGCUGGUUUUAUUUGUGUGGUCAAAGGUUCUACUCCAAAUAGGAUUCAUAGGUUUAUUUUCCUGCUUUAUUUUAUUGCUGUAAAUGAUGAAAGCUUUACUUUGCUAAAUGGGCAUAGUAAAAAACCUUUUAAAAUCAUGUGAUUGUUUCAAAGAUAGGUUUAGAAGUGAGGAAAUGUUCUACGUGCAUUGCUUCCAUGUUUAAAUAUCAAAUGAAAGCAAGUAACUGGAAAUAUCUAAAACUGUAAACCCUGAGCACUGCUAUGAUAUAUUUUUGUCAAAGUGAAUGUUCUCUGGAGCCUGUAUGAUGAAAUGGGGAAGUCUUGUCACCACCAAUACUUCAUCCCUAGAAGCUGUUAUCUUUCACAGACGCCUAGCAGUGUAGGCUGUCUGGAGUUGCAGACACAAUAUGGCUGUUUGUGAAAGUACCGAUAAGAUGGCUGACACCCAGAGUAUCUCUCAUGUAUCUAAACAUGUUAAUAUUUGCAUGGGAGUCUACAUGUUAAGCAUUAUUUGCUGUAAUUAUUUUAAGUGACUGCUUGUUUGAAUAUUUAACUGUACCCAUACCUACCUUCUACAAUGUUGAGGGUUAGGCAGCUUAAUACAAACGGAUUGGAAGAAAUCGACCAUAGAACCAUUCUUAAACCCUACACUCAGAUUGAUCAUUUUUCACAAAUGACCCCAGUUGCUGUCAAGUUAAAAACAGCAAGUCGGUCUAUGCUCUGAAAAAGAGGCAAAGGGAAACUUGAAGAGCUAUUAUCAGACCAAUACAGCACUCUUUUUAAUUUGACUCUAGGUCAAAGAUGAGAGGAAUGUUUAGAUGGUGUUCAAUACCGGAUAACUAUCUAGUUGCUUCCUGGUAUUUAUGCCAUUUUCAUCUGCAUUUCUUCCAACUUGUUAAUAAAAUGUGAACAGCAUUAGUGCUGUUAAAUUGGGGCUAGAUUAGUUUCUUCAUGCUUCUCAGCAAAUAUUCCCCAUCAGGUGUUCUGCACAGACAGACUUAAUUUCCUUAGUCAUAUAUGUCAAGGACUAGAUUAAUAAUCGGCCUGUGUUCACAUGAGCAGAUCCGGAAAGCUUGCAACGAAAAAACUGCACUGUAAACCAGUGGUCCUUAGCCAUUUUAUGGCCGGAAUAUAGAUAAUGUACAUAUUGGCUUGGUAGCUCAUGCAAUUGCAGCAAACAAAAAAAUGUAUACAAAAGACUAUCUUUAGACUUUUGCCAGUCUGAAAAGGAUGUCCGUUCUCAGAAAGGAAAGGCUCCUGGUCAAUAUCAAAUUGUGUUCCAACAAUUAGGAAUUCAAAUUUGGCUCCGCCUAAAGCUUAAGGGAAUACUCUAAUAUUACAACACAUACUUAAUGCAAGUGUUCCUUUUAUAGAUGUAAGAUCAGAGACCCUCUUUUGUUUCAAAGUGCCAUAUAAAUGAACUAUAAUCCAAUGCUGACAGUCUCUUAGAAGCAGCCUUAUCUGCCUACGGUGAGAUAGUCAUGCUUGAUGUCUGCUGCAACCAGAUGCUUCUCAUGGCAUUGAGGACCUAUAGUGCAGGAUUUGAUUCUCACAGAGGCAUUGGACGUGUUCUGCAUCUAAGGUUGUGGUUCAUGACCCCACACAUGAAGACCUUUAACAAUCAAUGUUAAGUCUCUCUAUUGGCUGUCAGAAAGCAUGUUCAAAUGUAAAUUUGCCAUGCCCUUGGAAAUUAUGAUAUUUAUAUAGCGCUAUCAAAUUCCGCAGCGCUUUACAAUGGGUGGACGAACAGACAUGUAGUUGUAACCAGACAAGUUGGACACACAGGAACUGAGGGGUUGAGGGCCCUGCUCAAUGAGCUCACAUGCUAGAGGGAGUGGGGUAAAAUGACACAAAAGGUAAGGAUAGUAUUAGACUAGUGACAGUUGCAGAAGAGGAAUCAGUCAGGAGCUAUUAACAGUUUAAUUGAUACGCUUUUAUAAAGUGGGUUUUUUUAACGAUUUUUUUUUUUUUUUUUUAAUUUAUUUUUUGGGGGGGGGGUAGAGACUGGGUGAGCAUUUAACAGAGGAGGGAAGAGUUCCACAGGAACAGUGCAGCCCUCGAGAAACCUUGAGGAAAUUAUUUACAAAAUAUAUUUUACCAGGAAGGAUACAUUUGAGAUUUGUCUUGUUUUCAAAUGUCCUGUGUCAACAAAACAUUGCAGUGUUACAAAAAAAGGAAAAAUAACAUAUUGCUGUGUAUGUAUCUGUCUCUCUCUAAUCUCCCAUAGCAGGUGUACUGUAUUGAGGUAUAUCACCAUAGAUCUCUUAAAGGAUCUUAAAUGUCAGUAUUUUACAUUGUCUGAGAAAACUGACCCGGUAUUUUCGCCAAAAUCACUUCGUUAAAAUCUUGGGUAUUGGGUACUAUAUGCCCCUUUAAAAAAAAAAAAAACACUGUGCUCUAAACCAAGGUUUGGUCCAUCCAUCUCUAAGCACCUUACAACAAGCCUAGCUAGAUAUUUCUUUUGAAUAGUGGCUUGUUUUGUUAUGCAUCUUUUGUUAACCUUUAGCGUAGGAAAUGUAUUGAUGUUUCACAUAUUGUAAAACCUAUGCAGUGUUUUGGAACGAUUUACUUUUGUGACCUAAGCAGAACACAAAACUAUAGUAUUUUCUACGUACUUUGUAGGCUUUAAAUUCUUCAUUACGUGAGUAUGGUGUCCAGUCCUGUAGCAUCGUUUUAGAACUUAUGAAAGCAAGGUGUAACCUGAUGAGGAUAGGCUCCGGGGAAUUAAAAUUAACAUUUAUUACUUUUCAGACCAACAGUUUAUUUUUGUUACAUCCUGCAUUUUUAAAAGUUCUCUAAAUUCUUAGACCCUACCCGCAUAACUUCCAUAAACUUGAGCUUUGUUUAUUAUUUUUAGCUUUGUGCUUGUUUCCUUGUGUGUUCAAACUAUAAAUGCUAUAUGCAUAAAGUGUUGGUUUAACUAUUCACUUUCUUCAGAUGGAUUUUUAGUCUGUCAGUUUGAAGUUUUCAGAAUCUAACCUAAUUUUGCUCUGGUUUUAUUAAAUUUAAUUUUUUUGGUCUUGAAAAUCACUGCCAAUUUUUUUUGUGUUCUGGGGAGGACCACCCUGUAAACCUAUUACAAUCUCAAUCCAAGAGGGGUACCAUUUUUGAAAGGGGUUUGUGUAAAAAGUUCUGGGUUUGCUAGAUUGAAGGGGCUUCCAAUAUUCCGCUUUCUGUUAACGUUCAUUUUAAAUACUCCAGAUGACUUUCUCCACCAAUGAGAGGAUCCUUUUUUAUUGCAGGGCUUCGCUCAGGAGAGCAAAAGGAAGCUCCUGUUUAAGAAAAAUAAAAAUGUUAAGGCGGGUGUAUGUGUGGUAACAAUAGGAGUUUGUGACAUGCGUAACAGGAGCAAUGCCAAAAUACAGAGAUGGUAUACAUUUGUUGCAGCACUGAAUAUACUGUAAUUAAUUAAAGUGUUAACGCAAAGGGAGUUUUAUAGAAAGAGCAGAACAAUUCCUUUUUAAUGGAGUAGUUUGUAUUUGCACAGUGGUGUGUGUGUGUGUAUAUUUUCACGGACUGGCUAAAAAAAAAUGUAAAACUAAGUGGUAUUAGAGGAAGUGCGGACAGAUUAGUAACCGUGUGCUGUUUUCUACAUUUUGUAUUUAUGUUCUAAAUACAAUGCAAUAGGAGAAGAGUGUAUAAUGUGCUGUUUUGCCUGUGGCCCGGAAAUUGAUUGCUUCUAGGUUUAUAUUUGAAUACGGUUUGACUUUAAAAUUCUAUGUUUCUUUCCUCAUCCUUGUGCUUUUUUUUUGUGGGGGGGGUGUUUGUUUUUGUUUUUUAGCAUUAAAAAAGUGGUGAUAUCUGGCAGUAGUGAAAGUUACUAGUGACAAUGAUAAUUUAAUGGUAUGCAGGGCAUUUUAUUCUGGUGACUCCAAUGUAGCACUUUAAAGUUCAAACUGUACGUUCACUAGCAUGCUGCAUUACCUUGUGCUUCUUAAUGCAUUUUUGUCAAGUGAUUAGCAAACACGUGAGGCUGUAAAUAAGGCAAGGGAAAGACUCGUGAGUCAUGUCCACAGAUCAACUUCCUCUUGUGUCAUCUUUGUCAAAUAAAGCAGUCAGGCACCAUUCAGUUUGUAAGAGCAGUUUGAUGAAGUGAGGCGAGCUGAAGGUAAGAUCUGGUUCUUUAACUCAAUUUGUUGAAUCUGAAUGGCUACGAGUCUUCAUAGUGUAAAAUAUAACCCAGAAGCCUUUAUUUUCUCCAUAUGUGUGUGGUAUUUAAAACACAAAAGUGUGUAUGUAUGUAUGUGUAUAUGUGUUUGUGUGUGUGUAUGUAUGUAUGUAUAAAAUUAGAUUUUUUUUUUUUAAAUUUUUUUCUUAAACGUGUAUGUAGUGUGUUUUUUGUUUCAAAAAGUGCAGAAUUAAUUUAGUUUGAAUUUGAAAUCCAGUUGUCUCUAGAGUUUUAUGGAAAAGUAGAUUUGUGUUUGUUUUUUUUUUUUUUAAAAACAUAUUUGAUCGAAGAUCUCGUUUUCUGUUUUGUCUUUUUCAAUGGCAACUAAGAAUGUUCAGUUAUUUGGUUGCUUAAGAACCAGACAAACUUCAUUUUAGUCUGGUUUAUUUGGAAAUAAGCCCUUCAGCAGAUGGUAACCUUUUUGUUCAGCAUAUUUUUUUUCCGCACUGGGAUCUCUUAAUAUCUCUUUAAUUUUGUGUUUUCCUGCAACACUUUACCAGGCUUGUUAGACAUGUUCUUUGUUAAAGUGACAGCUCUGUUGUUGAUCCUAAAGGGGUUAAACGGAUUUGUAAAUAAAUGCAAACCUUAAACGUUCAUGUGCUUUUAAAGAAUCUGUUUAAUCUGUACACUUUCAAAUUUUAUAACAUUCUUGUUCAAAGGCUUUUUUCCCAUGGUCCCAAAACAUCUGGAAAAUAAGGCAGAUCAGAUAUAAAUCUGUAAUUCUGUACAUUUUCUAAUAAAAGCUUAUUUUAAAAUGACUCUAGUGUGUGAAUAUAUUUUUCUUGAAAACUUGUGGAAGCGUUACCUAGUGGCCUUUCCCAUUCAUUUUGUAAUAUAUUCUUUUUCCAUACAUUUAUGGCAUGGUUGGUAAAAUCAUUCCAUGUGUCAUGGUUAAUACGUUUAAAAUUUAUCCUAUAUUAUGCUCCAGUUUUCACCAACCAGCAAUAGUUUGUGUUGGUGUACGAUAAAGGCAGAAAAACUAUAUAUACUUAUCCAGUCAUGUAAGUUUGUCAAAUUUAUCUGUAUUAGUCUUUAAAAAAAAGUGUGUAUGUGUAUAUUUUAUUUAAAAAAAAAAAAAAAAUUGUGGAAACUUGAGCUUACUUAAGGAUCUGUCGUUUUUUGUUUAAAAAUGAAAAGUACUUCCAUUGGCUUGUUCCUGCAAUGGAAGGUGUUUAAGGAUUAGUUUUUAUUUAUUUCAAGGUACAAGUGAUUCAAUCAUUUAAGUCUCCCAUUGGCAUUUUAUUCCCUCAAUUUUUUUUUUUGAUGUGAGCAGCUGUUGCCUUUUGGUGGGUUCAGAUGUUCCUUAUUGUAUUACGAGAUCUUUUUAGUGUUGCUUUAGGAUCACAUAGUGUUGAAAUUCAAGAUUAAGUUUCCUUUUGUGGUGUACUGCAUUUAAAUACUUCUGUGCCGUAGGUUUUUUUCUUUGUUUUUUGAUAUAGUCUUCAAUUCUCAGGCACACUUAAGGGGAUGUGAUUCAAGGAACAAUUGUUCAUUUAAUCUUUUUGCCUUUUUAUCACCAGUUCUGAUACAGAAAAUGGAUCAGGCGUCAAGAAGAAUACUAGAAAGUCAUAUACUCCAUGUGCACAAAUUCUGAUUAAUGAUGUUGAACUGACAGAUGACACAAACAAACUUCUUGUCCCACGGUACUGUGUGUGUAUAACUUGUAAUCCAGCAAAAUUAAUGUUGAUUAUCUGCAUAAUAUUGACUUCAAAGAAAAUGUUGAACAUAUCUGCAAACUUUUUUUUUUUUUUUUUUGUGAGAUUAGUUAAUGUUCGUGUAGUUAAGGUUUGUACAUGGGUGGAAUGCUAAAUAUUUUCACAACACUCGAAGAUGUUCAUGUAGUGUUGUACUACAUUUUGGUUGGCCAGAUUUUAAUCAAACCUCUAUGUGAACCUUUCGAUUGUUCACAACAAAAGAAGCAAAGUCUGUUUUUUUUUUUAUUUUUUUUUUUAAAUUUUUUUUUUAUUUUAUUUAUUUUUUUUUGGGGGGGGUGGCAGGGAGUUUCUUCAGCUAUAUUUGCACUACCAUUCUGCUUGUUAAUUAGCUGAUAAAAUCCAUCAAAUAUGAAAAUAACAGAAACCCAUUCAACAAACGUUAAUUUUAUUCGCUGAAUUUAAGUGCCUAGUGAACACUUUUGCAUCAACAAAAAUUUUCUGCAAGUACUGAUGACAUUUGCAAGUGAUGGAAUGUCAUUUAUAAAAGUAUCAUAAACUUGGUGAGUUAAAACCGUGGGCACAAUUUGUAAAACUCAUUUUAUGUUAAAAUAAAACUUUAAAAAAAUUAUUAGGUCAUGGGAUUUAAAAAAAAAUACAUCACAUCCUUAAGCAUAUAAAAUGAUUUUUACUUUUUUUUUUUUUUGGCAAUAAAUGCUUUAGUGUGAAGGAGAUAAAUCUAAACUGUGAAAUGGGAUGUCACCUGUAAAAUGUAUACAGUAUUAUAAAAUGGCAGCAUCUGUGAAAUUUUGCUACUCUAAAAAAAAUUAAAAAAAAAUAAAAAUUAAUGGAUAAAGUGGUUCACAAUGCAGGUCACAUUCAUUGUUCUUUGUGUCUGUCCCAUAUGUAAAGGUUUUUGUUUAAUGAAGGGAACUGUGACACAUGCCAGGUGUGCUCGGUACAGCCAGUUUAUUUAAUGUUUGGCGUCUGAAUGUGUAUCACACUCUCAGAACAGCGGACCAUUUAACACCAGGUGUACUUUAAAUAACUGGUUUUGUGAACAGAGAAAAUUAAAUUCUCAAACAAUGACUGCCUCUCCAUACUCUGUUUUACAGUCUACUGGAUAAAUGUUUGGUAUUGGUUUUUGUCUUCACUUUUUAGGUCACAAACCUAUGAUUCCUCUUUAAACCUCAACAUGAAGAAUGAACUGAAGCAUGAAAGGAAAAAAGCCUCUUCUAGUCAGGUGAGACAAGUUUAAAUCUACAGCUACAUGCAAAACAAAAAAAUCCCCUAUUUAAAUGCUGCUACAAUUAAGAUGUGUUCAUGCAUUUUGAAAUGUGUAGUUUUCGUAUCGAGAAAAAUGGUAAUGGGAGAAGAAUAUGUAAUGACGAAUGUUCUACAAAUAACUUGCAAGUUCCAAGAAGUUAGACCAUUAAUGGAAAAUGAAAAGGAUCUACAUGUGUAGAAGUAAAUAUGUAGCUGCAUCAUUUGCAUUACUCCAAGCAGCUUGUACAGUUUAUAUUAAAGGCAAGUGAUAGGGUUUUUAGAUCUGUUCGAAAUGUUCCAUAGCUCCCGAAGAUUCUUAGCAUAUAGGAUUUAGCAUUUCAUGUUUUAAAGUUUUUAUAAAAAAGGUGUUCUAAUAGUAGCUACAGAAUGUUUGAACCAUAAUUAUCCUCCCACCCCAAAGGAGAUUUAAGCUAAAAAUGGAAAAAAAAAAUCCAACCCAAAAGUACAUGGGGUUCAGCUCGGCAAACCAGUAUUUAUUUUGUAACCCUUUGAAAUAUCGUAAUUUUAUAUAUUGCUUUUGUGCGGCUUUCUUUUAAUCUUUUUAGCUCUAUGAAGAGGUUAAUGAUUAUAUACACAUAAACAAAUUUUAAUCCCAAAUACAGAUAUUCUUUGGUCUAACUAAGUGAUUGUAGGGGCCAGCAUCUCCAACAAACUUGUAACACUAUCACAAAAUGUAAGACUCUACAAUGAAUUUAUUAUCAAGGCACAGAAUAUCCUCAGUUUGGCAUUUUUGUUUUCUAUGUUUGGUUUAACCCAUGUUUACAUUUAAAAAAGGCUUGAUUCCACUCUCGAAUUGUAAAAUGUCUCUGUGAUGACUUGUUUUUAAGGAAAGAAGUGGCAAGGUAACAUUGUAAUUGGAGCCUUGUUUCAAUGAAAUACGUCUAAAUUUAUUUCAGACUGCAAAAUUAAGUAAAUCUAAAAGGACACCAUAAUCUUUUAAAUAAAUUCUCCAGAGGCAAUUAAUAGAUGUGCACUUUGUUUUGAUACAAAUCAAAUUUCGUCAGUCUGAAUUUCCGAGUCAACCGAAAACGAACGGAUACUUUCGGAUUUACUCAUUUUGAUAAGGAUUGCAAAUUAUGGAGUUAUCUACAAAAAAUUGAUUUCUUUUAUGAGCUUUCAGAUGGCUAGUAGAUAGCACCCUAAUUUGCUACCCUUUUAAUAGGGAAAUCCCAUGUAUCGCAGAUAACCAAAUUUGAUCUUUUAGCAGAUCACUUGCUAAAUUGGCACUUUGUAACUUGGUGGCUGACACCUUCUUUCCUUUCCCAUCUGAAAUGUGUCGGAAUUUCUAUAAAAACGAGUUAAAGUAGCUGAAAAUUUAAGAACUGAAUUAACAGAAGCAACAUCCGUGCAAAUGUUGUUCAUAUGGGGCUUCGUUGAAUGAGUUUCUAUAAUCACAAUCCAUAGUGCCCAGUAUAGUCUGAGACAUGUGAAGUACAGACUUUAUACUGUGGAGACUUCUUUCCUGAACAAAUAAAGUGUACUCUAGCAACAGCUGCAAAGGGAAGCCAAUGCUGGGACAUCUGUGUUAAAUUUCGUUACCACCCUGUCGCAGAGUUUUGUUUCUAUCCAAUCCAUCCAGUGUUCCAACAUCUAGUGCGUUCGCAGAUUUAAAUUACUUUAGGAAUGGGGGACCAGCUUAGUUUGAAAUAGGAUAUAUGUUGGCAUUUUGUUUGUUUCUGGUUCACCCCUCUCCAUCCCUUACAUUAUACAUUUAUUUUUAUUUUUUUUAGUCUUUCAAGGCCAAUGGGCACUAUCACAAAGCAUUUAAGGACAUUCCGAAGGAGGAGUUUUUAAAAGAAAGUAAGUAACCUGUAGCUAUGAAUGGAAUUUUAAUUAUUGGGUGUACCUGUCUUAUGCCAUAGAUUUGAAAAUGUAAAGUGAGGUGUACAAUGUGUAUUAUACAACUAAUCUAUAUUAUUUAAAAAAGGCCCUGCACAUUGUACCGGAUUGUGUGUCCAUAUGUCUAUAACUGAAUGCUCACGAUCUUACUAAUUUUGUUUCAAGAUGAAUUGUAAGAGGUGUGGGUAAGCCCUGUAGCCUCUGCAAUGAAUUGUACACAUUUGCCCUCCUUUUUGGCACAAUUACAAUUAAAGUCUUUUCAUUUGUAUUCUUUUCUUGUUAAUCAGGAAAUCGUUGUCUUACAAAUACUGAAUACGAGAGACCACAAUAGACCAACUAAACACACCUUGGCAGUCUUAAUUUUAGCAGAAAAAUUCUAUUUACUUUUAGUCAUAGUCGUAUGACUAAAAAGCCGUUUUAGUCGACUAAAUCUCCAGUAGAUUUUAGUCAACACAACAAAAAAUGGGUUUAGUUAAAGCAUCUGUCUUUUGCCCCUCCCACGGUCUUUCUGUGCAGUUAAAAUUUCAAUUUAGUUUGGGUUUUUAAAAUUUUUUUUUUUUUUAACUAAAAUGCGGUUUGUCUUAUUUUUGUCAUGUGAAUUGUGUUUUUUUUUUUUUGUUUUUUUUGUUUUUUUUUAGUCGACAAAAUUAACACUGCACCUUAGGAGUAAUUAAGAUGGUGUAGUUUGGAAUUGUGAGAAACUGUCCCUUCCCCUGGUUUGCGCAUGAUGUUUAUCCCCUUAAGGACUAAACUUCUGGCAUAAAAAGGAAUCAUGACAUGUCACACAUGUCAUGUGUCCUUAAGGGGUUAAUGAGUUGGGCAACUGGGUUGUGAUGGUUUUUAUUCCUCACACCUUACUUUCUCCUUAAUUACCCCUAAGGCAGUUUCAUGCUUAAGCCUGGCUAGCUACACUGUAUGGUCUGUAACCUUCCUUCUGGGCUUCCUAUGCAGCCAUGUUUUGGAUCAAUGUAUAAAAUGUGUUGAGGUAUUUAGUGUGGCUAAUAUAAUUUGGAGAUGCUAUAAGCCUUUGCAUGACUUUCUUGUGGUUGUGGCUUGUAGUUACCUGUGGACAACCCACUUUAUAACAGUCAUGUAAAUAGUGACUAUUUCAAACACAACCAUUCGUAGAGAUACUCUUAUCCAUCUUUAAAGUAAGAAGAGCUUUUCUGUCAGCACAGUCUAGUCACUUAUCGCUUCCUACUGUAUGUCGGCGGGCCUAUACGGUCUGCUAUACACUAAAUAAAUGGGACAUUACGUUUUUUAAAAAUACAGAGGUGUAACUAUUGCCCAUUAAUUAUCACUUACAAAAAAAAUAAAAAAUUAAGGUCUGAAAACUAAACUUAGUAGUAGAAAUCCACACUACUUAAAUUAAUUGAUGCCUCCAUCCUGUCCAUUUUUGUUUUGAGCAUAAAGAAUAAUUCUGCUUCAGCUUCUCCAAUGCAACACGUGCCCUGGGUGUGCCUUUACUGAACUUGACUGCAGUAUGAUGUGCUCAAAUUUUUAACAUAAAAUGGAACAUCACAUGGUAAAAAAUGCUAAUGCUAGUAGUCUUGUGUGUAAAAUUACACCUCCAUAGUGGUCAAGUGUAAUUUUCAGAGAAGGGACAAUUCUCCUUUCUAGCCCAAAUGGUUGUGAUGGAAUUUUAACUUGAAUGGUCCUUGAAUGGUAAAUAAGCACAAUUCUGGCGUAUUAACUUACCUUAUCAGGAAAUCAUGUCCACCGCAUUACUUAUCGUCUUUCCCGUUAUCAUCCUUGCUUUCUAGGUUUCACUUGUGCUUUGCAGAAAGAAAUCUUAUACCACGGAAAGUUAUACAUUUCACAGAACUGGAUUUGCUUUCAUUCAAAGGUUUUUGGAAAGGACACAAAGGUUAGUAAAACAUCUUAUCUUUUUAUGUGUUUUUGUCUUGGAUAACUGUGGGUAAAGGCGACUAAAAAAGGGUAAAAAAAUUAAUUUACAAAAUAUUGGUGGCAAUUUGGAGUAGCUAUUUGACUAGCACUCAGUGUGUUUGUAUAUAUGUGUGUGUGUGUGUGUGUGUGUGUAUAUGUAUAUGUGUGUAUAUGUAUGUGUGUAUAUGUAUAUGUGUAUAUGUGUAUAUGUGUAUAUGUGUAUAUGUGUAUAUGUGUAUAUGUGUAUAUGUGUAUAUGUAUGUAUAUGUAUAUAUAUGUGUAUAUAUAUGUGUAUAUAUAUAUAUAUAUAUAUAUAUAUAUAUAUAUAUAUAUAUAUAUAUAUAUAUAUAUAUAUAUAUAUAUAUAUAUAUAUAUAUAUAUAUACUGUAAGCUUGUUUGAGCAGGGUCCUCUUCAACCUAUCGUUCCUGUAAGUUUUCUUGUAAUUGUCCUAUUUAUAGUUAAAUUCCCCCCUCUCAUAAUAUUGUAAAGCGCUAUAUAAAUGGCAAUAAUAACAUAGCCAUAAAAUCCAUAGCCCAACUAUUUUUCAACUUGCUGAAUUAGUGGGAUUUAUAACAACUUACUAAGACACUGCACAAUGAUAAAGUGGAGGACUAUAUUAAUUGUGAUAUAUUUCAUAUUCUGAAACAAGCCAUUACAUUUGAUUUGUGUAAAAGCAAAUUUAGACCUAUUAAUCUUCUUUAUUUUUGUCAAUCUUAAUAUAGCCAAGUGCAGUACAAUAUCAGAAUGUACUACCUCUAUUCUACCAUUCAACCACUUACUAAUUCUUCUUUUUCAGAUUGUAAUUCCUGUCCUUGCUAUAACUCAAAUAAAGAAAACAAAAACUGCUCUACUGGUGCCAAAUGCUGUUAUAAUAUCUACAGUCACUGAAAGGGUAUGUUCUCAAAAAAAGUGUGUGUAUUUUUUUUUUUAUUUUAUUUUUUUUUUUUCUUGGGGUGGGGGGGGGGGGUUGAAAUUUUGUGUUCUCUGGGGAGGAUGUUCUGUCUGGAAUUUUAUUAAAAUCAGUCUAUUUUCUCAACAGUUUAUAUUUGUAUCCCUUUUAUCUCGUGAUUCAACGUACAAACUCUUAAUAUCUGUCUGCAGUCAUUUAGAGGUGAGUUACCAAAUGACAGAUUGUAAACGUUGAGCUUUAGUGAUUUGCAACUGUCAAACUCUCUACAGACCAAUCUUUAUUGAAACACCUCUUCCCACAAAGUUGGCUACAUCUUUGUGAUUAUAUACACAUUGCAUAUGUGUGUUUUUUUUUUAUUUUUUUUAUUAUUGCCAUUUAUGUAGCGCUUUACAAAUCUAUUAAAAAAAAAUAAAAAAUAAUAAUAAUUCACCCCUUCAUGGGGAAUACAUAUAGGCUCAAUCUUCAUUUCACUGGCCGUUAGUUACUCGAAUAUUAUACAAUCAUUCACCUCUCUGAUGGUAUGUGCUCUAAUCCUCAUUCAUCAUUAUGCAUUCAAUAUAAAAAAAAACAUGUGUUAAACAUUUAAACACCACUCUAAAAACACUACAGGACCCUCUUCUCCUAAUGUUCCCAUAUGUGAAACAUGUUUUGUUAGAAUUUUAUUAACUUAUUCUAAAGCGCUGUUGAAUGUUGGUGCUAUAUAAAUAGUGUAAUUUUCUAGUAACUUGUUUAUAAGAUUAAAUUAGAAGGCUGUUCUACUGACUGACUUAUGCACCAUACCCCCAAGUGUCACUAUUAAUGAGGGACAUUCCUUAUUUUGGGCACACAAUUCCUCUCUCUCUCUUUUCUAUCCUGAUGUCCCUCUUUUACAGGAGCUCCAUAUUGUUUUGUCUGAGCUCCACAGCAAUAAAACUCCCAGUAAGGUUUAUUUAAACUACAAUAAAGGUCUUUGGAAAUCAGUCUGUGUAAAUCAAAUACAUAUGUAUUUAACUAAAAUGUCAUUUAGCACAAGAACAUGUCACCUAAAGUUCCUCAGAACAGCCUGCCCCUGGCCUCACGCCCCUAAUAUUGAAGUGUCCCUCUUUGUCCUUUUUAAAUGUUGGGUGAUAUGAAGCACUGUUUAGGGGGAAAAGUGUUCACAGGAAAAUUUUUACUUUUCAACUUGUUUUAACAAAUAUACUGUUUUGUAGCUUGACCUCUUAAAGAACCUGGUUUGAAAAAAUAAUUUUAAUUCAUUUCUUUUUCUCCCUUCCUUUCUUAAAAGGAUAUAAGCACAGGAAACAGUCCUAACCCAUCACCUGCUGAGCACAGCUUCCGAGCCGAGCGACCAGCAUCAUAUCCUCUAGUAAAUAUAUUAUUUAUCUAGUAUGUGUGCUAAUUUUGUCUGUACAUAAUAUUGGUCAAAAUAAUGCUCUAAAAGGUUUUUUUCUUUUGAGGUGGGAUAUGUGUGACUGGAUCGAUCUAUUUAUUUUUACCUUUGAUAUGGUUUUUGGGUCUUCCUUUAACUGAAAUAUUGUAAAAUAGUCUUAUAUUGAAACUCUUGAAUUUUUUUUUUUUUCUUUCCUAUUUUGUUUGAAGUAGAAUAAAGUUUGACAAAUGUGAAUUAAAGGUUUAUUUUUUUUUUUUUAACCCAGGAUUUCAAUGACUUUUCUGAGCUUGAUGGUUUGGUAGCAAAUAGAAGGAAGGAAAUAGACUGUAGCAGCACUGGAUCUCAGACUGCGGAGUCUGAAAAUUCUCAAGGUGUGUUCUUGAUUUAAAUGGUUAAUAGUAAUUGAUUUUCAUAGAUAAUCCUAAAAUUAUGCAAAUUCAUGGAUAAUAAACAUUUUCUAUGGCAGAACGUUUUAUGGACUAAAAUAAACGUAUGUUUAUUUCAAAUGGUUUUGUGAUAUUUAACUGCAUUGGUGUUUAAAAUGUAGUGUAAUAACUAAACAUUGUCUCUUUGUUUUUAUAAUUCUAUAAGAAUUCUCAGAGCGGAAACAGAAUACACUUACAAAGUCUCAGCAAACCCUUGUCCAAACUGACAAACCACCUAAGCCGACACCAGAUAAAAAAUCUACUGCACCUAGACAUGGUAAAUGAAAAUAACUUUCAAAUAUUAUCUGGCACCUCCAUUUUAACAACAAAAUAACUUUCAAAUCCAUGUGAUCUUUCAACAGGGCACCUAAAAUUCCUCCAAAGAAUCGAUCUCUGGAAGAUUAUUUCUUUAAAUGGCCUCUUGUUUUUCUAUGCAAUACUGUAAGUAUACUUUCUGGUAUUUUGCUGGGUCACUGUCAACCUAUUGUACAACUCUUCACUAGUCUGUUUUUUGUGUGUGGGUUUUUUUUUAUUUUUUUUUUUUUUAAGCUGCUUAAUACAGAGUUAAAUACAGAUUUUUAACGUGUGUGUGAGAGAUUGCUCUGAUGUUUGCACUGUCUAUAUGUUUUUGCAUAGUGCUCUUUGUAACCCUCAAUUUCAUUCUUGAAAGCUACCUCUGAAACAGAGUGGAAAUCUAUUAACCGCAAAAGCUAAACCAUAAAAUGUAUUUGCUUUGACGUAGAGACUAGGACACCCUGAUUUCCAGAAACACAUACUUUAACUUCGAGAAAAUGUACAUGUGAUAGUGCCAUAAACACACACGCAUCCCACUAAGCUUGUGGUGUAAAAGGCAACUGAAAUCUCCUAUCCUAAAAAUAAUCUAGACCACCUACAAAGAUUUUAUUUUUUUUAAACACUUGUUUCAAAAAUAUUGACGAUGUAGUUAGUAUUAUAAUUAUACAUUGCCUUAACGUGACAUUAUGCCAUGUUAACCUAUGAUUGUAUUGUAUACAGACUAUAAAUCAUUAGAUGUAUGUUGGUGUGUUCAGUUAUAUCAUAAUGUAAUUUAUGUGCUUGCAUUAUGUCUUUCAGUGUCUGUCUGUUAAUAUUCUCCACUUUUUAUAUGCAAUCAAGAAUUGGGCAUCUUGAAGAGCAGUUAUUAUCUUUGCACUCUGCACAAAAUGAGUAAGAACGGACUUAUAAGUACUUGUAACAGUAUUAUUCCACACCAAAAAUCAGAUCCUAAAAAUAUUUAUGUAGAGAGGUUACACUUGUGUAUCUUUAUAAUUUUUGUUAUUGUGAUAUAUAUAUAUAUAUUAUGCAAGAAAGUCUUCUGUGUACAUUAUUUUAAUUAGUGUAGAUUUUAAUUAUUCAUUAUGGAAUCCCACAAUAUUUUUACUACAGUUCUUUAUUUGUAUUUUAUAUUUAAAAUUAGAGAAGUGGAUUUGAAUGAAAACUGCAUUUUGGAGUUGUGAAGUCCAAAUGUGAACCUGCUGUAGUACUCUUUGAUAUAGAAUUUAACGAAACCUGUAACAUUCUGUAAAAUGUUCUGUUUUAAAAUGUUCCCCAUAUUGCAAAUUAGUGUUUAUGUAUUCAUUGGUAUAAUUUUUCUCUUAGAUGGCCAGUAGACCCAGUCAUGGGAAACUGGCAUAUAAAUGCAAACUCCAUUUGUGAUGAAUUAACAACUAACCUGGAAAAACUAGAUAAGGUAAAUGUGUAUGCAAGGAAGAAAAUAAUUAAUAUAUUGAAAAAAGUUAUAAAUGCAACACAUUUUUUUUUUUUUUUUUUUUUUUUUUUUUUUUUUUUUUUUUUUUUUUUUUUUUUUUUGCCCCCAUUUUUCAUGAACUGAACUCAGAUCUAAGAUUUUUUUCUAUGUACAAAAAAGGCCUAUUUCUCUCAAAUAUUAUUCACAAAUCUGUCUAAAUCUGUGUUAGUGAGAAUUUCUCCUUUGCCGAGAUAAUCCAUCCAUCCACCUCACAGGUGUGGCAUAUCAAGAUGCUGAUUAGACAGCAGUAGUAUUGCACAGGUGUGCCUUAGGCUAGCCACAAUAAAAGGCCACUCUAAAAUGUGCAGUUUUACUGUACUGGGGGGGUCGGAAAACCAGUCAGUAUCUGGUGUGACCACCAUUUGCCUCAGGCAGUGCAACUUACCUCCUUCACAUAGAGUUGAUCAGGUUGUUGAUUGUGGCCUGUGGAAUGUUUGUCCACUCCUCUAAAAUGGCUGUGCGAUGUUGCUGGAUAUUGGCAGGACCUGGAACACACGGUUGUGUACGCUGAUCCAGUGCAUCCCAAACCUGUUCAAUGGAACCACAACAACCUAAUACCCAUUCCAUGUAAUUCUCAAUAUAAUUCCUCCUUUAAAGCUGCCCUCUGGAAUGCACGCUCUGUGUACAGCACAUUUAAAUCAACUUCCAUCCAUGACUUAUUUAUCUCACACUCCCUACUUGCACUAACCGAAACAUGGCUCUCUCCCUCUGAUACUGCUACUCAUGCCUCACUAUCCUUUGGUCUUCACUUUACCCACAAUCCAAGACAUGCAGAAAGUAAAGGUGGCGGUGUAGGUUUUCUCCUUUCACCCCACUGCUCCUUCAAAACUCUGCCCACCCUUCUCUCUCUUUCCCAUCAUUUGAAAUUCAUUCAAUUCGCCUUUUCAAACCCUUCUCUGCUAACAUUGCCAUUAUCUAUCGUUCCCCUCUCCUCUUCCUUGACCAAUUUGCUGCCUGGCUGCCCUACUUCCUCUUUUCUAACAUUCCAUCCCUAAUUCUUGGAGACUUCAAUAUUCCCAUUAACCCACCUUUUAACCCCAGCAGCCUCUAAACUACUUUCAAAUACUUCCUACCUUGGGCUAUUGCAGUGGGCUAAUGCCCACCCAUAUAGCUGGCAAUACCCUCAACCUUUAUUUUUUUUUUUCUUAUUCAUGUACAGUAUCUAAUAUCUGCAACACUCCAUUUCCUCGAUUACCCCCUCACCCAACAACCUCAACCUAACCCCCCUCAACUCAGGAGGAACCUUAAUUCUACUGACCUCCAGCAGCUGUCCUCUGAUAUUGAUUCAUAACUGCUACCCAUCCCUUCCCUCUCCUGUCCCUCACUGGCCAUCUCCACAUAUAGCACUACACUCACCUCUACCUCUACGCCGGGCCGUUCGUGCACUUUCACCGACCAAGAAGGGAGGUCGGCGGCUUCAGCGGUGUUCGCGCAAAACUGUCAGAUUUCAGUUCCAUGAAUUAAGCGUCGAACACCGCUGUGCAUUCGCAUGUUUAAAAUGGCCGCGACCUCGUGUUCGUUAUACGAAUGGCGGCCACCCAGCAUUCGUCAACUAAGCUGCGGUUAACCGUAGCUUCGGGGAGGCUAAUUGCCGGCACACUCCAGCUCCCAGGUGGUCCAGUCAUUCGUGCAGUUGUUCGGUAGAUUGAAUCUACCGAACACCAGGCAGAAAAGCACGAAUAAAGCUUUUCUGCAGGCAAAAGUCUUUUAACAUGGGGCCAUAGUCCAAAGGCAGCAGGCGUGCAACCAGGCUUCUCCAAUGCAAUGUGGCAAGAUUGCUCUCGUCACAGUGAUGGUCUUGGAUGAAUGGCACAAAAUGGGACUCAGGAUCUCGUCAUAGUAUCUGUGCAUUUAAAAUCGUCAGCAAACCGCUCACCCACAUGACGUAUACACUGUCUGCCAUCUACACUGUACAGUGAAAACCGGGAUUCAUCCGUAAAGACAACACAUCACCAAAAUGCCAGACGCUAUCGAAUGCGCAUCUACCCACUCAAUUCGAUUACGAUGAACUGCAGUCAGGUUGAGACCCUGAUGAGGACGAGCAUGCAGAUGAGCUUCCCUAAAACAAUUUCUGCACAAACUGUCAGAAACAAUUUGGUUAUGCAAACCGAUUGUUACUGCAGCUGUCCGGGUGGCUGGUCUCGGACAAUCUUGGAGGUAAAGAUGCUGGAUGUGGAGGUCCUUGGCUGGUGUGGUUCUAUGUGGUCUGCGGUUGUGAGGCCAGUUGGAUGUACUGCCAAAUUUUCUGUAAUGCCUUUGGAAAAUUGCUUAUGGUAGAGAAAUGAACAUUAAAUUUACGGGCAACCGUUCUGGUGGACAUUCCUGCAGUCAGCAUGCUCCCUCAAAACUUGUGGCAUUGUGCUGUGAUAAAACUACACAUUUUAGAGUGGCCUUUUAUUGUGGCCAGCUAAAGGCACACCUGUGCAAUAAUCAUGCUGCCUAAUCAGCAUCUUGAUAUGCCACACCUGUGAUGUGGAUGGAUUAUCUUGGCUAAGGAGAAGUGUUCACUAACCUAUUUGUGAACAAUAUUUGAGAGAAAUAAUGUACAUAGAAAGUCUUAGAUCUUUGAGUUCAGCUCAUGAAAAAUGGGGGCAAAAACAAGUUUCGUUUUGUGUGUAUGUAUGUGUGUGUAUAUAUGUGUGUGUAUGUAUGUGUGUGUAUAUAUGUGUGUGUAUAUAUGUGUGUGUAUAUAUGUGUGUGUAUGUAUAUAUGUAUGUAUAUAUAUAUAUAUAUAUAUAAUCUAUCUUAAAAAAAUGUUUAUAUAUCAUAUUAUUGCUACAUUCCAACAAUUUAUGAAUUUGUAUCACUAUGGAUAAGACUUCAUACAUUUUUGGAAUGUAGCAAUAAUGUAAAGGUUGGGUUUUGUGUUUGGUUCAGAUUUAUUUUGUAUACUUAGUUUUGUUUAUCAUAGUUAUUGUUUGCGGGAUUAAUGGAAGCUAUAAACAAAGUGUUAUGACGUUGUUGCUUUAGCUUAUGACUAAUGAUGGAAUAUAAACCACAGAGUGAAUACCCAUCCUACAGUUAAGACUUCCAGGGGAAAAAAUAUUUGCCUAUUUUAGCAAGGUUUAUCUUAUUCAAAUAUUUAGAGCAAGCAAGAGAAAUUGAUAUGGUGAAACACAAUUCUUUUUAUUUUUUCCUUAAUCCUAGCAUGCCAGUCUCUAGAGCAUUUGAUAUUUAUGUAGAAUCUAUAGUGAUUUUAAUUGUAAUAGGUCUUAAAAUGUUAAAUCUGCAGAACACUUGUGUGCACUUGCCCUAAAAUACACACUAAACAAUAUUAACCAUUUAAACCCUUAACAUAAUCUGACAUUGGUUAUUAUCCACACAUGAUUUGCAAAAUGUGCAUGGCCAGAAACUUUAAAUGAGGGGAUGGGAUUACAUCCUAAUUGUUGCCCUUUUCUUACCAGCCCCAGCCUCCUUGCACAGGUUUUAAAUCUCAUUGUCUAAGGGGGUUGAGGACAAGGGCACAGAUUUCUCAAAGUAGUCUAAAUUACUAAAAAUUGGUAACAUUCUUUUGGUGACUCCUGUCCUAAAAAGUGGUGCAAAAAUGUAAAGGGGAGAAUACGUGAUCAUAUUCCCACUCUGUAUCUCCUAUUGCACUGCUGCUUUGUUGGUGGGUAAAUGCAAUUAAGGACUCAGAAUAUAGAGGUAUGAAUGGGAGGACAGACACAAAACCUUACAUUAAAAAUAUAUACAAUAGUGGGAGCAGAUAAAAAAAACACAAUCUGCAGGCUUAGGCUUAAAUGUGUGGGUAAGACAAGGUGAUGCAAAGACAUGAAAACACAGUGUGGGAGGGAGACAGCGGUUGGGGAAAUUCAAUUUAUUGAGAAAUAUUAAAAACCGUAAAUAGAGAAUCACAGAAGCUGUAACAUGGAGAGAGUGACUUCAGAAACUCACCCAUUUGCAAGUACAACAUUGCUACACUAAAACACAACACACCGCAGUGAUCACACGAUUGACACACACAAGUUUCAAGACUGUUGCCAAUACUCGUUAUGGUGGUCUAUUGUGCGCAUCCAAUUGAGUAGUUCAAAUAUGUCACAGGAAGUUGGGCACAGACUCUAGAAAGAUUAGCGUCCCUAAAAUCUACAGUACAUGAAACUUUCUAAGAAUAGAAAAACUCUUACAAGUAAGAGGGAAGUAUUUUUGUCUGACUCAAACUUAAUGUUUUUUUAUAUAUAUAUUUUUAGUUUAAUUUUAUUUUAUUUUUUUUUAUUUUUAUUUUUUUACUCUUGUUUCACAACAUAGAUCCAAAGGAAUCUGCAAAGACUAUUGGAAGAUGCAAACUAGGGGGGAAAUGGAAUAAUUCACUUCAGGUGAAUCACAUCGUAAACCAAUCUCUGCUGGACGGAGCCUAAUGUUGUAUGGGAAACCAAUAACCUUCAUCUCAGGAAUGUGUAUUUUCUCUUUUGUUCAUCAAUUGGAUGACUUUUGAACAGUUUCCCAUUCUUCGGUCGUGAAGUUCUGAAAAAGCGCAAUCCAACAUUUCACUGUGAAGUUAGUCUUAUUUUUGCACGUAUGUCAAGACUUGUACCUAUGAACACUCCUUUUGUUAUUUUUUGGGGGAGGGGGUUCAGUUUAUUUCAACCUUGUCAGACCAGUUUGAAUGAAUUUAUUUAUUUUUUUUAUUUUUUUUCUUUGACCGUGAAUUUUGUCAAUUGCACAAAUGUAGUUAAGUAGAAAUAUUUCGUAGCCGGAAUCUUACAAAUUUAAUCUACCAGCAGUCAUAAAGCUCAACCACACUAUAUAGUAAACAGAACUUUAAUAUUCAUCUACUGUUACUUUAUAUAUAUAUAUAUAU